AUGUCAACACAGGCGCCAACUUUCACACAACCGCUUCAGAGCGUUGUGGCACUUGAGGGUAGUGCUGCAACGUUCGAAGCUCAAGUUAGUGGUAAUCCAGUUCCUGAGGUGAGCUGGUUUCGUGAUGGCCAGGUUCUUUCUGCUGCCGCUCUGCCCGGCGCUCAGAUCUCGUUCAGCGACGGCCGCGCUGUUCUGAUGAUCCCCGCUGUGACAGCCGCACACAGUGGAAGAUUUUCCGUGAGAGCUACCAAUGGCGCUGGACAAGCCACUAGCACCGCUGAACUGCUUGUUACAGUGGAGACGGCGCCACCCAACUUCACUCAGAGACUUCAGAGUAUGACAGUGAGACAAGGAAGCCAAGUGAGACUGGACGUUCGUGUGACAGGAAUCCCUACACCUGUGGUGAAGUUCUACAGAGAGGGAGCUGAGAUCCAGAGCUCUGCAGACUUUCAGAUUAUUCAAGAGGGAGAUCUCUACAGUUUGUUGAUUGCAGAGGCCUUCCCAGAAGAUUCUGGAACAUAUUCAGUGAAUGCCUCCAACAGCAGUGGACGUGCUACCUCUACUGCUGAGCUGCUGGUUCAAGGUGAAGAGGAAGCUGUGCCUGCCAAAAAGACAAAAACGAUGAUUUCAACCUCUCAGAUCUCCCAGACUCGCCAAACCAGAGUUGAGAAGAGAAUGGAAGCUCAGUUUCAGGCCUCUGGUGCUGCAAUGAUGGAAAUACAAGUGGGGGGUGGUGUCGUGACCGAGCACCUGGCUCAUAAGACACCCCCUCGCGUUCCUCCAAAACCCACCUCCAAGUCCCCUCCUUCUCUUGUGACAAAAGUCUCAGCCACUCGUCAGCAGUCGCCCUCCCCUGUUAGGCAUGUGAAGGCACCUACUCCUACUCCUGUCAGGGCUGUAUCUCCCUCUGCAAGACUGUCUGUUUCACCAAUUAGACCAGUCAAGUCACCAGUAAUGACUCGCAAACAGGUCACGCAGACUACUGAGGUCCUGCCUCCGUGGAAACAGGAGGGCUAUGUCUCAGAGUCCAGCUAUACCAGCAUGACCACUGGUAUCACACAGGUCCAGACCACUGCCACUCGUGUCCACAGGGAGCAGCGCUGGGAGGGCACUGUUGAAAUGCAGCAGCAAGUGAAAGAGGAUCAGCAAAACUCGGAUGGCAAAACAACUGCUGUUGCUACAGUGUUAGCAGCAGUGGACCAGGCUCGUAGUCGAGAGACUGACAGUGGCUCUGUAGAGCAGCCCAGUGCUGAAAGCAGAACCACGUCUGUGCACUUUACAGAGCAGGGUGGUGUGAAAAGGGCAGAGGCUGUGGCUACAGUGCUUGCUGCCGUGGACCAGGCGCGUGUGCGAAAACCCGUGCAUGCAGAAGAGGGUCCAGCCGAGGAAGAGUCUGAUUCAAAACAACAGACCACAAUAAUAACCACUGAGCAACAAACCACAAGUAAAACAGAAGUGUUGCAGCUUCCCUCUGCAGUGCACGUUACCCCACCCGAACAGAGCAUUCAUGUCACCCAGAUCCAAAGAAGUACAGAAACUAGCUUGCAGGGAGAAACUGGCCUUUCUCCAUCUCCAGUUCCACAUUUCACUGUUUCAAAAGUUACAGUUCCUAAACCUGAUCAUAGCUAUGAGGUCUCAAUAGCAGGUUCUGCUAUUGCCACACUGCAGAAAGAGUUAUCGUCUACUCCUGCUGCUCAAAAGAUCAUCAGGCCUGUCAAGCCUCCAACUCAUAGGGUUGUGGAGACAAGAGUGACGCAGCAGUCAACCCCCCCUCCAUUUAAAGACACCACUGAGAGAUAUCACGCAUUUUACGACACACAGUUACAGAGACAAAUAGGCACUUCAUUUACAGGGGCAGAGUGGGACGCGCAGGCUGUGGAGGCUGCAGCCGUGCCAUCACCUGCUCUCGAGGCAGUCAUACCUCCCACUCUUGUCGCUGGCUUGAAGAACACGACUGUCACUGAGGGUGAAUCAGUGGUUCUGGAGUGUCAGAUCACAGGCCACCCAACACCAGAGAUCAUGUGGUUCAGAGAGGACUACAGAAUUGAGAGUUCGAUUGAUUUCCAGAUUUCUUAUGAGAAUGGAUAUGCUCGUUUAAUUAUCCGUGAGGCCUUUGCUGAGGAUAGCGGUCGGUUCACUUGCACUGCCACCAGUGAGGCUGGAACCAUCAGCACCUCCUGUUACCUGCUCGUUAAAGUAUCAGAGGAGAUUGAAAGUCGGGAGGAGAUGACAGCAGUCUCGGAACAUGUCCUUACUGCUCAGAAACAGACUGUAUAUGAAGCCAAGGAAGAGAUUGUUUCUGAAGCCGUCGAGGCUGGAGCUGCAGUAGCUCCUUUCUUUGUGAAAAAGCCUGUUGUCCAAAAACUGGUAGAGGGAGGAAGUGUUGUGUUUGAAUGCCAGAUCGGAGGCAGCCCCAGGCCUCACAUCUACUGGAAGAAAAGUGGAGUGGCAAUCACUACUGGAUAUAGAUACAGAGUUUCUUACAAUAAAGAAAGUGGCGAGUGCAAGUUGGAGAUCUCCAUGACUUUUGCUGAUGAUGCUGGAGAGUACUCAAUCUUUGCCAGAAAUCAGCUCGGAGAGGUCUCUGCCUCUACUAGCCUGCUUGAGGAAGAUGAAUAUGAGGCUUACAUGAAGAAACAGGAAGUGACAUACAUGACCGAAGUGACUACAGUGGUGCAGGAGCCCAGAGUGGCAGAUGUACCUCCAGUUAUUGUGAGUGAACAUGAAAAAGAGCAGAUGCUUAUACAGAGGAGGAUGGCUCAACAAACACAGAUGAUGCAGACCUUCAUCUCAGAGAAAGAAUUCCAGGUAUCAGCCAUUGAACAGAAGAUAAUCCUUGAAAUUGAGUACCGUAUUCUUAAGAUUACCUACCAAGAACUUGUGACUGAAGAUGGUGAGGAGAUGGUUAUGAAUGUGGCUGAGCAUGAAGCUGUUAAAUCAGCCUUUGACACACCAGUUAAAAGCUACAGAAUUAUGGAAGGAAUGGGUGUUACUUUCCACUGCAAAAUGUCAGGAACCCCUCUGCCCAAGAUUGCAUGGUACAAAGAUGGCAAGCGCAUCAGGCAUGGAGGUCGUUAUCAGAUGGAGGUUCUUCAGGAUGGCAGAGCCAGUUUGCGUCUUCCUGUGGUACUUCCAGAGGAUGAGGGCAUCUACACUGCUUUCGCUUGUAACAUGAAGGGCAAUGCUGUCAGCUCUGGGAAGCUGUAUGUAGAGUCCAUUGCAGCAGCUCAGCCAUAUUACCCUCAAGCGGAGGCAGUGAGGAGAGUCCAGUCUGCAUCUCCGCUCUCUGCUCGUUCUGUAAGCCUCUCUCCUGGACGUUCCCCUGCACGUUCUGUAAGUCGUUCUCCUGGACGCUCUCCUGCUCGCAGACUUGAUGAAACAGAUGAGUCCCAGUUGGAGAGGUUAUACAAACCAGUUUUUGUCCUGAAGCCUUCAUCCUUUAAAUGCGCUGAAGGACAGACCGCAAGAUUUGACCUGAAAGUUGUUGGUAGACCCAUGCCUGACACAUUCUGGUUCCACAAUGGACAACAAGUGGUGAAUGAUUACACCCACAAGAUCGUAAUUAAGGAAGAUGGUACUCAGUCAUUGAUUGUAGUUCCAGCCAUGCCCCAGGACUCUGGGGAGUGGACAGUGGUCGCUCAAAACAGAGCUGGAAAGACCACUGUUUCCAUGACUCUCACUGUUGAUGCUAAGGAAAACUUGGUCAGACCUCAGUUUCUUGAAAAGCUCAAGAAUGUCAGUGUCAAGGAAGGAACGCUGGUUGAGUUGGCUGUCAAAGCUAUUGGAAAUCCUCUCCCUGACAUUGUCUGGCUGAAAAACAGUGACAUCAUCUCUCCUCAUAAAUAUCCCCAUAUCAAGAUUGAGGGUACCAAGGGAGAAGCACAUUUGAAGAUUCCCUCAGUUUCUGGUUCUGACAGUGCCUGGUAUACAGCUUCAGCCAUAAACAAAGCUGGGAGAGAUACCACACGGUGCAGGGUCAAUGUUGAAGUAGAGUUUGCUGAACCUGAACCAGAGAGAAGACUCAUUAUCCCUAAAGGAACCUACAAGGCUAAGGAGAUUGCUGCACCAGAGCUGGAGCCCUUACAUCUCCGUUACGGUCAGGAUCAGUGGGAGGAGGGUGAUCUCUAUGAUAAGGAAAAGCAGCAGAAACCUCACUUUAAAAAGAAGCUGACAUCAGUCAGAAUGAAGGGCUUUGGCCCUGUCCACUUUGAGUGCAGACUGACCCCCAUUGGUGAUCCCACCAUGGUUGUUGAGUGGUUGCAUGAUGGUAAACCCCUCGAAGCUGCUAACAGGUUACGAAUGGUAAAUGAAUUUGGAUAUUGCAGUCUUGACUAUGAAGUUGCCUACUCCAGGGACAGUGGUGUUAUCACAUGCAGAGCCACCAACAAGUUUGGUGUUGACCAGACAUCUGCUACCCUGAUUGUGAAGGAUGAGAAGAGUCUGGUUGAAGAGAGUCAGUUACCAGAGGGUAGGAAGACUCACAGAAUAGAUGAAAUUGAACGCAUUGCUCAUGAGGGUGGUCCCAGUGGAGUGACUGGAGAUGAAAGCACUGAGAAGACUAAGCCAGAGAUUGUCUUGCUUCCAGAACCUGUGAGAGUACUUGAAGGAGAAACUGCCAAAUUCCGCUGCAGAGUGACUGGUUAUCCUUCUCCCAAAGUUAACUGGUACCUCAAUGGACAGCUUAUUCGCAAGAGUAAAAGGUUCAGACUUCGCUAUGAUGGUAUUUACUAUUUAGAGAUCACAGACAGCAAGUCUUACGAUUCAGGAGACGUUAAAGUUGUAGCAGAAAACCCUGAGGGAACAGCGGAGCACAGUGUGAAGUUUGAGAUCCAGCAGAGAGAAGAUUUCAGGUCAAUCCUUCGUCGUGCUCCUGAGGUUAAGGCUCCAGAGCCUGUGCUACUCUCUGAACAUGGCAGAGUGUCCUUUGACGUUGUGAAGGUUGAUAAACCUGCCGGGGAACCACAUGCUAAAGAAGUAGUCAAACUGCGCAAGACUGAGAGAGUAGUGCAUGAGAAAGCCACAGAGGAGACUGAAGAGCUGAGAAGCAAAUUUAAACGAAGGACAGAGGAAGGCUAUUACGAGGCCAUUACUGCAGUUGAGUUCAAGUCUCGGAGGAGGGAUGAAUCCUAUGAGGACAUGCUAAGGAAGAGGAAAGACGAACUCCUUCACUGGACUAAAGAGGUGUCAGAGGAUGAGAAGAAAAAGCAAGAAGAAGAGCGUAAACUUACAAUCCCCUCUUUCAAACCAGAGAAAAUAGCUCUCUCCCCAAGUAUGGAAGCUCCCAAGAUCUUAGAGCGUAUUCAAAGCCAGACUGUUUCCUUGACGGAAGAAGUACGCUUUCGAUGUAGAGUGGUUGGGAAACCAGAUCCAGAAUGCCAGUGGUUUAAGAAUGGAAUUUUACUUGAGAAGUCUGACCGUAUUUACUGGUACUGGCCUGAGGAUCACGUUUGUGAAUUGGUCAUCAGAGAUGUAUCUGCUGAGGAUUCUGCUAGCAUCAUGGUGAAAGCCAUUAAUAUUGCAGGAGAGACCUCAAGUCAUGCAUUCUUGUUGGUGCAAGCCAAGCAAGUUGUUUCCUUUACACAAGAGCUGGAGGAUCAAAAUGCCAAAGAGAAAGACACCAUGGUGACUUUUGAAUGUGAAACCAGUGAGCCGUUUGUCAAGGUGAAAUGGCUUAAGAACAACGCAGUGAUUUUCUCAGGAGACAAAUACAGGAUGCACUCUGAUAGAAAAGUGCAUUUCCUGUCUGUGCUGAUCGUCAAUAUGCAAGAUGCUGCAGAGUACAGCUGUGUUGUUGUCGAUGAUGAACACAUCAGAACCACUGCCAGACUUCACGUUGAAGGUGCCCCAUUGGAAAUAUUGAAGAAUCUGGAGAGCAUUGAAGUCCCUGAGACAUAUGCUGGGGAAUUUGAAUGUGAAGUGUCUCGUGAAGAUACUGAAGGCACCUGGUACUUUGAGAAUAAAGAAAUCAGUCCAAGCCUUAAGUAUGUUAUAUCAUCCCGUCGUGGCCGACACAGCCUAUCUGUAAAAGAUGUUAAAAAGGAAGACCAAGGGAAAUACACAUUUAAAGUGGGAGAUCUAAAAACAAGUGCCACUCUGAAGAUGAAACUGCGUCCUGUUACACUGAUGCAAGGCCUCUCUGACCUAACAAUCUGUGAGGGUGAUAUUGCGCAGCUCGAGGUGCGAUUCUCUCAGGAAAAUGUGGAGGGGACGUGGAUGAAAAAUGGCCAGCCAAUCUCUGCAACAGAUAGAGUUCACAUUGUUAUUGACAAGCAUGUCCAUAAGCUCCUAGUUGAAAAUGUCAACAGGGAUGAUGCUGGAAUGUACUCCUUUGUGGUUCCUGCUCAAGACAUUUCAACUACUGGAAAACUGACUGUCCAAACAAUUGGUAUUAUAGUUCCCCUUAAGGAUGUUUCAUCAGUAGAGGGCACUAAGGCUGUGCUGGAAGCUAAAAUCUCUGCUGCAGAUAUCGGCUCAGUGAAAUGGUACCACAAUGAUAAACUGAUCGAUGCAAGUGAAAGAGUCCAGAUGGUUGCCAAAGGAUCCAAGCAGCGUCUGGUGUUCAACAGAACCUUUGCCUCUGAUGAAGGGCAUUACAAGCUAAUCGUUGGCCGAGCUGACACAAGUUGUAAACUGACAGUUGAAAAAAUAACCAUUGUGAAACAUAUGCAGGACCAAGUUUGCACAGAGACCCAGAAUGUCACCUUUACCGUUGAGGUAUCUCAUCCUGGUAUUGAUGCUCUGUGGACCUUUAAAGACCAGCAUCUCAAAGCUGGUCCCAAAUACAAGAUGGAGGCCAAAGGCAAACACUACAGUCUCACAGUCAUCAAUGCCAUGAAAGAUGAGGAGGGACAGUACACGUUUGCAGCUGGUGAAAAAACAUCAAGUGCAAAGCUUAUCGUAUCAGGUGGUGCCAUCAACAGGCCUCUUCGUGAUGUGACAGUAGCAGAGUCACAGACUGCUGUGCUGGAGUGUGAGGUUGCCAAUCCCGAUGCAGAGGGCAAGUGGCUGAAAGAUGGUCAGCCUGUAGACUUCAGUGAUAACGUUAGAAGUGAAAAGGUUGGGGCUGUUAGGCGUCUCGUGACUGUCAUUACCAGACCGCAAGAUAUUGGUGAAUACACCUAUCAGGUGGCAAACUCCAAGACAUCAGCCCACCUGAGGGUUGAAGCUGUGAAAAUCAGGAAAACCUUGAAGAACCAAACUGUUACGGAGACCCAAGAGGCUGUGUUCAGUCUGGAGCUCACCCAUACAGAUGUGAAAGGCUCUCAGUGGAUCAAGAAUGGCGUGGAGAUUAUCCCAAGUGAUAAAUAUGAGAUCACAGCAGAGGGCAUGAUUCACACUCUGAAGAUAAAGAACUGCACAACACAAGAUGAAUCAGUUUAUGGAUUCAAACUUGGGAAACUCUCUGCUAGUGCCAGACUGAAUGUUGAGACAAUCAAGAUAGUGAAGAAGCCAAAAGACGUAACCUCACUUCUGGAUGCUACUGCUUCCUUUGAACUGAGUUUAUCUCAUGACAACAUUCCUGUGAAAUGGAUGUUAAAUAACGUGGAGCUCAAGCCAAGUGAAAAUGUCAAAAUCCUUUCAGAGAGGAAAGCCCACAAACUGGUCAUUCAGAAUGUUAAAGACCAUGAUGCUGGAGAAUACACUGCAGUGGUUGGACAUUUGCAGUGCAGUGCCCAUUUGCAUGUUGAAUCCUUGCGGGUCACAAAGCCCAUGAAGAGCAUUGAACUUCCAGAAACCCAUGUGGCCACAUUUGAGUGUGAAGUGUCACAUUUCAAUGUUCCCUCCACUUGGCUAAAAAAUGGAGUGGAGAUCGAGAUGAGUGAGAAGUUCAGGAUUGUGGUACAGGGCAAGCUCCACCAGCUGAAGAUAAUGAACACAAGCAGAGAAGACUCUGCAGAAUAUACAUUUGUGUGUGGAAAUGAUAGAGUGUCUGCCACCCUAACUGUCAACCCUAUACUGAUCACCUCCAUGCUUAAAGACCUCAAUGCCCAGGAGAAAGACACUAUUACAUUUGAGGUGACUGUAAACUAUGAAGGUGUUACAUAUAAAUGGCUGAAGAAUGGUGUUGAGAUCCGCUCCACAGACCGAUGCCAGACCCGUUCCAAACAGCUCACUCAUUCUCUAACAAUACGAAAUGUUCACUUCGGUGAUGCAGCAGACUACAAGUUUGUGGCUGGAUCAGCUGCAACAUCUGCAAAACUUUUUGUUGACGCUCGUGUCAUUGAGUUUACAAAGCAUAUUAAGGACAUCAAAGUAACUGAGAAGAAGAAGGCAAUAUUUGAAUGUGAACUGUCUGAGCCCAAUGUCCAGGUGACUUGGAUGAAAGAUGGACAAGAGCUGGAAAUAUCUGAAAGGUUCAAAGUCACUACAGAGAAAUAUCUGCAGCGCCUGAUGAUCCAGACUGUUCGCAUGUCUGAUGCUGGAGAGUAUUCUGUAGUUGCUGGUGCAAGUGUCUCCAAGGCUCAACUCACAGUUGAGGGCAAAGAUGUCCGGAUCUCUGAGCCUGCUGAAAGACAUAUCACUGUGGUUGAAAAACAGAGAGCUACAUUUGAGUUUGAGGUCGGCGAGGAUGACAUUGAAGGUCGCUGGCUGAGGAACGGAGUUGAGAUCCAGUUUUCCCUUGAGGAAAGAUUCAACUAUGUGGCCAUUAGAAAAAUUCAUCGCUUGACAAUCACUGAAACUUACAGAAGUGAUGCUGGGGAAUACACUUUCAUAGCUGGCAAGAACAGAAGUAUGGUGACGCUACAUGUCAACAUUCCUGAGCCACCUCAGAUCAUCAGACACAUGCAGCCCCUGUCUGUGGAGGCAGGCAAACCUGCCCGCUUCUCUGUCGAGGUGACAGGAAUUCCUCAGCCCCAUGUGUCCUGGUACAAGAACUCUCAGGCUCUGUCUCCUGGUUUCAAGUGCAAGUUCCUGCACGAGGGAAAUGAGUACACACUGCUACUAAUUGAGGUCUUCCCCGAGGAUGCAGCUGUGUACAACUGUGAGGCAAAGAAUGACUAUGGUCAGGCCACCAGCUCUGCUUCACUCCAUGUGGAAGUUCCAGAAGUGGUCUCUCCUGAUACUGGAGCACCCCUCUCUCCUCCUGUGAUUGUAUCUCCCAUUUAUAACACUUCUGCCGAUGAAGGGGAAUCCGCCAGGUUCCAGUGUCGUGUCUCUGGAGAAGAUUUGACAAUCACUUGGUACUGCAAAGACAAGGAGAUCAAACAGUCUGACUUCUUCAGAAUGUCCCAGUUCGAUGACACUUGCCAGCUGGAGAUUGUCAGGGCUUACCCAGAGGAUGAGGGAGAGUACACUUGUGUUGCCCGUAACUCUGCAGGAAUGGUCUCUUGCUCCGCAACACUGACACUUGCUGUUAGAAAAGUUCGGGAAGAGAUUGAAGCUAAAAUUGAAGAAGAAGUCAAAGAAAUUUCUAGCUUGACUCUGAGGACUAAAGAAGAGGAACAAGAAACCUACAGUACUACCCUUCAAUUACCUGAAAAAUCUGGAACACUUAAACUCAAGCCAGAGCAAAGCCUAUAUUCUAGUUCCUUGGAAAAGACAAAAGAAAAGCCUAUUUUUUUAACACAGCUUUCACCUGCAGCUGUCACUGUUGGACAAUCGGCUAGAUUUACUGUCACAGUAUCUGGUUUUCCUAAACCAAAGAUAGAAUGGUUUCAUAAUGGACAGACUAUUACAUCAUCAUCAGUUUAUAAGUUUGUUCAAGAAAGAGAUGAUUACACUUUAAUUAUUACUCAGGUCAAGAAAGAAAAUGAAGGAGAGUAUACUUGUGUUGCAAGUAACAAAUUUGGACAGUCAACCUGCUCGACAACUCUGCACGUACAAGUAAGUGAUUUAACACCAGCAGAGCGCUGGGUUGAGCAAAUGUUCAAAAUUCCAGGGCAACCACCUUGCUUCACAAUGCAAAUCAGUUCUGUGCAAUGCGCAGAAGGAAGUGAGGCUAAAUUUCAGUACAAAGUGACAGGGGCUCCACCACCAGACGUUCAGUGGUUUAGGGGGAGUAACAAGAUUCACCCUGGCAAGACCUGCACAGUGCUGAGCAAUUCAGAUGGGUCUGGCCAAUUAAUUUUGACUGGUGUACAACAGAGAGACAGUGGUCUCUACACAUGCAAAGCAUCUAACCUCUUUGGAAUGGCCAGUUGCAGCGCUGACUUAACUGUUUUCAGCAAAACUGUGUCUGUAUCUCACAAAGAACACACAAUUAAGCAGGAACAAAAAAGCUACAAAGUAUCCAUGACUGAAGAAGCUACUGAAUCCCGCUUGUACACGGUGAAUUUGCCUGGACAGGCCAGAAGCAGUCUGCAGGCAGGUCAUCAAAUGAUUUAUACCAUUGGCACUGAGGAUAGGCAAGUUGUAGCAAGUGAGCAGGUGGAUACCCUGCAAGAGUUGGAUAUAUCUGCUGCUGCAAUGUACAGAGAGCAGGUAACUCACCAAGCUGCUGUUUUACAGUCCCAAGAACUGCAAGAAAGGGUGACUGUGGCUCCCACACCACCUCAGCCAACUGUAGCGACCCCUUUAAGACAGCUCCACAUGGCUGCUAUGCCUUCUGCUGUUCAGGAAAGCCAAGGCUUCACAGAACAGCACUGUGAUCGUAUUACAAGCCCUGAGGUUACUGAGCUUGAGUUGAUGAGGGAACAGCCCUCAAAAAUAAUGUCUGCCAUUUCAGAAAGUGUAACCCCCUUAACUAUUGUGAAAGCUGAGCCUUUGUCUAGUGGAGUAGGAACAAAGAUAAAGUCUACUCCUGAGCCCAAACACCCCAUUAGUACUCACCAAAUUGAAACUAAGCUGCCAAUUCUUCGUGAAGAGUCACAGAUUAUUCCAAAGCCACAGCUGGAACAAAGCUACCAAGUUAAAGAGGGUGUUAAAAUUCUUUAUACAGCUGUUUCAUCAGAGAAACAACAAAUAGCUGAGGGUCAUUCAACAGAUUUUUCAUCUUUAGAUUCUGCCGUACAGCCAUCCUUAAAAAAGGAAACAAGAAAAGCUGUAAAUGUUUCACUUAGUGAGACAAAACACAUGUUAUCAAAAGAGCAAAUAUUAUCCACACAGAGACCAGAAGAAGAGAUGGCAUGUCCAUCCAAAGAUCAGAUUUUAAAGUCAGCUCUUACAACUGAAGAAAAGCGUGAACUCCAAGCUGAGAAAGUAAAUGAAAUACCAGGCUUAGAGAGUGCCAUGUCACUUCAUUCACAAAAGGAAGGGGAGAAGGUUAUGCACCUGCAGGUUAUUACAGAUCAGGAUAUUCUUCCAUCUGAGAGCAGAUUCACUUGUGAGAAACCAAGUUCUGAACAAGCAGAUGCUCGAAAAAGUCCAACUCUUCUUCGUUCAGUGUGUACAGAUGAACAGAGAGCUAUUACUUGUGAGGAGUUAUCACAGUUCUCCUCUAAGGAGACUACAGUUUCCAUUCAGCCUCAUAAAGAGGCCUUUAGCCCUUUGCAUCUUCAAUCUGUUCAACCAGAGCAAUCACUGUUGAAAGAGGGGAUGCUCUCAGUUGAAAAGCCAGACCAACAGAUGGCAGUGCAGAGACAGGAACGAUCUCGCAAACAUGCAGUGACAACUGAGGAGAAAAGACAGCUCAUGGCAGAUUAUUACAAAGAUCUUGAUGUGUCAGUUACAGGAGUCAAGCCUGAUCAUAGAAAGGAGCCAAAGCCACAGAGUAUGCUUCAGGUAGUUUCAGAACCUAUGCAGCUGCCUAAGGAAAUUCCUUUUACAAGUGAUGUUAAACAACAGCGUGCACUAGUACAAAAAGAGGACCGUUGGAACAUUAUGAGUGUUACAUCUGUGACAGAGCAGCAGGGUAUGGAGGAGGGACAUACAGAUAAGUUAGAAGUAAUUGAGAAAUUCUUGUGCAAGUCUGAGGUUGAGCCCAGACUACCAUUAGAAUCCAUACACAUUGAGGACAAGGAAAUCUCGACAGAGACCAGUGUUAAUCUUGAGUCUGCAGAGCAAGAUUUUGCUGUUCAGAUUCAGGAAGGACAGUCUGUUCGACAGUCAGUAUUAAUGGAAGAAAAGCGCAUUUUGACAGGUGAGCAGUCACAGGACAUCACGAAAUCAGAGACAACUACAGCUAUUGUUGCAAAACAGCACAAAGGUGCUCUCUUAGUGUCAGAAUCCAGUGAAAGCCGAACACUUCCAAAAGAACUUACCUUUGUAAUUCCAGCACCAAAGUCACACAGCUUGAACAUUAGACAUCAGCUUAAAGACAAGCUUGAGUCUGCUGUAGCCCGUGACCAGCCAUUGAUCUUGGCAGAUGUUUUAGAGAGGUUAGAGGUUGUUGAAGUACAGGAGGUCAGAGUGCAAAAAGAGCCCAAAUAUACAAUGUUCACAUAUCUCAUCUCAACAACAGGUGCCCCACUUGAAAUAACAUUUGCUUUUGAGGGUGAGUACCCCCAGACUGCUGACCUCAAGAGUGAACUUCAAGCUGCUUUCUACUCAAUAGUGUACCAUGAGCAGCAGGUCCUUACCUCUGAACAGCCUGGCACAAUGGAAAUAGAUAGGCCCCAGAGAUUACAGAUUAGUACAGCUGUUUCAAAGGAAAUGCUCACACCUGUGGUGAAGACUGUACGAUUAACUGAAAAUGUAACAUCAUUAACACAACCUGAUCCUCAGGCUGCUGCUCUGACAGAAGUCAAAGCUUCUUUCCAGUCUGUUACAGCUCAAGAUCGUACUGUUGUGCGUGAGUCAGGGAAAAGCAUGCAGAUAACGACUCAGUCAAAAGUGGAGAUCCAAAAGUCUGUUCAAGUUGAAAGGCAGGAAAUCACAUCUGUGACAGUAAAAGGCUUUGAAAGAGAUGUGGCUGCUGCAGGUGUCACUACUGAUGUGCCUUAUGCACCAGUUCCAGCAGAACAGUCUGUUGAUGUCCAUAUACAAAAAGAGGAAAUGAAGGAAUUUCUGAUGGAAGAGAUCAUCGAAUCAACAGCUGAAGAAAAAGAUAGAGAAGCAUACCCAGUUUUUGAAAGUUUUCUUGAGGAUGUUGUUGUAGAGGAGCAUUGCAAGGCAUCUUUUUAUGUGUCUGUAAGAUAUGCUAAAAAAGUUCAUUGGCUUUUAAAUGGAAAGAUGAUUACAUCUGGCAAAGAAUUCAGAUGUUUCAAAGACCAUGACUCUUACACACUGGUAAUCGACAAAGUUAUCAAGAAGAAACAUCAAGGAGAGUAUACCUGUGAAGCUGUGAGUGAAGCUGGCAAGGCAUCGACAUCAGCAAGGCUCACAGUUGUCUCAAGAGUGCCACCUGUUUUUAGGCUCAAAAUCCAGUCCUUGGACGUGAAUGUUGGCAGCCCUGCCAAGUUUGAAUGUGAGACUGAAGAGGCACCAAACGUCACCUUCAAGUGGUUCAAGUCUGGCUCUGAGAUCAGACAGAGUGACAAGUACAGGAUCAUUAGCCGUUAUCACACGUCAUCAUUGGAGCUCCUGAGCCCAACCAAAGCUGACAGUGGGGAAUACACCUGCAAAGCUUCAAACCAACAUGGCAGUGACAGUUGUUCUGCCAACCUAAAUGUAACUGAAGUUUUUCCUCCAGAAUUUGUAACUAAGCCAGAUCCUAUGACCCUAUACGUGGGCCGACCAGCAAAAUUACACUGUGUAAUUACUGGGUCUGCUCCAAUGAAUGUUGUCUGGCACAAGGAUAACAUUGAAAUUUCUUCUGAUGAGCACUAUAAAAUAUCUUCUGAAAAGAACAAAUAUGAUCUUGAAAUUAUGAAGCUUCAGCAAACUGAUCAGGGGACAUACCUCUGUAAAGCAUCGAACAGCGUUGGUAUGGCUACAUGUUCCACAGAGUUGAGGGUUGUAGACAAACCCAACUUUGUCAAGACCUUUGAGCCAACAUUUGUGGCUGUCGGUAACAUGUUACGUCUUGAGUGUCAAGUUGAUGAAGACACUGGUGUAAGCGUUACCUGGAUGAGGGAUGGAAAGAAAAUCCAUAAUACAAUGGACUGUAAACUGUCUUUUGAUGAAAAAAUGGCCAGUCUUGAGAUUCCAAAGGCCAACCUUAAAGAUACAGGAACUUACACCUGUAUUGCUGCUAAUGAUGCCGGCAGCAGCAACUGCUCCUCUAUGGUAACUGUACAAGAGCCUCCAGUUUUUGUGAAGAAGCUGGAGCCCAAGAUCCUGUGGAAAAAGGGCGUGUCUGCACGUUUGCAGUGCACUGUCAAGGGAUCUCCUGAACUUCGUGUCACGUGGAUUUUAAACGACAAAGAACUGAGCUCUUCUGAGAAACACAAAAUCACCUUUAAGGAUGGUCAAACUGCACUUGAAAUAUUUGAUCUUGUUGUAUCAGACAGUGGAAAUUACACAUGUGAGGUGACAAAUGAAGCAGGUUCUGAAAGUUGCAGUACUCAGAUAACUGUAAAAGAACCACCUGCUUUCAAAAAAGAAUUGCAAACAGUGGAAGUGGUGAAAGGAGGCAUGGCCCAACUAGCAUGUGAAAUUACAGGCACAGCUCCAUUUGAGGUGACCUGGUUUAAGAACAGGAAACCAGUCACUGCUGACAAAAAGCACAAAAUUGUGUCAAAGGGUGACAUUUCCUAUUUGGAAAUUCAGUCAUUUGAAAGUGCAGAUGUUGCUGAUUACCAGUGUAGUGUUUCGAAUGAAGUCGGUAAAAUCUCCUCCAAAGCUCUUGCUAAAUUGAAAGAACCACCUUCAUUUGUAAAGAAGAUUGAAAACACAACAGCAGUUUUGGGCAGUGCUGUGAAACUGCAAGGCACUCUUAAAGGCUCAGCACCUAUCACAGUCAAAUGGCUGAAAGAUUCUGAAAUACUAAGAGAUGAUGAUCCUACUAUCAGUACAGUUUUUGAAAAUAACGUAGCUGUUUUGGCAAUAGCAAAUGUUGCCAUAAGCCAUAGUGGGAAAUACACAUGCCAAGCUGAGAAUGAGGCUGGCCAACAAAAAUGUGAAGCAACCUUGUCUGUUCAAGAACCAGCUAGAAUCAUUGAUAAAGCACCAUCCAUCAGUGUGACUGCAGGGGAGUCUGCAACAUUGGAGUGCACAGUGACAGGAAGUCCAGAUCUCAAAGUGAAAUGGUUCAGAGACGGCAAGGAACUGACGGGCAGUCGAAAAUACAAAAUUAGUUUUAAAGACAAUGUGGCAACCUUAAAAAUUGUGUCGGCUGAAAAGGGAGACAGCUGUGAAUACGUGGUAGAGGUUGCUAAUCGUGUUGGAAAGGAUCGAUGUUCUUGUUCAGUUACUGUACUUGAUCGAAUCAUACCUCCAUCCUUCACAAAAGCCCUCAAAAAGGUUGAUGGAAAUGUUGGAAGUGAUAUUCGUAUGGAAUGCAAAGUCUCUGGAUCUCAGCCCAUGACGAUCUCUUGGUAUAAAGAAGAAAGAGAGAUCACAAGUGGAACAAAAUACCAGACAGAAUUCAAAGAAGGCACCGCCACGUUGAGAAUAGCUCAGUUAGAAACAACUGAUGCAGGGGUAUUUACUUGUCAUGCAACAAAUGCAGCAGGACACAGUGAAACCAGUGGAAUUGUGCAUGUUAAAGUUCCUCCAGUCUUCACUGUAACACCUGAGUCUAAAGAUGUUAUCCCUGGAUCUACUGUUAUCUUUAAAACUGCCUUCACUGGCACAGCUCCUUUUACUGUCAAGUGGUUCAGAGAGGACAAAGAAAUAUCAACUGGAGGCACGUGUUUCAUCAAAAAAGAGACCUUUGGAAGUGCGCUGGAGCUUCACUCUGUUAAACCAUCUCAUUCAGCCAAAUAUACUUGUCAAGUGGCUAAUGAUGCUGGAAAAGUGGCAUGCACCACUGCCUUAUUUGUUAAAGAGCCGCCAAAGUUUGCGAUGAAGCUUGACAUGGCAACAUUAGUGAUGAAUGGGAAUGAUGUUGUUUUGGAGUGUAAAGUAACUGGCAGUCCAGAGAUCAGCAUUUCAUGGUUUAAAAAUGAAACUAAAAUCUCUUCAGACGACAAAUUUCAAAUGACCUUCACCGACUCAGUUGCUACUCUGAAAAUAUCCACUUGUAAUGUUGAUGACAGUGGGGAUUAUAUUUGUGUAGCGUCUAAUGAUGCCGGUAGUGAUCGAUGUAGCUGUGCUGUUACAGUCAAAGAACCUCCACUUUUUACCAAGUCGUUCGACUCGAAAGAAGUUGUGAAAGGCUCUGAUGUUCUGUUGGAGGGAACAGUAUCAGGCUCAGCUCCAUUUGAAAUAUCCUGUUUCAAAGAUGCAAAACUGAUUAGAAAUGACAGGAGGCACAAUUUAAGCAUAACAAAUAACAUAGUCACACUCCAGGUUCUCAAAUUUGAACCAGGAGACAUUGGAAAGUAUCAGUGUGUCGUGGAAAAUGCAGUAGGAAAGACCUCGUGUGACUGUGAAGUGACACUGAUAGAGCCACCAUCAUUUGUGCAGAAGAUAGAAAACACCAAUAUCAUCCUUGGCAGUGCUGUCACGAUGCGCUGCGUUCUUAAAGGAUCAUUACCGAUGACGGUAACAUGGAUGAAAGAUGACCAUGAAGUUAAAGAUGAACGUAUACAGGUUUCGUUUCAAGACAGAACAGCAGAACUGCAUAUUUCAUGUGUCCAGUUAAAAGAUGGUGGAAAGUACACUUGCCAGGCACAGAACGAUGCAGGUAGCCAGAAAUGUACAGCUUCGCUGGCAGUCAAAGAGCCCGCUAACAUCAUAGAGCAGGCUAAAUCAAUCAGUGUGACAGCAGGUGAUCCUGCGACACUUGAAUGCAGAUUCUCAGGCACAAAAGUCCUCAGAGCCCAGUGGCUGAAGGAUGGAAAGGAGUUGACUUCUGGCAAAAAAUAUAAAGUGCAGAGUACUGACAAAAGCUCUAUAUUAAAAAUCCUUUCUACUGAGAAGAGUGAUGGUGGCGAGUAUACAUUCAAGGUUUCGAAUGAUGCUGGAAGCAGCAGUUGUGAAGCUGUUGUUACAGUUUUGGAUCAAAUAAUCAAACCAUCUUUCACGAGAAAAUUGAAGAAAAUGGAGGGCAUCAAAGGGUCGUUUGCUCAGUUGGAGUGCCUGGUGUCUGGAUCUCUGCCCAUAAAUAUCAGCUGGUAUAAAGAGAAUAAGGAGAUACAGGCAGAUGAGAAGCACAAGUGUACCUUUUUUGAAAAUGCAGCAUCCCUGGAAGUCAGUCAUCUUGAUAGUUCUGAUAGUGGCAGUUACACCUGCAUUGCCAAAAACCAAGCAGGGUCUGACCAGUGUUCUGGUGUAUUAUUUGUAAAAGAACCUCCCAUAAUAAUAGAGAAGCCAGAGUCACAGGAUGUCAUACCUGGAUCAAAAGUACGUUUUAAUGUACUUGUUUCUGGUACACCACCAUUAAACAUCAAGUGGUUCAAAGAUACAAAAGAAGUUGUAUCAGGAGUUGACUGUGCAGUUCAGAAAGAUGACUCGUCCAGCUCCCUUGAACUGUUUUUUGCCAAGCCGUCAGACUCUGGAAACUAUGUCUGUGAAAUAAGUAAUGAUGUUGGGUCAGAUCUUUGCCAAGCAGCACUUUUUGUAAAAGAACCUCCAAAAUUCACUCGAAAGCCUGAGAAAACUUCAGUGGUGAAACCUGGCCAAAAUGUUGUCUUUGAAUGCCAAGUUGUCGGCACGCCUGAGAUAGAUAUUUAUUGGUUCAGAGAUGGGAAUGAAAUAAGCCCCAGUGACAAGCAUAAGAUGACGUUUUCUAACUCCUUGGCGUGCCUGGCGAUAUGUGGUGCAGACAUCAAAGACAGCGGAGUAUACUACUGUGAAGCUCGUAAUGAGGCUGGUAGUGAGAGCUGUAGUAUGGAACUCAAGGUUAAAGAGCCACCAGUUAUUGACAAGCCGUUAUCACCUAUUGAGGUUGUGGAGGGCUCGAAUGCUUCUUUCGAAUGUAAAGUUCUUGGUACUGCUCCAUUUGAUAUUACCUGGCACAAGGAUUCGAAGGAGCUAAAGUCGAGCUCAAAGUAUAUAUUCUCGCAGAAAAAUGGAACUUUAACUCUAGAAGUGCAGAAAUGUGAUGCUCUCGACGUUGGUGAAUACAAGUGCACUGUUACCAAUGAAGUUGGAAGUUGCUCCUGUUUCACUAUGCUUUGCAUAAAAGAACCACCAUCGUUUGUCGAGAAGAUUCAGAACAUUACCACAGUGCUGGGAAAUAUGGCUGAGUUUAAGUGUGUUGUGAGAGGGUCUCCUCCACUGUCCAUACAAUGGCAGAAGGAUGAAACCUGGAUCUUGGAAGAUUCUAAAAUUGAGAAGAAAUUUGAGAAUAAUGUUGCCUCUUUGAAGGUUCCUGUGUGUGAGUCUAGCCACAGCGGAAGAUACAUGUGUCAAGUUGUCAAUGAGGCAGGACAAGAGAAAUGCUUUGCUACUCUGUUGGUGCAAGAACCACCCCAGAUUAUUGAGAAGCCAGAGGUUGUAAAUGUCACGGCUGGAGAUCCAGUCACCUUUCAGUGCAAGGUAGCAGGCACUCCUGAGCUCAAAGUGAAGUGGACAAAAGAUGGCAGAGAGAUAAUGCCCUCUAGACAGCACAGCCUCAGCUUUGGCAAUAAUGUCAGUUGUCUCAAGAUUCAGUCAGCGCAGAUGGAAGACGGAGGAAAUUAUCUGUUUGAGGUUUCCAACCACAUUGAUGUCUGUCAGUGCAAAGUUACGCUGGUUGUCCUAGAACAAAUAAUCCCACCAUCCUUCAUCAAGCCAUUGAAGGGGACUGAGGAGAUUUUGGGGUCCUUGGUGCGAAUAGAAUGCAAAAUAUCAGGCUCUCUUCCAAUUUCUGUGGAGUGGUUAAAAGACGGUAAUAAACUGUCUGGUCGAAUGAAGCAUAAACUUGUGCAGGAUGACAAUAAUGUGUCACUGGAAAUUGAACGUUUAGAGAAAGCAGAUGCUGGAAUCUACACUUGCAAACUUACAAACAAAGCGGGAAGUUGUGAGUGCAGCGGAGCGCUGACGGUGAAAGAGCCGCCAAGCUUUGUUGAAACGCCGGAAUCCCAGGCUGUCAUACCCAAUUCCACUGUUCGAUUUAAAUGUACCUUUAAAGGAACGCCUCCUUUCACAGUGAAAUGGUUCAGAGGGGAAACUGAACUUAUAACUGGACCAUCAUGCUUUAUUGGCCUCGAGGGCCUUUCUUGCUUUGUAGAUCUUUAUUCUGUUGGAACUGCACAUACUGGAGUCUAUACUUGCCAAAUUAGCAAUGAUGCUGGCACUGCAAGAUGUGCUGCAGACUUAUUAGUGAAAGAGCCUCCAGAUUUUAUACAGAAAAUCCCAGCCACAAAGUGUGUGAAGCUGAGCGAGUCACUACGUCUUGAAUGCAAAGUUACGGGAACACCUCCACUGAGAAUAACCUGGUUCAAAAAUGACGCCAUAAUUCCCGAUGGAAACAAUGUGAGAACAUCAUUUGAUGACUCUGUGGCAGUCCUUGAGAUAUUAAGCACUAGCUUUGAGGAUGAUGGAGUCUACACUUGUGAAGCACAGAAUGAUGCUGGAACCAAGAGCUGUAGUUCGACUAUCACAGUCAAAGAACCACCAUCUUUCUGCAAAGUCCCUUCACCUGUUGAGGGACUAAAAGGGAAAGACUCUAGUCUGAACUGUGAGCUGAAGGGGACAGCACCGUUUGACGUAAUCUGGUUAAAAGACAACAAGCAGUUAAAAGAAAGUAGAAAGUACAAGUUUGUGUAUGAAGGAUACUCAGCCACUCUUCACAUCCUUGGCUUGGAGGCAUCUGAUGCUGGUGAAUAUGUGUGUAAAGCCUCUAACAGUGUAGGAAGUGAAUCGUGCCAUGGAACAGUAAAACUAAGAGAACCACCAGUUUUUGUGAAGAAAUUGUCCAAUCUGACAUCUGUUUCUGGUGAGGAGGUCACUCUUAUGGCUUCUGUCAAAGGCUCUCAGCCAAUCACUGUGUCUUGGAUUCAAGACCAAGACCACAUUCUCAGAGAUGGUGACAAUAGGAAAAUCACAUUUGAGAACAACCAGGCUACUCUAACUAUCUUUAAAGCUGACUCAACAACUGCUGGGAAAUACACCUGUCAGCUUAAAAAUGAUGCUGGGGUGGCUGAAUGCAGGGCUAACCUAACAGUUCUAGAACCUGCUGCUAUUGUGGACAAAACAGAGUCUUUCAGUGUAACUGCAGGUGAUACUGCAUCGAUGGAAUGCACAGUGUCUGGUACACCAGAGCUUAAACCAAAGUGGUUUAAGGAUGGUGUAGAGCUCUCCUCUGGCAGGAAAUACAAAAUCACUUUCUCAAAAAUGAUAUCUACUCUUAAAGUUUUAUCGGCAGAGAGAGGGGAUACAGGAGAAUACACAUUUGAGGUCAAGAAUGAUGUUGGCAGCGAUAGCUGCAAAAUGCAUCUCACUGUUUUAGAUAAAAUCAUCCCUCCCACGUUCUCAAGAAAACUGAAAGACACUCACAGCAUUGUUGGUAAAAUUGGUGAAUUGGAUUGUAAAGUCUCUGGUUCUUCACCUUUUACCAUAUCUUGGUAUCAUGAUGGUGAGGAAAUCACCAGCGGGCCAAAUUAUGAGAUUGCUUUCAGUGAGAACACCUGUACUCUUAAAGUGCCCACUCUUAAGCUCUCAGACUCAGGAAUGUACAAAUGCAAAGCUGUAAACCAAGCUGGGGCAGCAGAGACGUCCGCCUCACUCAUUGUGAAAGAACCUCCUUCAUUUGUGACACCGCCCCAGCCGCUGGAGGCACUGCCAGGCACAAAUGUCACUUUUACAGCAACUGUCAAAGGAAGUGCUCCACUGAGACUGAAAUGGUUCCGAGGCAGUAAAGAAAUCGUGUCUGGGAAGGGCUGUGAAAUUGCUUUAAGAGGAGACAUGGCAACUUUGGAGCUUUAUAAAAUUGACAAGUCACAUGCUGGGGAGUAUACAUGCCAGAUUAUUAAUGAUGCAGGAAAGGAAAGCUGCCCUGUGAAUCUGUUUGUAAAAGAACCUGCAUGCUUUGUAAAGAAACUGAAGAACCUUUCUGUUGAAAUGGGCAAAUCGCUGAUACUUGAAUGCACAUAUACUGGAAGCCCUAAAAUUCUUGUGAAAUGGCACAAGGAUGGCCAGGAGAUCUUUUCAUCUUAUAAAUACAACAUUACCACCACGGAGCGCUCCUGCAUCCUGGAGUGUCUAAACAGUGAUAAAGAUUCUGCAGGAAAUUACUCUUGUGAAGUUUCCAAUGAUGCUGGAAGUGAUACUUGCAGUGCCAGUGUGUCCAUUUUAGAACCUCCAUACUUUAUUGAACAUUUGGAGCCAAUGGAAGUUACUGCUGGUGAUGCAGUGUGCUUGAAGUGUCAGAUUGGGGGCACUCCAGAGAUAAAAGUAUCUUGGUUUAAAGCUGAUGGGAAAAUAAGAUCCACUGCCACCUGCAGAAUGGAGUACUCCAAAGGGGUUGCCUGUCUGAAAUUAAGUAAAGCCUCAAAAUCUGAUAUUGGUGAAUAUACGUGCAAAGCUGAAAACAGUAUUGGAUCUGCCUCUUCCAGCUGCCAGUUAAAUGUGCAAGAGGUCAAAACACCUCCAUCUUUUCCCAAAAAAAUUACUAGUAUUCAGCAAACUGAAGGGCAGCCAGUCCAGUUUGAGUGUCGUGUUGCAGGAUCGUCUCCAAUGGAGGUCUCUUGGAUGAAAGAUGGCAAAUCUUUGAAAGAUGAUUCAGAGUACACAAUGACUUUUGAUGAUAAUUCUGCAGUUUUAAGAAUUGCUAAAGGUGAAAUGAGACACUCUGGGGAGUACACAUGUGUUGCAACAAACAGUGUGGGAACUGCUUCUUGUAGAGCCAAGCUCACACUUCAAGAGCCAAGAUAUCCCCCUGUCUUUGAUAAAAAACUUAUGCCAUUGGAGGUUACAGUUGGAGAUAGUGUGGAAAUGGAAUGUCACAUGACUGGAUCUUUACCAAUAAAAGUCACUUGGUCAAAGGAUCACAAAGAUAUCCGUACAGGGGGAAAUUACAAGAUAUCCUGUGUGGAUAAUACUCCACGUUUGACUAUUCUGAAAGCAGAUAAAGCAGAUUCUGGCCGCUACUUUUGCCAUGCUAGUAAUGAUGUGGGAAAGGAUUCUUGUUCCACUGAAAUUUCUGUGAAAGAACGCAAAGUACCGCCAGCUUUCAUCAAAAAGCCUCCAGAGACUAUUGAGGACACAGAGGGCAAGCUGAUGAAGAUUGAGACUCGUGUAUCAGGGUCACAGCCCAUAAAUGUCAGCUGGUUCAAAGAUAGCAAUGAAAUCUACAGCUCUGACAACUAUGAUAUAUCAUUCAAAAACAAUGUGGCUGUGUUGUGUCUCAAGAAUCCACGGCUCUCAGAUAGUGGUACAUACACAUGCAAAGCCAGUAAUGAAGCCGGUGAAGCUUCCUGUCAAGUGCGGGUGCACGUCACAGAGCACAAGACACCCCCAACCUUUGACUUGCCCUUGAAACCUGCAACUGUGAAUGAAGGUGAGAAAUUGAGCCUAAGCUGCCAUGUCCGUGGCUCACCCCCUCUGAAGAUUCAGUGGAUGAAGGACAGAAGAGAAUUGUCAUCAUCUGCCAACACCAAGAUUACCUUUGUUGAUGGCACUGCCACUUUGGAGAUUGUUCAUGUGGCAAAAACAGAUGCAGGAGACUAUCUGUGCAAAGCAACCAAUGAAGCUGGUAGUGAAUUCUGCAAGUCCAAAGUGACUGUAAAAGGUACAGAAAAAAAAGCCGCAGCAGUCCAAAAACCUGCUGAGGCUGCCCCGGCAGCACCUCAGCCAGUAAAGAAACUUGACAACUUGUUCUUCAUUGAAGAGCCUAAGAGUGCACAUGUAACUGAGAAGGGCACAGCCACUUUCAUUGCCAAAGUUGGGGGAGACCCUAUUCCCAAUGUGAAAUGGAUGAAGGGUAAAUGGAGACAGAUCACUCAUGGUGGUCGUGUCAUCAUUGAACAAAAAGGCCAAGAGGCCAAGCUGGAGAUCAAAGAGGUGACCAAGUCUGACUCUGGACAGUACAGAUGUGUUGCAUCUAAUAAACAUGGAGAAAUUGAGUGCAGCACUGACUUGCAUGUUGAAGAAAAGAAGGAGAUGACACCUGAGGUGGUGAAACUGAAGAAGACACCAUCGAAGCAGAAAAGUCCAAAGGAGGACAAAGACAUUGACAUUGUAGAGUUGCUGAGAAAUGUUGACCCUAAAGAAUAUGAAAAAUAUGCUCGUAUGUAUGGAAUCACUGACUACAGAGGACUUCUUCAGGCAAUAGAAUUUCUGAAGAAGGAGAGAGAAGAGGAAACUGGAAGACCGGAAGUGGAACGUGGAGGAAGAGUGUCUGAGGAGGACGUGGACAGUUAUGUGCUUGAAUUACAGAAGAGACUGGAGCAGACUGAGCCUGUUACUCUAAUCAAGGACAUCGCAGACCAAACAACAACUGCCACAAAGGAGGCAGUUUUUGAAUGUGAGAUCAAGAUAAACUAUCCAGAGAUCACACUUUCUUGGUACAAGGGAACACAAAAACUUGACAACAGUGACAAAUAUGAGAUCAGAAUCGUGGGAGACCGGCAUAUUUUGAAGAUCAAGGAUUGUCAGUCAAGAGACCAGGGCAAUUAUCGUGUUGUCUGCGGCCCACAUAUCUCUAGUGCCAAACUCACAGUUAUUGAAGCUGAAGUGGAAAAGCCUUUGCGGGAUGUUGCUGGUAAGGAAGGCCAAACCUGUACACUGACUUGCCAGUUCUCUAUACCUAAUGUAAAGGCCAAGUGGUUUAAAAAUGGAAAGAUGUUAGAGCCUCAGAGCAGAUAUACAUUUACUGUGGACAAUAAUAUUCAGAGGCUUUAUAUAAAAGAUGUUAGACCUGAAGACCAAGGACAGUACUCCUGCAAAUAUGAGAACCUUGAAUCAACCGCAAGUCUUUGGGUUGAAGCUGAGCAAAUUCAUUUCACCAAACGCAUCCAGAAUAUUGUGGUGAGAGAACGCCAGUCUGCCACUUUUGAAUGUGAAGUGUCCUUUGACAAUGCAAUUGUAACAUGGUACAAGGACACAUGGGAACUUAAAGAGAGUUCAAAAUAUAACUUCAGAAGUGAAGGCCGGCGCCACUUUAUGAUCAUCCACAACGUAAAUUCUGAUGAUGAAGGCGUGUACUCAGUGAUUGUGAGAUUGGAACCCAGGGGUGAAGCUAAAAGCACAGCUGAACUUUACCUGUCAGGCAAAGAAAUUGAUGUAGGAAGGGUACCAUAUGAUAUACCUGAUUCAUCUAUACAAGUGCCUGAGGCCCCAUCAGCAUUCACCAUAGAAGCUGAGUCUUCUGGUGAAUACCACUAUGAAGAGAAGAUGGAAAUACAAGAAUAUGCAAGCUGGACAGAGGAGAGAGUAAUAGAGGAAAUCACUACAACUGAAGCUAUAAGGGUCCCUGUCGAUGAGCCUGUCCAGAGAAAAACACUUGAGAUGAGAGAGGAGGCUCCGACUAAAGUUCCGGAAGUACAUGAGGACAAGCCUUAUAGACCAGUUGAACAGGAAGCAGAAAAACCAUCUAAAGUACCUGAAGCUAAGAAACCUGUGGAAGAAAAGGUCACUGUCAAAAAAAUAGCAGAACCUGAGGAGCUUCCAGCACCUAAAGAACCUAAACCAACACCUGAACCCAAAGUUGAGCCCAAGCCAACACCUGAACCCAAAGUUGAGCCCAAGCCAACACCUGAACCCAAAGUUGAGCCCAAGCCAAGACCUGAACCCAAAGUCGAACCCAAACCAACACCUGAACCCAAAGUUGAACCCAAGCCAACUCCUGAACCCAAAGUUGAGCCCAAGCCGAGACCUGAGCCUAAAGUUGAACCCAAACCAACACCUGAACCCAAAGUUGAACCUCCAGCCAAAGUUCCCCCGGCUGAAAAGAAACCUUCAGUGCCUGAACCAACCAAGCCCAAACUGCCUGAAAAACUAGAUCAAGCUCCUGCAGCUCCAAAGGAGGUUGCCCCACAGAAAGUCCAAGAAGCUCCAGAGAAACUAAUUCUACCUCCAGAAGAAAUCACCACUGUACCUCCAAAAAAGGUCAAAGAAGAAGUGGUACCUAAAAAGGAGGAGAUUCCUCACAUUCCUAAAAAAGAAGUUAAAGAUGAAAUACCACCAAAGAAGAAGGAGGUUAUUCCUCCUCCCAAAGAAGAAGAUAUAGUUCCCAAAAAGAAAGAAGUUAUGCCCGCUCCUAAAGAGGAAGUAGUGCCCAAAAAGAAAGACAUUAUACCCACUCCUAAAGAAGACAAAGAGGACAUAGUGCCUAAAAAGAAAGUCAUUGCUCCUAUAGAAGUUCCCGUGGAUUCUAAACCAUUGGACGUCCAAAAAACCGAACCACCAAGAAUACCAGAUGCAGCUCUUACUCUGAAGGAGAGUGCCAAACCCAAAGUCCAAGAAGCUCCAGAGAAACUAAUUCUACCUCCAGAAGAAAUCACUACUGUACCUCCAAAAAAGGUCAAAGAAGAAGUGGUACCUAAAAAGGAGGAGAUUCCUCACAUUCCUAAAAAGGAAGUUAAAGAUGAAAUACCACCGAAGAAGAAGGAGGUUAUUCCUCCUCCUAAAGAAGAAGAUAUAGUUCCCAAAAAGAAAGAAGUUAUGCCCGCUCCUAAAGAGGAAGUAGUGCCCAAAAAGAAAGAACUUAUACCUACUCCUAAAGAGGACAUAGUGCCUAAAAAGAAAGACGUUAUACCCACUCCUCAAAAAGACAUAGUGCCUAAAAAGAAAGAAGUUAUACCUAUUCCUAAAGAAGACAAAGAGGACAUAGUGCCCAAAAAGAAAGACGUUAUACCCACUCCUAAAGAAGACAUAGUGCCUAAAGAGAAAGAAGUUAUACCUAUUCCUAAAGAAGAAACAGUGCCCAAAAAGAAAGAAAUGAUACCUACUCCCACAGAAGACAAAGAGGACAUAGUGCCUAAGAAGAAAGACAUUAUACCUACUCCUAAAGAGGACAAAAAAGUUAUAGCCACUACUAAAGAAGACGAAGAGGUUGUAGUAACAAAAAAGAAACUAAUUGCUCCUACUGAAGUCCCCGUGGAUUCUAAACCACUGGACGUCCAAAAAACCGAACCACCAAGAAUACCAGAUGCAGCUCUUACUCUGAAGGACAGUGCCAAACCCAAAGUUGAGACCAAAGUGUCUCCAAAAGGUGUCAUUAUGCCUCAGGAAAAGAAAAUUUCUCCUGCCGAAGUUUCUAUAUUGAAAGAUCCUGGGGUACCAAAGGUUGGUGCUGAAGAAGAAGAAAGGAAAGUUGAUGUGCUACCAGCCGAAGAUGCCGGAAAGGGACCUGUUACUGCCCCUGGACCAGCUAAGAAAGUUGUGGAGAUGUUGGAUGUAGAUGGUGUGUCUGUCUUUCCCUGUUCAUACAUGUUGGGAUUUUCAAUUUCCAAAUCUAAAGGGAAAGUACUUAGUAGAGAAGAAGAAAAAUUUGAAAUUCCAACUCUGAAGAAAACUUCAAGAAUAUCUAGAGUCAAAGAAGAAGAACAGCUUACUGUACAACUGAAGAAAGUACCCAGCGUCCCAACUGAAGACCAGCAAAGAGGACAAAUUGAAAAGCAUGAUAUGGAGAGGGUAUUUUCUGAAACUGUGAUGGAGCGUUCUGUAAGGGAGAGUUAUAUGGCAGAAGAGUAUAUUGAAACUGUUGAAAUUAAAGAGGUAACAGAAAGGAUGCCAUCUGAAAUGGACAGAAGAAAGCCAGCAGAGAAAAUGGCAGUGCCUCCAGAGAAACCAGAGGAAAAAGAAAUAAAGGUCAAAAUUCCCAAGAUUCCUAAAAAGGAUACCCCUGAGGAACCUGGUUUAACUCUGAAGAAAGUAAAAAAAUUGCCAUUAGAUACAGAAGAACAAGAAUCUGUGAAAUUGAAACCAUUUGAAAAACCUAAGAAACCAGACCUGGUGGAAGAAAAAAAGAAAGAAACAAAGGACAGAGAACCUACUGAAUUUGAUGGUGGUUAUCGACCUCAUAAGGAUGAACCUAAAGAACCCAUGAAGAAGAAAGAAGAAAGUAAACCUGACAAAAAAGAACCAGAUAAAGUUACACGUAAACCUGUGGAAAAACCUUUAAAAGAUGAGAUUCCUGAGGAGGCAAGUAAACCACUGAAAAAGAUUAAAAAACUUCCUCCAGAAGAUCAAGAAAUUGAAAAGAUUCAGUUGAAACCCAUACCAAAGAAACCUUCAGCUGGUUCACCAGCAGAAAAGACAGCUCCAAAGCCUAUGGAACAAAAGCAAGCAGAGAAAAUACAACCAAGUCGGCCUAUAAAAGAUGAAAUACCAAAAGAACCAAGUGUCCCUAUUAAAAGACCUGACAAAGGGGAAGCUCCAGAGAAAGAGGUGGAGACUAAGUUGACUGGAUUGCCUCAAGAAGAGGUUCAGAAGCCAAUCCCAGAAAAGGUAAGCCCUGAGAAAAAACAAAAAAGCCCAGAAGAAGGUGAGAAGCCAUUGCUCAUUAAAAAGGGUCGUCUCCCAAAAGAAGAGGAGAAAAAAGAAGAAAUAAAAUUAAAACCAGUAGAACGUGUCAAAAAUGGCUUAGAGCCAAAAAAGACUCCCUCUCCAAAGGGGGAGAAACCAAAAGGAAUUGAACCAGUUCCCAUUGAGAGGAAACCUAGCAGAGAUUUGCCAGGAAAGAUACCCCAAAAGAUUUCACCGAAAGAUUCAAUUGAAAGCAUUACACUGAAAAAGGUUCCAAAGAAAAUCUCACCUGAUGAGGUCAAGCCUGCUGAAGAACCUUCUCUGACAGUUGGUAAAGGAAAGGUACCGAUAAUGAAGGAAUUGUCUCCUGGGGCAGUGCAUUUAAGAAAAGUUCCCACUCAGCUUGAGGAAGAAGUAUUUGAACUGGAGCCUGAAGUUGAGGAUGAAGAUGAGGAGGAAGCAUGGGGAUGGGAGCUUGCUUCUCGUGAAAGUUAUGAGUCCUCAGAAGACUCAGAGGAUAGAUAUUUGGAAGAAGGGGCCCUUGAGACUCCAGGAAUGCCAGGAGGUAGACGAGAGGGAAAGCCUAAGGAAGAAGCGGGCAGAGGCAGAGGGUUGAAACCAAGACAAACCCCCUCCCCUGGUGAUCCUGACAAGAGGAAAGGACUGAAACCUGGUGCUGGAGGUGACAAACCUCCUGGAGACUCACCUUUUGGUUUCCAGCUCAAAGCAGUGCCACUUAAGUUUGUGAAGGAGCUCAAAGACAUUGUCUUACAGGAAGCUGAAUCGAUAGGUUCUUCUGCUGUAUUUGAGUGCCAGGUUUCACCCUCCACUGCUGUAACUACUUGGAUGAAGGAUGGAAGCAACUUGAGAGAGAGCCCAAAACACAAAUUCACUUCUGAUGGCAAAGACCGUAAGCUGGCUAUCAUUGAUGUCCAGCUCUCUGACACUGGAGAAUACACAUGUGUCGCCAAGCUGGGUAACAAAGAGAAGACAUCCACCGCCAAACUUAUUGUAGAAGAACUGCCAGUCAAAUUCACAAAGACCCUGGAAGAGGAGACUUCUGUUAUAAAGGGUCAGCCUUUGUACUUGACCUGUGAGUUGAGCAAAGACAGGGAUGUGGAAUGGAAGAAGGAUGGAAAGCCUCUCAAAGCAAUUGCUGGCAAAAUUGCAAUCAACGUGAUUGGACUGCAGCGUGCCGUAACAAUCCAGGACUCAAAUGAUGAUGAUGCUGGAGUUUACACAUGCGAAUGUGAACACUUAAAAACUCAAACCAAUGUUAAGAUUAUUGAAAUUAUCAGAGAUUGGUUGGUGAAACCUUUGAGGGACCAGCAUGUCAAACCAAAGGCCACGGCCACAUUCAAGGCUGAACUCUUCAAAGACACUCCAAACUGGAAGUGGUUUAAGGGAGACACAGAAAUCCCCACUGAUCCCACAGACAAAACUGAGGUCAAAAAGGAUGGCAAAGAAGUCACUCUAACCAUCAAGAAUGCCCAACCAGGUGAUAUUGGAGAAUAUGCCAUUGAAGUGGAGGGCCGCAGAUAUCCAGCAAAGCUAACACUUGGAGAGAGGGAGGCUGAGAUCUUGAAGCCUCUUGUUAGUGUGGAGGUAAAAGAGAAAGAGGAGGCCAACUUUGAAACAGAGAUUUCUGAGGAUGAUGUUGUGGGAGAAUGGAAACUUAAAGGACAAGUUCUGACAAGAUCUCCGACAUGUGACAUCAAAGCAGAGGGAAAGAAGAGAUUCCUUACUUUGAAAAAUGUGCAACUUGACCAGUCGGGUGAAGUUUCAUACCAAGCUUUGAAUGCCAUCACUACUGCAAUGUUAACAGUUAAAGAAAUUGAAAUGGACUUCACGGUCCCACUGAAGGAUGUUACUGUACCUGAAAAGAAACAGGCAAAGUUUGAGUGUGUCAUCACAAAAGAUGUGCUUAAAGUUAUGUGGUUAAAGGGCUCUGACAUUAUAACAUCUGACCAAAAAUACGAUAUCAUUGAUGAUGGAAAGAAACAUAUGUUGGUCAUAAACAACUGUGAAUUUGACGAUGAGGGAGAUUACACAGUUGAGGUCUUGGGUAAAACAUCAACUGCCAAACUGACAGUAGAGGGGAUGAGACUGAAGUUCACCUCUCCGUUAUCGGAUCAAACUGUGAAGGAAGGUAAAACGGCUCGGUUUGAGCUAGAGCUCUCUCAUGAGAAUGUACCAGUGACAUGGUACAAAAACGAAACGAAACUUCAUCCAAGCAGAACUGUGCUCCCUCAUACUGAUGGAAAGAAACAUGUAUUAGAAAUCAAGGAAGUGACUCUAGAUGAUACUUGCCAAAUUAAAGCAGUGGCUAAAGGAAUAUCAACUAUGGCUAACUUGACGGUGAUAGAGGGUGAUGCAUACUUCACGGUUAAACUGCAAGAUUAUACAGCUGUUGAGAAAGAUGACAUCAGUCUUGACUGUGAACUGAGCAGAGAUGUCCCUGUCAAGUGGUUACACAAUGAGACAGAAAUCAAGGCCUCUAAAACGGUCACCUUGAAAGCUGAGGGAAAACGAAGAAUCUUGUCCAUAAAGAAGGUGGAAGACAAAGAUAAGGGCCAGUAUGUGUGUGACUGUGGAACAGACAAGACUGUGGCGAAUGUAACCAUUGAAGCUCGUGACAUAAAAGUGGUUCGCCCCAUGUAUGGUGUUGAGCUGUUUGAUGGUGAAACGGCUCGUUUCGAGGUAGAAAUAUCUGCAGAUGAUAUUCAUGGACAGUGGAAGCUGAAAGGAGAAGUUCUUUCACCUUCACCUGAUGUUGAAAUCAUUGAGGAUGGCGCAAAGCACACUUUAAUAUUGUACAACUGCAAAGUCUCCCAGUCAGGAGAGGUAGCAUUCCAGGGUGCAAAUGCAAAGUGUACCGCCAAUCUGAAAGUGAAAGAACUGCCGCUUACCUUCAUCACUCCUUUGAGUGAUGUGCACGUGUAUGAGAAAGAUGAGGCAAGGUUUGAAUGUGAGGUAUCAAGAGCAGCAAAGAAGUUCCGCUGGCUGAAGGGAACUCAGGAGUUGCAGACAGACGAGAAGUUUGAGAUCCUUCAUGAAGGUAAUCGGCACACUCUGGUGGUAAAAUCUGCCGCCUUUGAGGAUGAGGCUAAGUACAUGUUUGAGGCUGAGGACAAGAGAACCACUGGCAAACUGGUCAUCGAAGGAAUCCGUCUCGAGUUUGUCAGACCCAUCAAAGACGUCACUGUGAAAGAGCGUGAAACUGCAGAAUUCAGUAUUGAGCUCUCACAUGAGAAAGUCCAGGUCACAUGGUACAAAAAUGAUGUACGCUUGCAUCCCAGCAAAGUAGUGCACAUGUCAGAGGAGGGUAAAAUCCACACCCUCUCCUUUAAGGAAGUAUCCAUCGAUGACACCUCUCUUAUUAAAGUAGAAGCUCUUGGGAAAAGCUGCGAGGCCAUGCUCACUGUUCUUGAGGGAGAACCUUACUUCACCAGUAAACUGCAAGACUACACUGCGGUUGAGAAGGAUGAAGUUGUGCUGAAGUGUGAACUCAGCAAAGCCUCUGCGGAAGUGAAAUGGUUCAAAGAUGGAAAGGAGAUCACUCCCUCCAAGAAUGUCCUCAUCAAAGCCGACGGAAAGAAGCGAAUUCUAACAGUUAAGAAGGCUGAAAAGGCCAACAUUGGAGAAUACACUUGUGAUUGUGGUUCUGACAAAACGUCAGCUAGACUGAACAUUGAAGAGCGUGACAUCAAGAUUGUGCGUCCACUGUAUAGUGUGGAGGUCACAGAGACAGAAACUGCUCGCUUUGAGACAGAGAUUUCAGAGGAAGAUGUACAUGGCCACUGGAAGCUGAAAGGAGAGUCACUCCACCAGUCGCCUGACUGUGAGAUUAAGGAAGAAGGCACCAGGCACAUGCUCGUUCUCUACAAUGUGCGUAUGGACAUGGCUGGUGGAGUUGACUUCCAAGCUGCCAAUGCUAAAUCCAGUGCCCAGCUCAGAGUAAAAGCACGAGUGAUAGGCCUCAAUAGGCCUCUCAAGGAUGUUACAGUUACCGCUGGAGAAACUGCAACCUUUGACUGUGAACUGUCUUAUGAGGGCAUUGCUGUUGAAUGGUUCCUUGAGGGUACAAAGCUGGAACCAAGCGACAGAGUGGUGACCCGAGCAGAAGGCAGAACUCACACGCUGACCCUCAGAGAUGUUAAGCUGACAGAGGCAGGAGAAGUGAGACUCACUGCAAAAGACUUCCAAACCCAGGCCAGACUCAUUGUAAAUGAACCACCAGUUGAGUUCACCAAGCCUCUGGAAGACCAGACUGUAGAGGAAGAGGCCACUGCCACUCUAGAGUGCGAAGUCUCCAAUGAAAAGGCGGAGGUUAAGUGGUUUAGAGAUGGACAGGAAAUCCGAAAAACAAAGAAGUAUGAGAUGAUUGCUGAAGGCCGUAAGAGAAAACUCCUCAUCCAUGACUGCACACUUGACGAUUCAAAGACGUAUACCUGUGACACUAAAGAUUUCAAGACUUCAGCUUUCCUUAACGUUGAACCUCCACAUGUUGAGUUCACGAAGCCACUCCAUGAUGUUGAGGUCAAAGAAAAGGAAACUGCCAAGUUUGAAUGUGAAGUGUCUCGUGAAAAUGCCAAGGUUCGUUGGUUUAAGGAUGGCAGUGAAAUCAGAAAAGGCAAAAAGUAUGAAAUUAUUGCCAAAGGAGUCCAACGUAUUCUCAUUAUUAACAAGUCAGUCUUUGAUGAUGAGGCUGAAUAUGAAUGUGAUGCAAGAACCUCCAAAACCUCUGGCAUGCUGACUGUUGUUGAGGAGGAGGCUAGAUUCACCAAGAAUCUAUCUAAUGUUGAGGGCACUGAAACAGACAGUAUUAAAAUGAUCUGUGAGGUAUCCAAGCCCAGUGCAGAUGUCAUUUGGUACAAGGGUGAUCAAGAACUGCCUGAGGGUGGAAGAUAUGACCAAAUCGCAGAUGGAAAGAGGAGAAUUCUCCUCAUCCAAGACCUCCGAAUGGAUGAUGCUGGAGAAUACCACUGCAAACUGCCUAGUUCACAAACAACCGCGAACCUGAAGAUAAAUGAACUUGCUGCUGAGUUUAUUUCCAGGCCCCAGAGCCAGGAAGUGGUUGAGGGUGAAAAGGCUGAGUUUGUUUGCUCAGUGUCCAAAGACACCUAUGAGGUUAAAUGGCUUAAGGGUGAUGAAGUGCUUCAGUCAAACGACAAAUACGAAAUCGUAUCUGAUGGCAAGAGACGAGUGCUCGUUGUUAAAAACUGUGACCUGAAAGAUGAGGGCGGCUAUGUUGCUGUUAUUGGAACCACUAGAGCCACAGCUGACUUGACUGUGAUUGAAAAACUCAGAAUAAUCACUCCACUCAAAGACACAAAAGCACCUGAAGGAAAAGAGAUUGUUCUCAAUUGUGAAGUGAAUACUGAACAUGCUAAAGCUAAGUGGCUGAAGAAUGAGGAAACAAUGUUUGAGAGCAGCAAAUUCAUCAUGGUCCAGAAAGACAAUGUGUUUUCUCUGAGGAUCAAAGAUGCCCAAAAAUCAGACGAAGCUAAUUACACCAUUACACUGACUAACCACCGUGGUGAAUAUGCAAAGAGCUCUGCUAACGUCACGGUUCAAGAGGAGGAUCUAAGAAUCAUUGUGCCUCCUGAAGAUGUUGACACUCAAGAGAAAAAGACCGUCAGCUUCUCAUGCAAGGUGAAUAAACCAAAUGUGACCGUGCAGUGGAUGAAGGCUGGACAGGAGAUCACCUUCAACAAACGUAUUAUUUAUCGGGUCGACAAAGACAAACACACUUUGACCAUCAAAGACUGCACUCUUGCGGAUGAGGGUGAAUACACAGUCCUUGCUGGAGCAGAUAAGUCCAUAGCAGAGUUGAUCAUCAGUGAAGCACCCGCUGACUUUACAACACAUCUCAAUGAUCAGACCAUCACUGAAUUUGAGGAUGCUGAGUUUACUUGCAAACUCUCUAAGGAAAAGGCUGAGGUCAAAUGGUACAGAAAUGGCAGGGAGAUCAGAGAAGGACCUCGGUAUCACUUUGAGAGGGAUGGAAAGACAUGCACACUCCGCAUUAAGGAGUGCCGACCGGAUGAUGAAUGUGAAUAUGCCUGUGGAGUGGAAGACAGGAGAACUAGGGCCCGCCUCUUUGUUGAGGAGAUCCCAGUUGAGAUCAUUAGACCACCUACAGACGUUUUUGAACCUCCUGGUACAGAUGUAGUGUAUGAGGUUGAGCUGAACAAGGACAGAGUUGAGGUGAAAUGGUUGAGGAACAAUAUGACUGUUGUCCAGGGUGACAAGUUCCAGAUGAUGAGUGAGGGAAAGAUUCACCGACUCCAAGUCUGUGAGAUCAGACCUCGUGAUCAGGGAGAGUACAGAGUUGUUGUCAAAGACAAAGAUGCCAAAGCCAGACUGGAGCUGGCAGCUGUGCCAAAGAUCAAGACUUUGGAUCAAGACCUCGAAACUGAUGUGGGAAAGCCGUUGCUGAUGUCUGUUCCCUAUAAUGCAUAUCCACGUGCUGAAGCAGAAUGGUUCUAUGAUAGCAUCAGUCUACCAAAAGACAAUAUUCAUACUUCUGCAGACAGGACAGAGUACAGACUCAAGGAUCCAAAGAAGUCUGACGAGGGCCGAUAUAAGAUUGUUAUCAAGAAUAAACAUGGUCAAGGAGAGGCCUUCAUUAACCUCAAAGUUAUUGAUGUCCCUGGACCUGUGAAGGGCCUGAAUGUUGUUGACACUGCCGAUGGUGAGGUAAGCCUUGCUUGGGAAGAACCUGAAAGUGAUGGUGGCACCAAGAUCUUGGCAUACGUGGUGGAGAGACGUGAUGUUAAGCGCAAGACAUGGACUCUGGCCACUGACCGCGCUGACAGUACAGAGUUCUGCGUAACUGGGCUGCAGAGAGAGUCCAAGUACUUCUUCCGUGUUUGUGCUCGCAACAGAGUUGGAAGUGGACCAAAUGUUGAGACAGACAAGCCUGUUUAUGCCAAAAAUAAGUUUGAUGUUCCUGAUCCACCACAGAAUGUUAUUGUCGGAAAUGUGAACAAGUUUGGUGCCACAGUCUCCUGGGAACCCCCACUGUCUGAUGGUGGUUCUGAGAUCACUUCUUACAUCAUUGAGCUCCGUGACAGGACCUCUGUAAAAUGGGCUCCAGUCAUGGUGACUAAAGCACAGGAUCGCACAGCAGUCAUCAACGAUGUUAUUGAAAACAAGGAGUACAUCUUCCGUGUGAGAGCUGAGAACAAGGCUGGAGUUGGCAAACCAAGUGCUGCCACUAAUCCAGUGAAGAUUAUGGACCCCAUUGAGAGGCCAAGCCCUCCACUGAAUCUGAUGCAUUCUGAGCAAACCAAGGACUCCGUUCAGCUAACCUGGGAGACACCCUUGAGCAAUGGAGGCAGUAUAAUCACAGGUUACAUCAUUGAGAGAUGUGAAGAUGGCACAGACAAGUGGCUGAGAUGUAAUGCUAGGCUCUGCCCAGACCUUUUCUACAAGAUGUCUGGCCUGAAACAAGGGCAGAAAUACCUCUACAGAGUAUUUGCUGAGAAUGCUGCUGGGCAGUCAGACCCCUCUAAUGUUAUUGGGCCUCUUCUAGCAGAUGACCCACAUUUUGCACCUACAUUAGACCUCAGUGCAUUUAGGGAUGGCCUUGAAGUCAUUGUCCCUCAUCCCCUAACCAUUCGUGUGCCAAUCACGGGAUAUCCUUUGCCAAAGGCAAAGUGGACUUUUGGUGAAACUGAGCUGACAGCAGAUGACCGUGUGUCCAUGGUCACUAAGACCUCCUUCACUGAACUCACUGUCACCCCAAGUGUGCGUCCAGACAAAGGCACAUAUACUCUUCAGCUGGAGAAUGACGUAGCUACUGUUUCAGGAGAGAUCGAAGUGAAUGUUAUUGCAUCCCCAAGUGCACCCAAAGACUUAAAGGUUGCAGAAGUGACCAGACGCCAUGUACAUCUCAUGUGGGAUGCACCAGAUCAUGAUGGUGGAAGCCCACUUACAGGUUACCAAAUUGAAAAGCGUGAAGUAUCUAGGAAGACCUGGGUCAAGGUCAUUAGUGGCAUAGAAGAUCUGGAGUACACAAUCACGGAUGUUGUUGAGGGCAAAGAGUAUUUGUUCAGAGUUACUGCAUGCAACAAAUGUGGUCCUGGGGAGCCUGCUUACAUUGAUGAGCCAGUGAAUGUGUCCUCACCAGCAACUGUUCCAGACCCACCUGAGAACCUUAAAUGGAGGGACAAGUCUGCUCAUAAAAUCUUCCUGUCUUGGGAGCCUCCGAGGUAUGACGGUGGUGCUCCAAUUAGGGGCUAUAUCGUUGAUAAGUGCCAGCGUGGUACUGACAAGUGGGAGCCUUGUGGAGACCCAAUGCCUGACCUUAAGUUUGAGGUGACAGGUCUCAUUGAAGGCCAGUGGUAUGCUUACCGUGUGAGGGCCUUGAACAGACUUGGAGCCAGCAGGCCGUGCAAAUCAACAGAUGAAAUCUUGGCUGUUGAUCCAAAAGAGCCACCUGAGAUUCAGCUGGAUGUGAAGCUGCUGGCUGGUUUGACUGCGAAGGCUGGCUCAAAGAUUGAACUUCCUGCUGUUGUUCUGGGAAAACCAGAGCCUAAAGUAAAAUGGACCAAAGCUGACAUUGUUUUAAAACCAGAUGACAGAAUCAGCAUUGAGACAAAACCUGGUCACUCCACAGUGACAAUUGCCAAAACAACAAGGGAAGACACAGCACUGUACAUAAUUGAAGCAGUCAAUAGCAGCGGCCGUGCAACGGAAACAGUUGAAGUUAAUAUUCUAGAUAAGCCUGGGCCUCCAGCUGCUUUUGAUAUCUCAGAGAUUACCAGUGAGUCCUGCUUCUUGGCAUGGAAUCCACCGAGGGAUGAUGGUGGCUCAAAGGUGACAAACUACAUAAUUGAGAGAAGAGCCACAGACAGUGAGAUCUGGUACAAGCUUACCUCUACUGUGAAACAGACUUCAUACAAAGCCAGCAACCUUGUGCCUUUAAAAGAGUAUGUCUUCAGAGUCUACGCUGAGAAUGAGUUUGGUGUCGGUUUGCCUGCGCAACACGUCCCAAUUGUUGCGAAGUACCCAUUUGAUCCCCCUGGUCCUCCAUACAAACUGGAGCACUCUGAUAUUGCAAAGGAUGCCGUAACACUCUCCUGGUACGAGCCUGAUGACGAUGGUGGUAGUCCCAUUACUGGCUACUGGGUAGAGAGGUUUGAACCAGAUGCUGAUAAAUGGAUGCGAUGCAACAAGCUUCCCAUCAAGGACACAACGUUCAGAGUGAAAGGAUUACCGACAAGGAAGAAAUACAAGUUUAGAGUCUUGGCUGAAAAUUUGGCAGGACCUGGCAAACCAAGCAAGGAGACUGACCAGAUUUUGAUUAAAGAUCCAAUUGAUCCUCCAUGGCCUCCUGGCAAGCCUACUGUUAAAGAUGUUGCAAAGACUUCAGCUUUCCUUCAGUGGACCAAACCUGAGCAUGAUGGUGGUGCUAAGAUUGAAUCCUACAUCAUUGAACUGCUCAAGAGUGGAACUGAUGAAUGGGUUCGUGUAGCUGAUGAUAUUCCCAGACUUGAGCAUUUCUUGAAGGGACUGAUGGAGAAACAGGAGUAUUCCUUCCGUGUCAAAGCUGUCAAUGCAGCAGGCGAGAGUGAACCCAGCGAACCCAGCGAUCCUGUGCUGUGCAAGGAGAGGCUCAAUCCCCCCUCACGGCCAAGAUGGCUUCAGGUAGUCAGUAUCGCAAGGAACACUGCUGAGCUCAAAUGGACCCCACCAGAGAGGGAUGGUGGCUCACCCAUUACAAAUUAUAUUGUUGAGAAGAGAGAUGUCAGACGCAAGGGGUGGCAGGCUGUGGACACCACAGUGAAGGAGACAAAGUACACUGUUACUCCCCUGAACGAGGGCUCUCUCUACGUGUUCCGCGUGGCAGCUGAGAAUGCUGUUGGACAAAGCGAAUACUGUGAACUUGAAGACUCUGUUCUGGCUAAGGAUACUUUCACCACUCCCGGACCACCAUACGCACUGACUGUAGCAGAAGUGUCUAAGAGUCAUGUUGACCUGCAUUGGGAAGCCCCUCAGAAUGAUGGUGGCAGACCAGUCUUAAGGUAUGUUAUUGAGAAGAAAGAGAAACUGGGAACUCGCUGGGUGAAAUCUGGAAAGACAUCUGGCCCUGACUGCAAGUAUAGGGUGACUGAUGUCAUUGAGGGAACUGAGGUGCAAUUCCAAGUCUGUGCUGAGAAUGAAGCUGGAGUUGGUCACCCCAGUGAACCCACAGAGAUCUUAACCAUUGAGGACCCAACAGGACCACCCUCACCACCCCAGGAUCUGCAUAUCACAGAUGCAGGCAGACAUCAUAUUUCCAUUGCCUGGAAAGCACCAGAAAAGAAUGGAGGAAGCCCAGUCACUGGGUACCACAUUGAGCUUUGUGAGGCUGGAACUGAGAAGUGGAUGAGAGUGAACUCCCGUCCUGUCAAAGAGCUUAAGUACAGGGCAGGACCUGAGGAGGGCAUUGUGCCUGAAAAGCAGUACAUCUUCAGAGUUCGUGCUGUCAACUCUGUUGGUGCCAGCGAGCCAUCUGAGAUCUCUGAGUCGGUGUUUGCUAAGGAUUCUGACUGCAACCCAACUCUUGACUUACAGACACAGGAUGUUGUUUUUGUUGAGGGUGAGGUGAUGCACCUUCCCAUUCCAUUCCGGGCUGUGCCACAACCAAAGAUCACUUGGCACAAAGAUGGAGAGGAGUUGAAGGGUGAUGAAAGACUCUCCUUGAGGUCUGAGUACACAGCCUGUCACCUGGAGAUUCCAAGCUGCCUGCAUGCUGAUGCAGGGCAGUACAAAGUAACUCUGGAGAACAGCCUGGGAGCAACCAGCGGAACAAUAAAUGUUAAAAUUGUUGGUCUUCCUGGACCAUGUAAGGAUAUUGUUGCCAGUGAAAUAACCAAGAGCUCCUGCAAGAUUUCUUGGGAUCCUCCAGAUCGUGAUGGUGGCAGUCCUAUUCUUCAUUAUGUUCUUCAAAGGCGUGAGGCGGGCAGAAGAACCUAUGUCAAUGUUAUGUCUGGGGAGAACAAAGUGAGCUGGCCUGUCAAAGAUCUUAUUCCAAAUGGAGAGUACUAUUUCCGUGUCAGAGCAGUGAACAAGAUUGGUGGUGGGGAGUUUAUUGAACUUCGCAACCCUGUUAUUGCUGAAGAUCAAAAGCAGCGUCCUGAUCCACCUGUUGACGUUGAAACCCACAACCCUACUUCUCAUUCUGUAACCCUUACUUGGAAGCCACCUAUGUAUGAUGGUGGAAGCAAAAUUUUGGGCUACAUACUAGAGAUGAUGAUGAAAGGUGAAGACAAGUUUGUAAGGUGUAAUGACUUCCUUGUGCCAGUGCUGUCCUAUACAGUGAAGAAUCUGAAACAAGGAAAGGAAUAUCAAUUCAGAGUACGUGCAGAGAAUGCAGCAGGUGUUAGUGAUCCAUCACGCAGCACACCAAUGGUGAAGGCCAUGGACGCAGUUGAUCGACCAAAGGUCUUCCUUAGCAGCAGUCUACAAUCAGGUCUGAGUGUCAAGAGAGGCUGUGAGAUCAGGUUGGACGCCUAUAUUUCUGGAUUCCCAUACCCAACCGUGACAUGGAUGAGGAAUAAUUCUACCAUAUGGCCAGAACCUAUGAGGAAGAGACCUGAAAAGCCUAUUAGGAGGAAGAAGGAAAAAGAAAAGGAGAGAGAGGCAGAAAAGGAGAAGGCAGAGGAACCCAAAAAGGCUGCAGAGAAAGAGGACAAGGACAAGGACAAAGACAAGGAGAAGGACAAGGAAAAGGAGGAGAAGGAGAAAGAGAAAGAGAAGGAGAAGGAGAAGGAAAAAGAAGUCAAAGAAGAACCUGAAGAGCCUGAAGAAGCAUGGCAUCCAACCCUAAAUGAGCGCCUUACAAUCGACUCCUCGAGGAAAGGCGAAUCCUCAGUUCUCGUAAAAGAUACUAUCAGAGGAGAUUAUGGUGUGUUUACCAUCAAGGUGGAGAAUGAUCAUGGAGUUGCAUCUGCCUCCUGUGAAGUUAACAUUCUUGAUACACCUGGUCCCCCAGUUAACUUUAAAUUUGAAGAAGUCAGAAAGAACUCUGUCAUCUGUAAAUGGGAUCCCCCUCUGGAUGAUGGUGGCAGUGAAAUCCUGAACUAUACCUUGGAGAAAAAAGACAACUCCAAGGCUGAAAUUGGAUGGAUUACUGUAACUUCCACCCUGAGAGGAUGCAAGUAUCCAGUGACAAAAUUAAUUGAAGGAAAGGAGUACAUUUUCCGUGUCACAGCUGAAAACAAGUUUGGUCCUGGAACUCCGUGUAUUUCUAAACCUGUCAUCGCCAAGGAUCCAUUUGAUCCACCAGAUGCACCAGAUAAGCCUGAAAUCACGGACGUGACUGCCAACAGCAUGCUUGUCACAUGGAAUGAACCCAAAGAUAAUGGCAGCCCCAUUUUGGGAUACUGGGUUGAAAGACGAGAAAUCAACAGCACACACUGGGCAAGAGUCAAUCGUAGCAUGAUUGAGGAACAGGAAGUGAAUGUACAGGGUCUUUUAGAGGGCUUGACAUACAUUUUCAGGGUUUGUGCUGAAAAUUCAGGAGGACCAGGAAAGUUCAGUGUCCCAUCAGACCCAAAGACAGCGCAGGCUCCAAUAUUGCCACCUGGUCCACCAAUUCCAAGGGUUGUUGACACAACAGACCAUUCAAUUGAAGUGGAAUGGGAUCCACCUGUGGACAAUGGAGGUGGAGACAUCUUUGGUUACCAUGUUGACAAGGUAGUGGCAGGCACAAAGGACUGGUCCCGUUCUACAGAAAGACCUUGGAAAAACCGCAAAUUCACUGUUUAUGGCGUCAGAGAGGGAGCUAAGUACAUUGUUCGUGUUGUGGCAGUCAAUGCUGCUGGUGAGGGCGCUCCUGGUUUGACGGAUGCAGUAAUCGUUAGAAAUCCACAAGAGGUUCCAGUUAUUGAACUUGAUAUCAGUGUGAAGAAUGGUGUUGUAAUACGUGCUGGAGAAACACUGAGGAUUCCUGCGCACGUAACUGGUAAACCUCCACCAUCCAUUAAAUGGACAAAGGAUGAUGCCACACCUGAUAAGGAUCGUGUUGAAAUUGAGAAUGUUGGACAGGACAGUACCCUAAUCAUCAAAAAUACAAAGCGAGGUGAUCAUGGCAAAUACCAGAUAACUGGAGCAAAUCCAAGUGGAAUUAAGUCUGCAUGGACUAGGGUGGAGGUUAUGGAUGUUCCUGGGCCAGUGCUUGAUCUGAAGCCCGUUGUUGUCACAAGAAAGUUGAUGAUGCUGAACUGGUCUGAUCCUGACGAUGAUGGUGGAAGUGACAUAACUGGUUUCAUCAUUGAACGGAAAGAUGGAAAGAUGCACACUUUCAGACAGCCCAUUGAGACGGCCUCAUCUAAAUGUGAAAUUGUUGGAAUUAUUGAGGGACAAGCAUACACAUUCCGUGUUGUGGCCAAGAAUAAGUAUGGUUGCGGGCCUCCAGUCGACCUUGGCCCCAUUCUUGCUGUGGAUCCUCAAGGUCCCCCUACCUCCCCAGAGAAGUUCCACUAUAGCGAGAGGACUAAAUCAUCCAUCACUCUGACUUGGAGGCCACCUCGCAAUGAUGGAGGCAGUCCAAUUCUUGGCUACAUAAUUGAGAAGAAGCGCCAAGAUGAAACAGCUUUUCAACCAGUUAACAAAGAGCUGUGUACAGCCCAAACCAUGACAGUGGAGAACCUUUCAGAGCUGCAUAUGUAUGAGUUCCGUGCCAAGGCUGUUAACAGCAUUGGAGAAAGCGAGCCAUCCAUACCGUUGAAUGUUGUUAUUCAAGACGACGAAGUUCCCCCAACUGUGGCAUUGCUAAAGCACUUCAAGGGUGAUGCCAUCACCGUGAAGACAGGAGAGCCCGUUGAGAUUCCUGCUGAGGUGACAGGUCUUCCACUGCCAAAGACUGAAUGGCUGAAAGAUGAAGUUGUCAUUCCAAAGUCAACCGAGACUCUUAUCAUGGAGACAAAAGAACUUCACAGGACAAUGUGUCAUACAAAGCUCAGCAUUCCUGCUGCUGUUCGGCAGGACAGAGGCACCUACACUGUGAGUGCCUCAAAUCGCCUUGGAUCAGCUGGUCAUACCAUUACACUGGAAGUGUUGGAUCGGCCAACACCACCGAGAAAUGUUGUCGUUUCAAACAUCAAAGCUGAGUCUUGCCACCUCACUUGGGAUGCUCCAGUAGAUAAUGGAGGAAGUGAGCUCACAAACUAUAUUAUCGAGAAAAAGGACCUCAGUGUUGAGAAUGGAGACUGGGUCCAGGUUACAAACACCAUUAUUGAACGGCGAUAUGGGGUUUGGAAUCUGGAAACUGAUGGCAAUUACCAGUUUAGAGUGCGAGCUGAGAACAAGUAUGGAAUAAGCGAACCCUGUGAAACAGAGGAGGUUCAGAUCAAGGAUCCAUUCCGUCUCCCUGGCCCGCCAGAGAAGGUUACUAUUGCUGAGCACUCCAAGGCUCACAUGCUGCUGACAUGGGAACCCCCCAUGGAUUCUGGUGGAUCAAUGAUCACAGGCUAUUGGUUGGAGAAACGAGAAAAAGGCUCAUCUUACUGGGCCCGCGUGAAUAAGACUCUUGUGUCAAAGCGUGGUAUGAAAGGCUGGGAAUUCCAGGUGAACCGCCUUAUUGAGGGAGCUGAAUAUGAAUUCCGUGUGAUGGCAUGCAACGCUGCAGGAGUUGGCCCUCCAAGUGCCGCAUCUGAGUCAGCAUUUGCUGUUGAUCCCCUCACUCCACCAGGUAUGCCAGCUGCUCCUGAAAUUGCAGAUAAAACCAAGCGAAGUGUUACACUUGCAUGGACCCCACCAGCUAAAGAUGGUGGACGACCUAUCAAAGGUUACAUUAUUGAGAUUCAGGAUGAGGGCACAUCUGAUUGGGCAAGGAUCAAUGAUGCAGAGUCCCUGCAUCCUACCACUGAGUUCACAAUCCCCAAUCUUCAGGAGCUGAAGAGAUACAAGUUCAGAAUAAUUGCCGUCAACGAUAUUGGCGAGUCUGAACCUAGUCCCCAAACAACUGAAGUCCUGCUGGAGGAUAUUCAAGUGGAACCAAAGAUCUUCGUAGAUAUUAAUGUUCAUGACCUGCUAAGCAUCCGAGCUGGAUCUCCAAUUAAAAUCCCAGCUACCAUUAGAGGACGUCCUGUACCAAAAGUUACCUGGGAGUUUGAAGGCAAAGCCAAGACAGAAAAGAAGGAUCGCCUUCAUACAUUGCCAGUGGAUUCACAGGUUGAGUCUACAGACACUACUUCAGUCGUCACAAUACCUGUGAGUCUGAGGAGCCAUUCUGGAAGAUACACCAUCACAGCAAAAAAUAAAUCUGGACAAAAAUUGGUCAAUGUCAGAGUCAAUGUGCUUGAUGUUCCUGGACCUCCUAAAGAACUGAGAGUCACAGACAUCACCAGGGCCACAUGCAGACUUAUUUGGAAACUUCCAGAUAAUGAUGGUGGUGAAAGAAUCAAGAGUUACUUCAUUGAAAAGAAGACCGUCACUGGAAAAGCAUGGACCAAGGUCAACCCAGCCUGCGCCAGUCAGGCCUUUGUUGUGCCUGACCUUCUUGAAGGACAGGAUUAUUUGUUCCGUGUUUGUGCUGAGAAUCGUCUUGGUAUGGGACCAUUCACUGAGACUACAGAGCCUAUUAGGGCAAGGGAUCCUAUCUUUCCCCCUGAUCCUCCAAUCAAUGUCAAGGUCAAUCUUGUUACCAAGAACACGGUGACCCUGACAUGGAAGCCUCCAAAGAAUAAUGGUGGUGCGCCAAUAAAACAUUACAUUAUUGAGCGGCUGAGUUGGGACACCAGUGGUCCUGAGAAAGAGACCUGGAAACAGUGCAAUAAGCGAGAUGUGGAAGAAACCACCUUCAUAGUUGAAGAUCUCAAAGAGGGUGGCGAGUAUGAAUUCCGUGUUAAGGCUGUAAAUGAUGCUGGCACAAGCAGACCCUCUGCUACCGCUGGACCUAUUGUUAUCAAAGACCAGACAUGUGCUCCAAUCAUUGAGCUAAAAGAAGCCAUGGAAGGUGCAGAAGGAUCUGAUAUUAGUAUUGUUGCUAAGAUUCAGGGCUGUCCAUUCCCAUCCUUGGUCUGGCAAAAGGCUCCACUAGACAAACCUGAUGACAAGGCAGCUGUUCAUUAUGAUCAGCAUGUUAAUAAGCUCGUCUCUGAUGAUAAAUGCACCUUACUGAUUCAGCAGUCCAAACGAGAUGACAGUGCAGUUUACACAAUCACAGCCACUAACAGCCUGGGCAAAGCCUCCAAAGACAUCAAACUUACUAUCUUAGGACGGCCUGGGCCUCCUGUUGGACCAAUCAAGUUUGAGGAGGUCUUUGCUGAGAGGAUUGGCCUCUCCUGGAAACCACCCACAGAUGAUGGUGGCUCAAAGAUCACAAACUACGUUGUGGAGAAGAGAGAGGACAACCGCAAAACAUGGGUUCAUGUUUCUAGUGAUCCCAAAGAAUGUUUGUACACAGUGCAAAGACUAACAGAGGGUCAUGAAUAUGAAUUCCGCGUGAUGGCUCAAAACAAGUAUGGAGUUGGACCCCCACUCUACAGUGAACCUGAGAAAGCAAGAAACCUCUUCACUGUACCUGGCCAAUGUGACAAGCCAACUGUUACAGAUGUAACACUUGAAUCUAUGACCGUCAACUGGGAAGAGCCAGAAUAUGAUGGUGGAUCACCAGUUACUGGCUAUUGGCUGGAACGCAAGGAAACAACAGCAAAACGCUGGACAAAAGUGAACCGUGACCCAAUCAGAAUCAUGCCGCUAGGUGUCUCCCACAUUGUGACAGGACUUUUGGAAGGAGCUGUUUACCAGUUCCGUGUUAUUGCAAUGAAUGCUGCGGGAUGUGGUCUUCCAAGUGUACCAUCAGAUCCUGUCAUUUCUAGGGAUCCCAUUGCACCCCCAGGACCUCCAACUCCAAAAGUAAUUGACUGCACCAAGUCAACUGUUGAACUUGACUGGAUUCCACCACUGAUUGAUGGUGGAUCUAAGAUAACUGGAUACUUUGUUGAAUUCAAAGAGGAGGGGCAGGAGGAAUGGGAAAAGGCUAAAGAUAAGGAAAUCAGAGGCACCAAGUUUGUUGUUUCUGGACUGAAAGAGCUUGGGCUGUACCGAUUUAGAGUAAGAGCAGUGAAUGCUGCAGGUGUUGGUGAACCUGGUGAAGUGGCAGAAGUAAUCGAAGUGAAGGACAGGACAAUUCCCCCUGAGGUGGAUCUGGACGCAACAGUGAAGGAGAAGAUCGUCGUUCAUGCCGGAGGGGUUAUACGCAUCCUGGCCUAUGUGUCAGGCAAACCUGCCCCUGAGAUCACUUGGAAUCGUGAUGACGGUGAUUUACCAAAGGAAGCUGUUGUUGAGACUACUUCUAUAAGCUCAGCCCUGGUUAUCAAGAGAUGCAGGAGACACCACCAAGGAAUUUACACCCUGACUGCCAAGAAUGAGGGAGGGGAGAGGAAAAAGGCAAUCAUUGUGGAGGUACUAGAUGUCCCAGGCCCUGUAGGUCAGCCAUUCACUGGAGAGAACCUCACCAAUGACUCGUGCAAGUUAACAUGGUACUCACCUGAAGACGAUGGUGGCUCAGCUAUCACUAAUUACAUUAUUGAGAAGAGAGAGUCAGACCGCAGAGGGUGGACUGCAGUUUCAUACACUGUCACCAGACAUAAUGCAGUGGUCCAGGGUCUAAUUGAUGGAAAGGGUUACUUCUUCAGGAUUGCUGCUGAGAAUAUCAUUGGAAUGGGUCCAUUCAUUGAAACAACAUCUGAAAUACUCAUCAAGGAUCCAAUUUCCGUUCCUGAACGUCCUGAGGACCUUGAAGUAACAGCCAUCAACAAAGACUCAAUUAGUGUUGCCUGGAGACCACCAAAGUAUGAUGGUGGCUCUGAAGUGACAGGUUACGUCCUUGAGGCCCGUCUGAUUGGACAUGACCAUUUCACCCGUAUCUCCGAGGACAAGCUGAUGGAUCGUAAAUUCACUUAUGCGGGUCUUAAAGAGGGUGCCACAUAUGAAUUCCGUGUCAGUGCUGUGAAUCAAAUUGGUCAGGGGAAGCCGUCCUUCAGCACCAAACCGAUAACGUGCAAGCAAGAACUUGAACCUCCCACUCUUGAUCUUGACUUCCGUGACAAGCUUUUGGUCCGUGUUGGUGAGACCUGCACUCUCCAGGGUCGUUACUCAGGGAAACCAGAGCCAUCCAUCAAAUGGUUCAAAGAGGAAGAGGAGCUGCAAGCAAAUGAAGAACUUGCACUUACUAAGACAAAGAAAACACUGUGCUUGACUAUAGCCAAGGCUAAACGCGAACACAGUGGAAAAUACACUGUGGUUGUGGAGAACUCCAUAGGCUCACGCAAGGGAAUCUGCACCGUCACUGUUGUCGACCGCCCACAGCCUCCAGAGGGCCCAGUUGUCUUUGAUGAAAUCUUCAGAAAUUAUAUGGUAAUAUCUUGGAAACCUCCACUGGAUGACGGUGGAUGUGCAGUUUCCAACUACAUAAUCGAGAAGAGAGACACAAACAGGGACCUAUGGAUGCCAGUCACAGAGUCUUGCACCAGAACAACGUGCAGAGUUCCAAAACUGAUUGAGGGCAGGGAGUACAUCAUAAGAAUAUGUGCUCAGAACAUUCAUGGCAUUAGUGAUCCACUGCUAUCUGCUGAGACAAAAGCAAAAGAUGUCUUCAAAGUCCCAGAGGCACCUCAACAACCAGUGGUCAAGGAGAUGUACAAAGACACUGCCCUUAUAUCUUGGAACCAGCCUGCUGAUGGUGGAAAGCCAAUUACAAACUAUAUUGUUGAGAAAAGAGAAACCAUGUCAAACAGGUGGACCCGUGCUGGAAAAGAUCGCAUCUUCCCCAACACAGAAUACUGGGUUCCCGACCUUCUUAAGGGAUGUGAAUAUGAAUUCCGUGUCAUGGCAGAAAAUGUGAUUGGUGUUGGUGACCCCAGUCCUCCAUCAAAACCAGUCUUUGCCAAAGAUCCAAUUGUAAAACCAAGCCCCCCAGUGAACCUUGUGGCAAUAGACAAGACAAAGGAGUCUGUCACUUUGUCCUGGCAACCACCACUGGACUGUGGAAGGGGCAAAAUCUUUGGAUAUCUACUUGAAUUCCAGAAAGCUGGAGAUGAGGAAUGGGUUCAAGUUAAUCAGACUCCUGAUUCCUGUCAGGAAACAAAGUUCAAAGUUAUUAAUCUUGAAGAUGGUGCACUUUACAGGUUUAGAGUUAAGGCUGUCAAUGCUGCUGGAGAGUCCGAGCCUGCAUAUGUCCCAGAGCCUGUGAGAGCCCAAGAUAGACUUGAGCCCCCAGAGCUACUCCUGGAUGCUGGUAUGGCUCGUGAAGUUAAAGCUAUGGCAGGAACUCAUAUCAGCCUUAUUGCUGGAAUCAAGGGAAUACCUUUCCCCAAGGUUACAUGGAAGAAAAAUGAUGCAGACGUGCCUCCCAGAGCAGAAAUUGAAGUCACUGGUACAGGAACUAAAUUGGAGAUGCGAUAUUGCACACGUGCUGAUUGUGGGGACUACACACUCACUGUUGAAAAUCCUGCUGGUUCAAAGACAGCUACUUGCACAGUGCUUGUCCUAGAUAAACCUGGACCUGUGCAGCACCUUAGAGUGUCUGACGUUCGAAGUGAUUCAGCCAAUCUUUCCUGGAAAGACCCAGAGGAUAAUGGAGGUGCUCGAAUCACUAACUUUGUGGUGGAAAAGAAAGAUGUUGCUGCAACACAGUGGGUCCCUGUAUGUUCAUCAUCUAAAAAGCGUAGUAUGAUGGCCAAACACCUAAUGGAGGGCACCCAGUACUUGUUCCGCGUUGCUGCUGAGAAUCAGUUUGGCAGAAGUGAAUAUGUUGAAACACCCAAGCCGAUCAAAGCAAUGAAUCCUUUGUUCCCACCUGGUCCACCAAAGGACUUGCAUCAUGUGGAUGUUGACAAAACGGAGGUCUGGUUGCAGUGGAACUGGCCAGAUCGCACAGGGGGAAGUGACAUAACUGGCUUUUUGGUUGAGUAUCAAGAGGAAGGUGAAAGAGACUGGAUAACAUACAAAACAGUCAGCAUUCCUGAGUGUCAUGUAACGGGACUUGAGGAGGGAAAGACUUACAGAUUCCGUGUUAAGUCUGAGAAUGCUAUCGGUCUUAGUCGACCAGACACCACAGUACCAGUCCUUUGUCAGGAGAAACUUGUCCCACCGAUCGUUGAAGUUGAUGUGAAGUUAAUUGAGGGUAUCAUUGUGAAGGCUGGAAGUACAAUCAGAUUGCCUGCAAUCAUGAGAGGCAUCCCAGUUCCUACUGCAAAAUGGGUUCUUGAUGGAACAGAACUGAAAAGUGAAGGCAAUGUCAAAAUUGACACUGACAACUUUUCCACCGUUCUAAGUAUUGCCGACUGCAAAAGGAGUGACACAGGAAUUUAUAUUCUAACUGUGUCAAAUACUGCAGGUAGUAAGACUGUGGCUCUGAACAUUACAGUCCUCGAUGUUCCAGCUGCACCAAUAGGCCCAGUUAAUAUCUUGGAAGUUACCCCAGAUUCAAUGGUGAUCGACUGGCGUCCACCUAAAGAUGAUGGUGGAAGCCCUGUCACAAAUUACAUUGUUGAGAAGAGAGAGUCAAAUAAAGAGACAUGGGGUGGAGUUAGUUCAGGCAGCACUUCCACAAAACUUAAGAUUUCUCGUUUGCAGCCAGGAGUAGAGUAUAUUGUGAGAAUUCGUGCGGAAAAUAAGAUGGGCAUUGGUGCCCCUCUUGAGAGUGCACCAACAGUUGCUAAACAUAUGUUUGAGCCCCCUGCACAUCCUGGAAAACCAACAACAUCCGACAUUGCCGAGGAUGCACUCACUGUCGGAUGGACUAUGCCAUUGUUUGAUGGUGGAAGUCCAAUUACUGGAUACAUUAUAGAGCGUAGACAUAAAGGUGGUAAAUGGAUUCGAGUGAAUAAGACACCUUGCAAGGAACUCAGAUACAGAGUGCUUGGACUUUUUGAGGGAAAUGAUUAUGAGUUCAGGGUUUUUGCUGAAAACACAGCUGGCUUCAGUGGGCCCUCUCCAAUAUCAGACCCUGCUAAACCUUGUCGACCAGUUACAGUUCCUGGACCACCUGUCAAUCCUAAAGUGAAGGACUAUAGCUGUACCUAUGCAGAUUUAGUAUGGAUCAAACCUACAAGAGAUGGUGGUAGCCCUGUCUUAGGAUACAUUAUUGAAUUUCAGAAAUCGGGCAGUACUGAAUGGGAAAGAGUCAAUAAGGAUGAUCUGAUUAAGCAGUGUGCUUACAGAGUAAAGGGUCUGACAGAGGGUACAGAAUAUCGGUUCCGUGUUAGAGCAUCCAAUAUGAUUGGAGAUGGAGAACCAAGAGAAAUCCCAGAAUCAGUUACUGCUCAGGACAUCCUUAUUCCACCAGAGAUUGAAAUGGAUGCCACAUGCCGUGAUCGUGUGACUGUUCGUGUGGGGCAUAACAUCAACAUAAUAGCAUAUGUGAAAGCAAGACCUGAUCCAGAACUUACCUGGACAAAAGGUGACACCGUUUUGGAAAGAGACAAGCGUACCACAAUAAUUACCAAUUUACCUGUCGCUAAUUUGCGCAUCAAGGAAGCAACAAGGGCAGAUCAUGGAAAAUAUGCCCUCAAAGCAGUCAAUGACAGUGGAGAAGCCCAAGCUACAAUCACAGUGAAUGUAUUAGACAGACCUGGACACUGCCAGAAUCUGAGGCUGACAUAUGUUACCAAAUCCUCUUGCAUGGUCUCCUGGGACGCACCUGAAGAUAAUGGAGGCACUGAAAUAACAAACUAUAUUGUUGAGUGCCGUGAACCCAGCAUAAGGACGUGGUCAAUGAUAUCCUCUGAUUGCACAAAUAGAAUGAUCAAAGCAAAACUCAUGGAAAAUCAUGAGUAUUUGUUCCGUGUGUCUGCAGAGAACAAGUGUGGCCCUGGACCAGCAACAGAAACCAAAACACCAAUCCUUGCAAUUGAUCCCCUCCAGAAGCCUGGAGAGCCAGAGAACUUCCAUGUAGCUGAUGUUGGCAAGAAUUAUGUUUUCUUGAGGUGGAGAAGACCAGACUAUGAUGGUGGUAGCCCCAGUAUUGGUUACAUAUUGGAGAGAAAAGCAAAGGAUGCUGAGGAAUGGGAAAGUGUACAUGAGGGAGUACUUAAAGAUACAUUCUUCAUGGUAGAAAAAUGUGUAGAAAACCAUAUUUAUCAGUUUAGAGUUCAAACAACAAGUGAAGGGGGAGAGAGUGACUGGGUGAAGACAAGUGAAAUUCAUGUCAAAGAAGAAAUACAAAAACCAGUCCUUGACCUCAAGUUUACUGGAACUAUUGUGGUUAAAGCUGGUGAAUCAGUCAGAAUGGAAGCUGGGCUCAGAGGCAAGCCACAACCAGAGGUUAAAUGGGUUAAGGACAAAGCUACAGGUGAUAACCCAAGAAUAAGUGUUGAAACUGGAGAAGAUUACUCCAAGUUCCUUCUGACAAAAUCCAAGCGUUCUGAUUCUGGAAAAUAUGUGAUCACAGCCACUAAUACUGCAGGAACAUUUACUGCUUAUGCAAAUGUAAGUGUUUUGGAUAUACCAGGUCCUGUCAGAGAUCUGAAAGUUUCAGGUAUCUCUGUAGACAGAUGCAGAGUUGUAUGGGAUCCACCAGAAGAUGAUGGUGGUUGUGAGGUUCAGAGCUAUAUUCUAGAGAAAUGUGAGACUAGAAGAAUGGUUUGGUCCACUUAUUCUGCCUCUGUGGUUACCAACUACUGUAAUGUAACUCGACUUGUUGAAGGAAAUGAGUACAUAUUUAGAGUUAGAGCAGAAAACAAAAUGGGAACAGGUCCCGCAACAGAGAGCAAGCCCAUUACUGCCAGGACACAGUUUAACAGGCCUGGACCUCCAGACCCACCAGAGGUCACCAAAAUUGGCAAAGAAGAGAUGACUGUUGUAUGGGCCCCUCCUGAGAACGAUGGUGGGAAAUCCAUUACUGGUUACAUCCUAGAGAGAAAGGAAAAAAGAGCCGUCCGAUGGGUCCCGGUAACAAAGAGUGCAAUUUCAGAGAGGCGCAUGAAGGUAACCAAUUUGAUCCCGAACCAUGAAUACCAAUUCCGUGUGAAGGCUGAGAAUGAGGUUGGAUUAGGAGAGCCUAGCAAACCCUCAAGACCCAUUGCUGCUAAAGAUCCAAUUGAGCCCCCUGGUCCCCCUGGCAGUCUAAAAGUGGUUGACAGCACAAAAACAUCAGUUACGCUUGGCUGGGUGAAACCUGUGUAUGAUGGUGGUGCUCCAAUCAUUGGAUAUCUAGUGGAGAUGCGGGAUAAGAUUGAAAAAGAAGGUGAAACUGAGAGGGAUCCAGAGGAAGGCUGGAAAAAAUGCAACACAGCUGGCCAGCUUGUUCUUACAGAAUUCACUAUUAUAAACUUGGAUGAGAAAAAGGAAUAUGAGUUCCGUGUAUCUGCACAAAACCAGGUUGGCAUGGGUCGCCCUGCAAGACUUAAAGAUGCUGUUUCCCCUAAGGAGAUCCAUGAGGCACCUGAAAUUGAUUUGGAUGCAAGCCUGCGGAAAGGACUCUCUGUUAGAGCAGGAUGUCCCAUCAGACUUUUUGCUACAAUCAGAGGAAGACCUGCUCCCAAAGUCACUUGGAAACGAAUGGGAGUUGAUAAUGUUGUAAGGAGGGGCCACGUAGAUCAAGUUGAUACUAUGUCCUUCCUUGUGAUACCAGAGAGCACGCGCGAGGAUUCUGGCAAAUACUCAUUAACACUCUCAAAUGCCACAGGGGAGAAAGCUGUGUUUGUGCGUGUGAGAGUAUUAGAUACUCCUGGACCUGUUGGAGGACUGGAGGCAACUGAUGUCACAAAAACAUCUUGCCAGCUGGCUUGGUCUCCUCCUGAAAAUGAUGGUGGCAGUCCUAUAAUCAAUUAUAUUGUUGAGAAGCGUGAAGUUGACAGGAAGACCUGGGCAAACUGCAUCAAUGAUUUGAAGAAGACAAGCUUCAAAAUCACAAAUCUGACUCCAGGAAUUGAAUACUACUUCAGAGUCAUGGCAGUUAACAAAUAUGGUAUUGGAGUUCCAAAAGAUUCUCCAAAGUCCUACUUGGCCGUUGAUCCAAUGAGUGAGCCUGAUCCUCCUAAAAAGAUGGAUGUUUUGGAGAUAACCAAGAACAGUGCAACUCUUGGAUGGGUGAAACCAUUGAGAGAUGGAGGAGCUAAAAUUAAUGGCUACAUAGUUGAUUACCAAGAGGAUGGUCAACCUGAAGACAAAUGGACACCAUAUUCAGUUGUCAAAGAUUUGAGCAUUGUGGUUGUUGGGUUGAAAGAAAACACAAAGUACAGAUUCAGGGUUGCUGCAAGAAACUCAGUGGGAUGCAGUUUGCCAAGAGAAGCUGAGGGUAUCUUUGAGGUCAAAGAGCAACUGAUGGCACCAAAGAUCAUUAUGCCUGAUGUGGUCACUGCAAAGGCUGGAUCCAAAUUAAAGGUUGAGGCUCUUGUGUCUGGCAAGCCUCCACCUGUAACCAAAUGGAAGAGAGGAAACGAUGACGUGGUGACAUCCGAUCGUCUCUCUGUGCAAAAAACUCAAAACUCUUCUAUAUUAAUGAUCAAGGAUGUCACAAGGAAGGACAGUGGUUAUUACAGUUUGUCUGCUGAGAACAGCAUCUCAAAAGUCAACCAGAUUCUGAGAAUUAUCAUUAUGGACAUCCCUGGUCCACCGGAAGGUCCUCUUGAAAUCCUCGAGGUGGAUACAGAUUCCUGCACACUUGCAUGGAACUCGCCAACUGAGGAUGGUGGAAGCAAUAUUACUAAUUAUGUGGUUGAAAAAUGUGAUGUGACCAGAGGUGAUUGGGUCACCGCUGCAUCUUGUACUAAGACCAGCUGCAGAGUAGGAAAGCUGACACUCGGAAAGGAGUAUGGUUUCCGAGUCCGUGCUGAGAACCGUUUUGGCAUUUCAGAGCCAAUUUACGCUGAAAAGAUCAUUGCCAAACAUCCAUUCGAUGUACCCAGUGAGCCAAGAAACUGUACUGUAAACAAAAUCACUAAGGACUUUGCCUUCCUUUCCUGGGAGAGACCAACAAGUGAUGGUGGUAGUCCCAUCACAGGAUACUGUAUUGAACGCAAAGAGAGAAACAGUCUUCUCUGGGUCAGGGCGAAUGAAACUCUUGUUCGCACAACUGAAUAUACCUGCUCUGGCCUUAUUGAGGGUCUAGAAUACACAUUCAGGGUGUCUGCUACCAAUCGGGCAGGACAAGGAAAGCCAAGCAAACAGACAGAGUUCCUCACAGCAAGGACACCAGUUGAUCCACCAGGAAAACCUGAGGCAAUUGAUGUGACAAGAAAUUCUGUCUCACUUGUUUGGAACCGUCCAAAACACGAUGGAGGUAGCAAGCUCAUUGGAUAUUAUGUUGAAUCUCUGAAGCUUCCUGGAGAUAAAUGGGUACGUUGCAAUUCAAGCAGCCGGGAUGUGCCAAAAGAAGACUACGUUGUUAGUGGACUGGAAGAGGGAGUCCAAUACCAGUUUAGAGUCAUUGCCAAGACAGCUAUCAACAUGAGCUUACCCUCAGAGGUUUCAGACCCCAUUGCAAUUAUUGCAGAAAAUGUUCCACCAAGGGUUGAAAUUGGGCUUGAGAUGAAGAAUAUUAUAGUAGUCAAGGCAGGGGCUAAUGUAUGCCUUGAGGCAGAGGUCUAUGGAAAACCAUUACCAAAGGUUACAUGGAAGAGGGAUGGUGUACCAUUGCAACUUGUUGAAGGAAUGAAGAUGACACAAAAGAGACAUCUGUUCCUCCUGGAACUAUUCUCUGUAACAAGAAAGGAAUCGGGAGAGUACACCAUAGUUGCAGAAAAUCCAAGUGGCACCAAAUCUGGUAACAUUAAGCUGAAAGUUUUAGACAAACCUGGACCUCCAGCAUCGGUGAAAAUCAGCCAUGUCUUUGCAGAUCGUGUUAAACUGAGGUGGGAACCACCCCUUGCAGAUGGUGGUUCUGAAAUCACUAAUUACAUUAUAGAUAAACGUGAGACAAGUAGGGCAAAUUGGGCUCAAGUCACUGCAAACAUAAGUGGUCAGCUAACGGACUGUUCAGUGGAGAAACUGAUUGAGGGCCAUGAGUAUGAGUUCCGUAUCAGUGCUGAAAACAAGUAUGGAGUUGGUGAUCCCAUCGUCACUGAUCCUGUGAUCGCAAAGAAUCCAUUCGAUGUUCCUGGACCAUGCGAACCACCAGUUAUUACAAAUAUUACUAAGGAUCACAUGACUGUAAGCUGGAAGGCUCCUGCUGAUGAUGGAAAGGCCACCAUUCUUGGAUACAUGGUGGAGAAGCGUGAAACACAAGAUCUCAACUGGGCCAAAGUAAACCGUAGGCCAGUCAUUGAUAGAACCAUUAAAGCUGGAGGUCUUACAGAGGGGGCUGAAUAUGAGUUCAGAGUCAUUGCUCUCAAUAAGGCUGGCCUUGGCAAACCAAGUGAUCCUUCUGCUGGUGCAAUGGCUGUUGAUCCAGUCUAUCCUCCUGGACCUCCUGCCUUCCCAAAAGUUGUUGACUCAACACACAGCUCAAUUAGUCUCUCCUGGACAAAGCCUGCUUAUGAUGGUGGCUGUGAAAUUUUGGGCUACCUGGUUGAGUUCAAGAGAGCAGAUGCAGAGGACUGGUUGAAAUGCAAUGUGCCUCAGAAACUCAAAGAGACAAAGUUCAAUGUUACUGGUCUCAUAGAUAAUACAGAGUACGAGUUCCGUGUCACAGCUGUAAACAAGAUUGGAUACAGUGAGCCAAGUGAAGUUCCAGGAAAGCAUCUUGCUGCAGACAUCUUAAUUCCUCCUGAAGCUGAGCUUGAUGCAGAUCUUAGGAAAGCACUGGUAUUGCGUGCUGGUGUCACAAUGAGAAUCUAUGUGCCACUAAGAGGACGGCCUGCUCCUAAGGUGACGUGGACAAAAGUUAAUGCCAACAUAAAAGAGAGGCAAGGUCUCAUGAUCAAGACAAGUGAGUGGGACACUCUAGUAUACUGCGAAGACAUCAACAGAUACGAUGCUGGCAAAUAUGUCUUGACGCUUGAAAACAGCAGUGGAACCAAGUCCUAUACCAUUGUUGUUAAGGUCCUAGAUACUCCUGGACCACCACUCAAUCUCAUUGUGAAGGAGACCUCAAAGGACCAUGUAUCCAUCACAUGGGAUCCUCCACUGAUUGAUGGUGGAAGCCCUGUGAAGAGCUAUGUUGUCGAGAAACGUCUGGCUGAGAGAAAAGCAUGGACCUGUGUUGCAGCAGAGUGCCCCAAAACAUCUUUCAGAAUUCCAAAUUUGGAGGCUGGAAAAGCUUAUUGUUUCAGAGUCUCUGCUGAAAAUAUCUAUGGUAUUGGUGAGGGUUGUGAGACUGCAGGACCUGUCAAAGCCUCAGAGCAACCUGGGCCAGUUAUAGAUUUUAAGCCUGCACUGAUCACCAAGGAUUCAUGUACACUUGGCUGGAAGAAACCAAUCAGUGAUGGUGGAAGUCACAUCGUUGCAUAUGCUCUGGAGAUCAUGGAGGGUGAAGAUAAAUGGAAGCAGCUGAUGAAAUCAAAGUCACUGCAGUACACUGUCAGAGACCUUGAGGAAGGAAAGGAAUACUCUUUCCGCGUGAAAGCUUUUAACGAGGCCUCCGAGGGUCCGCCAUCAGAGCUCACUGUGCUAGCCAAAGAUCAAAUAGUACUUCCUAGUUGUGAUCUCAAAGGCAUACCAGACUCAUGCUACACAGCGAAAGAAGGAAGCACUGUACGCCUCAAUAUCCCCAUUUUCGGCAUACCUUCACCAACAGUCAUAUGGAAAAAGGGUGACAUUACUUUGUCAGAUAGUGGAAGGAUUUGUGUUGAGUCCACAGCCACUAACACAACUCUGCUCAUUCGUGAUUGUCACAGAAACGAUGCUGACAAAUACACCCUCAAUUUGAGAAACAGUGCGGGUACUACAGAUGCGACCAUUGAUGUAAAGGUAGUAGGAAAGCCAGGAAUAUGCGCAGGACCAAUCAAGUUUGAUGAGAUCACAGCAGAUGGAAUAACCCUUGAGUGGGGUCCUCCAAAGGAUGAUGGUGGAUCAGAAAUAUCCAACUACAUUGUGGAAAAGAGGCAUUCCACUGCCAACAAGUGGGUUACUGUUGCUUCAGCUAUUCAGAAGAACGCCAUGCGGGUUACAAGACUCCACGAUGGAACUGAGUACCUCUUCAGAGUUUGUGCAGAAAACAAGUAUGGAGUGGGAGAGUUUCUGAGAUCAGAUCCAGUGGUGGCAAAACACCCAUUCAAUGCCCCAGAAGCACCAGCUCCUCCAGAAGUUUUAAGCAUUCGUCACGAGUCUGCUAUUUUGACAUGGUCUGAUCCAAAGGACACAGGAGGCUCUCCAAUUACUGGAUAUCACGUAGAAUUCAAAGACAGGAACAGUUUGAUGUGGAACAGAGCCAGCAAGACACCUCUGAGAGUAAAGGAGUGCAGGGUGACUGGUUUAAUUGAAGGCCUUGAGUAUGAAUUCAGAGUUAUGGCAAUGAAUGCGGCUGGUCUUGGAAAGCCAAGUAAACCUACAGAAUCUCUUGUUGCACUCGAUCCAAUUGAUCCUCCUGGUAAGCCUGACGUGAUCAGUGUGACAAGAAACAGUGUAACACUCAUCUGGACGGCACCAAAGUAUGAUGGAGGCCACAAAUUAACUGGCUAUAUUGUUGAGAAACUAGAACAUCCAGGAAGGGCUUGGAUGAAAGCAAACCAUGUUAAUAUUCAAACCUGUGCAUACACUGUGACAGACCUGCAAGAGGGCUGCAAGUGUCAGUUCAGAAUAAGAGCAAAGAAUGCUGCUGGUGCUAUAAGUGUGCCCUCAGAGACAACCGACACCCUUAUCUGUAAAGAUGAAUAUGAGCCUCCAACUAUCACAAUUGACCCAGAAAUGAAGGAUGGUGUCACUGUCAGAGCUGGUGAAACAAUUGUAAUAUCUGCUUCAAGUAUCCUUGGAAAACCUCCUCCCACAGCAGUCUGGUCUAAAGGAGGACGAGAAUUUAAAUCAUCAGAUAUUUGUCAAAUAACAAGCACUCCCACCUCUUCAACUUUGUCAAUUAAAUAUGCCAGCAGGAAGAACACUGGAGAGUAUACUAUUACAGCAAGCAAUCCAUUUGGUAUUAAGGAGGAACGUGUGAAAGUUAAGGUUCUGGAUGUCCCUGGUCCACCAGGGCCAAUUACAGCUAGCAGUGUCUCUGCUGAAAAGUGUACAUUGACGUGGUUACCACCAGAGGAAGAUGGCGGCUGUGCUAUCAAAUCAUACACACUGGAAAAAAGAGAAACUAGUCGUCUUCUGUGGACCAAAUUGGCUGAAAAUGUCAUGGACUGCCGAUAUGUUGCCAGCAAGUUAAUAAAGGGCAAUGAAUACAUCUUCCGAGUCUCGGCUGUUAAUCAAUAUGGUACUGGUGAUGCAACGCAGUCUGGUCCAGUGAAAAUGGUGGAUAGUUUUGGACCCCCGGGACCACCAUCAAAACCAGAAAUUGAUAAUGUAAGCGGGACUGCUGUAACUAUUUCUUGGAAGAGACCAGCUGUAGAUGGUGGAAGUGACAUCAGGGGCUACAUUGUUGAAAGAAAAGAGAGAAGAGGUAUGAGAUGGGUCAGAGCUUCAAAGAAGACCAUCUCUGACCUGCGUUACAAGGUAUCAGGGCUGACUGAAGGAGUUGAAUAUGAGUUCCGUGUGACAGCAGAGAACAAAGCUGGCUUUGGAGAGCCCAGUGAGCCAUCAGAUCAUGUGAUGACAAAGGACAUAGCUUAUCCUCCUGGCCCACCAUCCAAUCCCAGAAUUGUUGAUACCACAAAAACAACAGCCACAUUCCAAUGGGGCAGACCUUUCUAUGAUGGCGGCCUAGAUGUAACAGGAUACAUUGUUGAGCAUAAAAAGGAGGGAGAUGAUGACUGGGUUCAAGAUACAAAAACCGCAUUGAGAAUAACAGAGUUUGUUGUCUCAAACCUACAGUCAGGAGGGAAAUAUCAUUUCAGAGUCAGAGCAAUCAAUUCAGAGGGAAUUGGAGAACCAGCUGAGGUUGAGCAGGUAGUUGAACUUGUGGAUCGUGAGGAACUACCAGACUAUGAACUUGAUGCAGAGCUGAGAAGAACGCUUGUUGUAAGGUCAGGCGGUUCUAUACGCAUCUUUGUGCCUAUUAAGGGACGUCCUGUGCCUGAAGUAACAUGGAUGAAAGAGGAUAUCCCUCUGAAAGGUCGGGCACACAUUGAUACUACAGAAUCAUACACUUUAGUGGUUAUCCCUGAGUGCACAAGAUAUGAUGCUGGAAAAUACAUCUUAACGCUAGAAAAUGUUGCUGGCAAGAAAACUGGUUUUGUCAAUGUUCGAGUCAUUGACACUCCAGGUCCUCCAGUUAACCUGAAACCCAGAGAAAUUACUAAAAAUCACAUUACGCUCCAAUGGGAGAUUCCAAUUAUUGAUGGUGGAUCUAAAAUUAUAAAUUACAUUGUAGAGAAGCGAGAGGCCACUCGAAAGGCAUAUUCAACACUUACAACAAACUGUCAGAAGUGUUCCUUCAAAGUUCCAGACCUAGAGGAGGGUUCAGAAUAUUACUUCAGAGUGUUAGCUGAAAAUGAACGAGGCAUAGGGGAGCCGGCAGAGACACCUGAGCCAAUUAGGGCCUCCCAAGCUCCAUCUGCACCAGACAAUCUCGUCAUCACAGAGGUGACAAAAGAUACAGCAACACUUGCAUGGACAAAGCCAAAACAUGAUGGUGGCAGCAGAAUCACUGGCUAUGUACUUGAGGCUCAGAAGAAGGAUUCUGAUGUUUGGGCUCACAUUACAACAAUAAAAGCCCUUGACUAUACAGCAACAGAUCUUUCUGAAAAUGCUGAAUAUGUAUUCAGAAUCUUUGCUGUGAACAGUUCUGGCAGGAGUGAACCUCGUGAGAGCAGACCUGUUGUAAUUAAGGAGCAAACCACAGUACCUGGAUUUGACCUGAGAGGAGUCUAUCAGAAACUGGUGAUUGCCAAAGCAGGCGAUAAUGUCAAAGUUGAGAUCCCAGUUUUGGGUCGUCCAAGACCAUCAGUUGUAUGGAAAAAGGAGGAUCAGGAGCUUAAACAAACACAGAGAAUAAAUGUUGAAAAUACAUCAACCUCUACAAUACUUAACAUCAGUGAAAUCAAACAAAAGGAUGGAGGACAUUAUUCAAUGACAGGAAAAAAUAUACUGGGAACAGUGACAGAGACUAUAACUGUUGAAGUCCAUGAUAUUCCAGGGCCUCCUACUGGGCCAAUAAAGAUUGAUGAAGUGUCUUGUGACUAUGUUCUUUUCUCAUGGGAGGCUCCAGAGAGCGAUGGUGGAGUACCAAUUAACAAUUACAUUGUUGAGAUGCGGGAGACCACAGGAACAUCAUGGGUAGAACUGGCAGCAACAGUGAUCCGUACAACAUUUAAGGCUGCCCGCCUUACCACAGGAAUCGAGUAUCAAUUCCGUGUUAAAGCUCAAAAUAGAUAUGGAGUUGGUCCCUAUUUAACAUCAGAGCCAGUUGUAGCUGCAUAUCCAUUUGAUGUACCAGGGCAACCAGGAACUCCAGAAGUUGUAGCUUUCACAAAGGAUUCUAUGACUAUCAGCUGGAAUGAACCAGCUUCAGACGGCGGUAGCCCAAUUUUGGGAUACCACAUUGAGAGAAAAGAGAAGAACAGCAUCUUGUGGCAGAAAAUCAGCAAAGCCCUCGUGGUUGGAAAUAUUUUCAAGUCAUCUGGCCUGAUGGAUGGAAUUGCAUAUGAGUUCCGUGUUAUUGCUGAAAAUAUGGCUGGUGUUAGUAAAGCAAGCAAGCCAUCUGAGAUGACAUAUGCCCUUGAUCCAGUAGACCCUCCUGGUCAGCCAGUGGCCCUUAAUAUAACCAGACAUGAAGUAACUCUUCAGUGGACAAAGCCAGAAAAUGAUGGUGGCUUCUCAAUAACUGGAUACACUGUGGAAAAGAGACACUUACCCAAUGGUCGCUGGCUCAAAGCUAACUUCAGUAACAUUCUAGAGACAACAUUUACUGUGAGUGGCCUAACAGAGGAUGCGUCAUACGAGUUCCGUGUCUUUGCAAGAAAUUCAGCAGGAGGUGUCAGUAAGCCCUCCAAACCAUCAGAAAUUAUCAUUUGUAGAGAUGACAUUGAAGAACCAAAGAUUGACGUUGAUGCCAGCUUUAGUAAUGUUGUCAUAGUGAAAGCCGGAGAAGUAUUUAGAUUAGAUGCAAAUGUUACUGGUAGACCAAUACCAACCAUGGUAUGGACAAAAGAUGGGAAGGAGCUUGAGGAUACAGCAAAGUUAGAGAUCAAAACAGCAGAUUUCUCAACAAGUUUGAUUAACAAAGACUCUUCACGUAGAGAUGGAGGAGCGUUCACCCUGACUGCAAGCAAUCCUGGAGGCUUUGCCAAGUUUGUCUUUAAUGUUAAGGUUCUUGAUAGACCAGGACCUCCUGAAGGACCAAUUGCUGUUACAGACAUGACAGCAGAAAAAUGUAUUUUGUCCUGGAUGCCACCACUUCAUGAUGGAGGUGCCAAGAUUGAGUACUACAUCAUUCAGAGGCGUGAGACAAGUAGACUUGCUUGGACAAAUGUUGCAACAGAUUUACAGGUCAACCGCUUCAAGGUUACCAAAUUGCUGAAGGGCAAUGAGUAUAUCUUCAGAGUUAUGGCUGUUAAUAAGUAUGGAGUUGGAGAGCCUCUUGAGUCUGAACCUGCAGUUGCCACAAACCCAUAUGUACCAUCUGAUCCUCCACAAACUCCUGAGGUUACAACCAUCACAAAAGACUCAAUGGUGGUCUGCUGGGGUCAUCCUGAGAACAAUGGUGGAAGCCGCAUAUCUAAUUACAUCAUUGAAAGAAGAGAUAAAACUGGUCUGCGUUGGGUCAAGUGCAACAAGAGGACAGUUACAGAUCUGCGCUACAAAGUUUCUGGACUUACAGAAGGACAUGAAUAUGAAUUCAGAAUUAUUGCUGAGAAUGCUGCAGGUUUAAGUGCCCCAAGUCCAUCAAGUCCGUUUUACAAGGCAUGUGACACAAUAUUCCAACCUGGACCACCAGGUAAUCCAAGGGUUUUGGACACAACCAAAUCAUCAAUCACUCUUGCUUGGAACAAACCAGUUUAUGAUGGUGGCUCAGACAUCACAGGAUACAUUGUAGAAACCUGCUUACCCGAGGAGGAUGAAUGGACAAUUGUCAGUCCAAAAGAAGGUCUGACUAGAACGUCAUUUACAAUAACAAACUUGAAAGAAAAUCAAGAGUAUAAAAUCAAUAUUUCUGCACUUAACUGUGAAGGAGUUGGAGAGCCUGCAACUGUCCCUGGAUCACCAAAAGCAGAAGACAGACAACUCCCUCCUGAAAUUGAGCUUGAUUCAGAUCUUCGCAAAGUUGUAAAUAUCAGAGCUUGCAGUACAUUGAGAUUAUUUGUACCUUUUAAAGGAAGACCAGCUCCAGAAGUGAGAUGGUCCAGAGAACAUGGCGAGCCUUUAGAAAAAGCAACUAUUGAGACCACCUCAUCAUACACAUGCCUUGUUGUUGAAAACGUUGACCGCUUUGAUGGUGGAAAGUAUGUGUUGACUGUGGAGAAUAGCUCAGGGAGCAAAUCAGCAUUUGUGAAUGUCCGAGUCCUUGACACUCCAGGAGCACCACAAAACCUCAUUGUCAAGGAUGUAACCAAAGAUUCUGUCUCACUUGUCUGGGAUCCACCCCUCAUUGAUGGAGGUUCCAGGAUUCGACAUUACAUUGUUGAAAAACGUGAAUCAACCAGAAAAGCGUACUCCACAGUAAAUGUAUCCUGCCCCAAAACAAGCUGGAAAAUUGGUGACCUACAAGAAGGAAGUAUGUAUUUCUUCAGAGUUUUAGCUGAAAAUGAAUAUGGAAUAGGCCUACCAGUAGAGACAGUUGAUUCCAUCAAAAUAUCUGAGAAGCCACUUCCACCAGGGAAAGUAACCCUAAAAGAGGUGACAGCCAACAGUGUAACUCUAUCUUGGGAAAAGCCAGACCAUGAUGGAGGAAGCAGGAUCACUGGGUAUAUUGUUGAGAUGCAAGGAAAAGACAGUGAAAAGUGGACCCAGUGCAUGACUGUAAAAGUUACAGAAGCGGUGGUUGCUGGACUGACACAAGGGGAAGAAUAUUCUUUCCGCAUAUCGGCAACUAAUGAAAAAGGAACAAGUGAUCCUCGUCCACUUAGUGUUCCUGUGGUGGCAAAAGACAUUGUUAUUGUUCCAGCAUUUAAAAAUUUAUUCAGUACAUUCAGUGUUUUGGCAGGUGAUGAUCUUAAAAUAGAUAUUCCCUAUGUUGCCCAGCCAAAGGCUAUAGUUUCUUGGCACAAAGAUGGAGUUGCUCUAAAAGAAACAACAAGAGUAAAUGCUGAAGUAACUGAUAGGCAUCUGUAUUUAGUGAUCAAGGAGGCCUCUAGAGAUGAUGUGGGGCAGUAUACUAUCAAACUUACAAAUUCAGCUGGUGAGGCAAAAACAGACAUAAGUGUUGUUGUUCUUGACAAACCGGGUCCUCCUCUUGGCCCAAUAAAAAUCGAUGAAGUCACGGCAGACAGUGUUAUACUGUCAUGGCAACCCCCGGAGUAUGAUGGUGGUUGUGCAAUCAAUAACUAUAUUGUGGAAAAAAGAGAUACAUCCACCACAAACUGGCAGAUUGUGUCUGCCACUGUUGCUAGGACUACAAUUAAAGCAGCAAGAUUGAAGACUGGCUGUGAGUAUCAGUUCAGGAUAGCAGCUGAAAACAGAUAUGGAAAGAGCUCACUUCUUCUGUCUGAGUCAGUCAUUGCUCAGUAUCCAUUCGAAGUUCCAAGCCCACCUGGUACUCCCACUGUACAGGCUGCUACCAAAGAAAGUAUGGUCAUUGUCUGGAACAAGCCCAGCAAUGAUGGUGGAAGCCCAAUCUUAGGUUAUCACAUUGAAAGUAAGGAAAAGAACAGUCUUCUUUGGGUGAAACAAAACAAGACACUUAUUCCAGACACAAGAUUCAAGAUUGGUGGCCUGGAAGAGGGAAUUGAAUAUGAGUUCCGUGUUUAUGCUGAAAAUAUCGUUGGUUUAAGCAAAGCAAGCAAACUAUCAGAAGUCCAAGUUGCAAGAGACCCUUGUGAUCCACCAGGCAAACCUGAGGCAGUGAUUGUCACUAGAAGCUCAGUAACUCUCAGAUGGACAGCACCACAAUUUGACGGUGGUAGCAAAGUUACUGGCUAUAUUGUUGAGAAGAAGGUGCUACCUAGUGGUCGCUGGAUGAAGGCUAGCUUUACAAAUAUACUUGAAACUGAAUUUGUUGUUAGCGGCCUCGUUGAGGAUGAAAUGUAUGAAUUCCGUGUCAUUGCAAGAAAUGCUGCAGGGGUAUUCAGUUCACCAUCUGAGAGCACUGGUUCAAUUACUGCAAAGGAUGAGGUUGACCCACCACGUAUUGAUUUGGAUGCCAAAUACUCUCAAACUAUUGUCGUUAAUGCUGGGGAAACAUUCAGUAUUGAUGCUGAUAUAUUUGGCAAACCAUUACCAUCAGUCCACUGGAUUAAAGCAGGUGAAGAGCUUUCAAAUGCAGCUCGCCUUGAAAUAAAAAAUACAGACUUCACAGCUUCUUUGUGUGUGAAGGACGCUAUUCGUGUGGACAGUGGUCAAUACACUUUACUCCUGAAAAAUGUUGGUGGAGAGAAGUCAGUGAUUGUCAAUGUCAAAGUUUUAGACAGGCCUGGACCACCUGAAGGCCCAAUUUCAAUCUAUGGUGUAACAAGUGAAAAGUGCAGCAUUGCCUGGAAACCACCAUUACAUGAUGGUGGUAGCGAAGUGUCUCAUUAUAUUGUUGAAAGAAGAGAGACAAGCAGAUUAGUUUGGACAGUUGUGGAAUCUAAGGUGCAAACUCUUAAUCUGAAAAUCACAAAACUGCUUUCUGGAAAUGAGUACAUUUUCAGGGUGAUUCCUGUGAACAAGUAUGGCAUUGGUGAGCCUCUGGAAUCUGAGCCAGUAAUUGCAACAAAUCCUUUUGUUCCUCCGGAUGCACCAACUGGUGUUGAAGUAUCCAACAUCACAAAGGAUUCAAUGGUUAUUACUUGGGAAAGACCAACAAAUGAUGGAGGAAAUGCCAUUACAGGAUAUGUCAUUGAAAAACGUGACAAAGAAGGUGUGAGAUGGACACGUUGUAAUAAGCGCAUAGUAAGCGAACUGCGCUUUAGAGUUACUGGCCUUCUUGAAAACCGCAGCUAUGAAUUCCGAGUGUCUGCUGAAAAUGCAGCUGGCGUUGGCAAACCAAGCCCCCCAACUGUAUAUUAUAAGGCAUUGGAUCCAGUCUUUAAACCAGGUCCACCUAACAACCCCAAAGUCAUAGAUAUUUCAAGGUCAUCUGUUGUCCUUCAGUGGGGAAAGCCUAUAUAUGAUGGUGGGUGCGAGAUUCAAGGAUACAUUGUUGAGGCCUGUGAGGGGAUAUCUGAUGAGUGGACUAUGUGCACACCACCCACUGGAAUUACUCAGACAAGAUUUGAAGUUGGAAAACUACUAGAAAAGCAUGAGUACAAAUUCAGAAUUUGUGCCAUAAAUAAGGUUGGCGUUGGAGAAAAUGCUGAUAUCCCUGGAUCAAUCCUCAUUGAGGACAAAAUGGAACCACCUGACAUAGAUCUUGAUGCCGAUUUGAGAAAGAUGAUAAAUGUUAGAGCUGGAGGCUCCCUCAGAUUGUUUGUUCCUAUUAGAGGGCGACCUGUCCCUGAAGUCAAAUGGGGAAAGGCUGAUGGCGAAAUGAACGAAGCAGCUCAAAUUGAUUUUACAAGCAGCUACACUUCACUUGUGAUUGAAAAUGUUGACAGAUUUGAUAGUGGAAAAUAUACUCUGAAUUUGGAAAAUGCUGGAGGUACUAAAUCUGCUUUCAUCAGUGUGAGAGUGCUUGAUACACCGGGUCCACCUGCAAACUUCCAUGUGAAGGAGAUAACUAAGAAUUCAGUUACUCUUACCUGGGAGCCUCCAGUAUUAGAUGGUGGAGCAAAGAUUAAGCAGUAUAUUGUUGAAAAACGAGAAAGCACGAGGAAGGUCUAUUCACCUGUUGCCACCUGCAACAAAAUGUCAUGGAAGAUUGAGCCACUUCAGGAGGGUAGCAACUACUUCUUCAGAGUUCUUGCUGAAAACGAGCAUGGCAUUGGAUUACCUGCAGAGACUCCUGAACCACUGAAGAUUUCAGAGGUGCCACAACCCCCUGGUAAAAUCACAGUUGUGGAUGUUACACGCAAAAGUGUCUCUCUUUCAUGGGAAAAACCAGACCAUGAUGGAGGUAGCAGAAUCUCCCACUAUGAGGUUGAGAUGCAAGCUAAGGACAGUGAGAAAUGGUCUCUAUGCACCCAAGUAAAAACUCUUGAAGCUGUUGUGACAAAUUUAGCCCAAGGAGAAGAAUAUAUGUUCAGAGUCAUUGCUGUUAAUGACAAAGGAAAGAGUGAUCCAAGACUCCUUGGAAAUCCAGUUCAGGCAAAGGAUCUUGUUAUUGAGCCUGCUGUAAGGCCAAAAUUCAGCAAUUACAGUGUACAGGUAGGACAUGACCUUAAAGUGGAAGUACCAAUUGCUGGUCAUCCAAAACCAACCAUAACAUGGACUAAAGAUGGCUCAGCACUGAAACAAACAACAAGAGUGAAUGUGGUUGACACUGCACACCACACAACUCUCACCAUAAAGGAAGCAACAAGAGAUGAUGGUGGAAUGUACAGUAUUGCUGUUUCCAACAAGCUUGGACAAAAGGAAGCUACCAUUGAAAUAGUUACUCUUGAUAAACCAGGUCCACCUACAGGUCCAAUCAGAUUUGAUGAGAUCAGUGCAGAAAGUAUUACAUUGUCCUGGGACCCACCAUCAUAUACUGGAGGAUGCCCAAUCUCCAAUUACAUUGUACAAAAGAGAGACACCACCACAACCAAUUGGGUUGUAGUCUCAGCCACAGUUGCAAGAACAACACUGAAAGUGGCAAAUCUGAAAACAGGUGCUGAAUACCAGUUCAGAAUAUUUUCUGAGAACAGAUAUGGCCAUAGCUAUGCAAUAGAUUCUGAACCUGUUAUUGCUCAGUACCCCUUCAAGGAACCUGGUCCCCCUGGAACUCCAUUUGUGUCCUCAUAUACAAAAGAUUCCAUGGUGGUGGAAUGGCACAAACCAAUUUCAGAUGGUGGCAGUGCUAUUCUCGGUUACCAUCUUGAGAGAAAAGAAAAGAACAGCAUUCUUUGGACAAAGAUAAACAAAACUCUUAUCCAAGACACCAGAUUUAAAACCUCCCCCCUGGAGGAGGGUAUAGAGUAUGAGUUCAGGGUUUCUGCUGAAAAUAUUGUUGGAAUAGGUAAAUACAGUAAACUCUCAGAGGGCUGUGUAGCACGUGACCCAUGUGACCCCCCAGGCACCCCUGUGGCUAUAAUUGUAACCAGGCAUUCAGUAAAACUGAGAUGGACAAAGCCAGAAUAUGAUGGAGGCAGUCUAGUAACUGGUUAUGUUGUGGAAAAACGAGACCUUCCAGAUGGCCGCUGGAUGAAAGCAAGCUUCACCAACGUCAUUGAGACAGAAUUUACAGUCACAGGUCUUACAGAAGACUGUAAGUACGACUUCAGAGUUAUUGCUAAAAAUGCAGCUGGAUCAGUCAGUAAGCCUUCGGAGAGCACUGGCUCAAUCACGGCUAAAGAUGAGGUUGAACCUCCAACCUUUGAAAUUGAUUCACAAUACAGUCAGGUCAUGGUUGUUAAUGCAGGAGAAACAUUCACACUUGAAGCUGCCGUUCAAGGAAAGCCCAUUCCAACAAUGCAGUGGUUCAAGGGUGAUGUGGAAGUUGAGAACUCAGCAAGAGCAGAAAUCAAGAACACUGAUUUCAAAGCAGUGCUUGAUGUGAAAGAUGCAAUUAGAAUUGAUGGAGGUCAGUAUACUUUGAAUCUCACAAAUGUCGCCGGAACCAAAUCUGUGUCCUUUACUGUGAAAGUUCUUGAUAGACCUGGCCCCCCUGAAGGACCUCUGACUGUCGGUGGUGUAACUUCUGAAAAAUGUUCAUUAUCAUGGCUUCCCCCACGACAUGAUGGUGGCAGCAGCAUUUCUCAUUACAUCAUUCAAAAGAGAGAAACAAGUCGUCUUGCAUGGACCGUUGUCUCCAGUGACUGUGGUGCAACUAUGUUUAAAGUUACCAAGCUUCUGAAGGGAAAUGAAUACAUCUUCCGGGUCAUGGCAGUCAAUAAAUUUGGAGUUGGAGAGCCAUUGGAAUCUGCUCCAGUAAUUAUGAGAAAUCCAUUUGUACCCCCAGGACCACCUCAAGAUCUGGAAAUAACAAAUGUUGCAAGGGAUUCUAUGACAGUAUGUUGGAAUCGUCCAAAUACUGAUGGUGGCAGUGAGAUCGGGGGAUAUAUUAUAGAGAAGCGAGACAGAGCUGGAGUCAGAUGGACAAAGUGCAAUAAACGUAGAGUCACAGACCUGCGUUUUAGAGUAGCAGGACUAACAGAGGACCAUGAAUAUGAAUUCAGAGUAUCUGCAGAAAAUGCAGCUGGAGUUGGACAGCCAAGCCCACCGACCAUUUACUACAAAGCUUGUGACCCAACAUUUAAACCUGGUCCUCCAACAAAUGCACACUUGAUUGACACAACCAAGAAUACUGUUUCCAUUGCAUGGAGUAGACCAAUAUAUGAUGGUGGCUUGGAUAUUCAGGGUUAUGUGGUAGAGAUAUGCACAGCUGAUGAGGAGGAAUGGGUAACAUGUACUCCACCCACGGGCUUGACUGAUACCAAAUUUGUCAUUACUAAGCUCACAGAACACCAAGAAUAUAAAGUUCGAGUAUCUGCCCUUAAUAAGCUAGGAGUGGGUGAACCAGUGGAUAUUCCAGGUACAGUAAAACCCAUGGAUAAGAUGGAACCUCCAGAAAUUGAGCUUGACUCCGAGUUAAGGAAAGGAAUAGUGGUGCGUGCUGGAGGAUCAAUGAGAAUACACAUACCUUUCAAGGGACGUCCUGCCCCAGAGAUAAACUGGGCUAAAGAUGAUGGUGACUUAUCAGAAAAAGUUCAGAUUGAGAAAGGUGCGGAUUAUACUGAGCUGUCAAUUGACAUCUGUGACAGGAAUGAUGCUGGAAAAUAUAUUCUAAAUCUAGAAAAUAGCAGUGGCUCCAAGUCAGCCUUUGUCUCUGUUAAAGUUCUGGAUACACCAGGUGCUCCAUUGAACCUUACUGUGAAAGACAUAACAAGAAAUUAUGUCACUCUUGUUUGGGAACCCCCAGUAAUUGAUGGUGGUGCAAAGAUUAAGAAUUAUAUUGUGGACAAGCGUGAAUCAACCAGAAAAGCCUUCUCCAAUGUUACUACCAAGUGCACCAAAACAAGCCUCCGUAUUGGAGAUCUCACUGAAGGUGGUAUUUAUUACUUCAGAGUUAUGGCUGAAAAUGAAUUUGGAGUUGGCUUGCCAGUAGAAACAGAAGAAUCAGUGAAGACAGCAGAUCCUCCACUGUCUGUUGGCAAAGUAACUUUAACUGAUGUGACUAAAACAACUGUCUCUCUCUCAUGGGAAAAACCAGAUCAUGAUGGUGGUAGCAGAAUAUUGGGAUACUACAUUGAGAUGCAGCCCAAAGGAUCAGAAGAAUGGAUUGUUGCAACUGUUGCUAAGGUCUGUGAGGGAACAGUCACAGGUCUAAGCUCUGGUCAGGAAUACCUCUUUAGGGUUUCAGCCUACAAUGAUAAAGGAAGAAGUGAUCCAAGGGCUUUAGCAGCUCCUGUCAUAGUUAAAGAUGUGACUAUGGCGCCAAGCCUAAAAAUUGCUUUCAAUACUUUCAGUGUCCAAGCUGGUGAAGAUCUCAAAAUUGAAAUACCAGUAAAAGGGCGUCCAACAGCAAAAAUUACCUGGACUAAAGAUGGGCAUGCAAUUAAAGAGACAACCAGAUUAAAUGUUUCAAGCACAGCAACAUCAACAGUACUUCGACUCAAAGAUGCCAAUAGAGAGGAUGCUGGAAAGUAUACAGUCACAGCUGCAAAUAGUGUUGGCACAGUCACAGAGGAAAUUGGCAUAAUUAUUCUUGAUAAGCCUGGCCCCCCAGUUGGACCAGUAAAAAUUGAGGAAGUAAGUGCCAACUUUGUCACCAUCUCCUGGGAGCCACCCUUGUACACAGGUGGUUGUCAAAUAAAUAAUUAUAUUGUUGAAAAACGUGAUACUACUACAACAACAUGGCAGAUUGUGUCAGCAACCAUUGCACGUACUACUAUAAAAAUCACUAAACUAAAGACAGGUUCAGAAUACCAGUUCAGAGUCUCUGCAGAAAACAGAUAUGGAAAGAGUUCAGCUUUGGAUUCAUCACCUGUUGUUGUUCAGUACCCUUUCAAUGAACCUGGGGCACCUGGCACACCUUUUGUGUCAUCAGUGACAAAAGAUUACAUGGUGAUUGAAUGGAAACCACCUACCAAUAAUGGAGGUAGCCCUGUUGUUGGCUACCAUCUAGAACGCAAAGAGAAGAACAGCCUACUUUGGACCAAAUUAAACAAGCUUCUCAUUGCUGAUACUCGAUUUAAAACAAACAAUCUUGAGGAAGGCAUUGAGUAUGAAUACAGAGUUUAUGCAGAAAAUAUUGUAGGAAUGAGUCCACCGAGCAAAGUGUCUGAGUGUUGUGUUGCACGGGACCCAUGUGAUCCACCAGGUACUCCUGAAGCUAUUGUUAUUACAAGGAACCAUGUGACACUCCAGUGGACAAAGCCACAAUAUGAUGGUGGCAGUGCAAUCACAGGAUACAUUGUCGAGCGGAAAAAGCUGCCCGAAGGUCGCUGGAUGAAGGCCAGUUUCACCAAUAUAAUCGAGACCCAGUUUACAAUUACAGGCUUAACAGAAGAUGAAAGAUAUGAAUUUAGGGUGAUUGCAAGAAAUGCAGCUGGUAUUUUCAGUGAGCCCUCUGAAAGCACUGGACCAAUUACUGCAAAAGAUGAAAUUGAAGCACCAACUGUCUCAAUGGAUUCAAAGUUCAAAGAUGUCACUGUUGUACACGCUGGUGAAACCUUUACCAUUGAUGCUGACUAUGCUGGCAAACCACUUCCUGAUAUAAUGUGGCUUAAAGAUGGAAAAGAAAUUGAUAAAACUACACCAAGAAUGGAGAUCAAAACCACUCUCCAGCGUACUGUUCUCACUGUUAGAGAUUGCAUUAGAGUUGAUGGUGGACAUUUUGCCCUAAGUCUAAGCAAUGUAGGUGGAACCAAGACUGUACCAGUUGUUGUUAAAGUGCUGGAUCGGCCUGGUCCACCUGACGGCCCUCUGAAAGUAACAGGUGUUACUGCAGAGAAAUGCUAUUUGCACUGGAGUCAUCCUUCACAUGAUGGCGGGGCUAGUAUUUCCCACUAUAUCAUUGAAAAGAGGGAAACCAGCAGGCUAUCUUGGACUGUUGUUGAGCCCAAAAUCCAAGCUGUCAGUUACAAGGUGACCAAACUUUUACCAGGAAAUGAAUAUAUCUUCAGAAUCAUGGCAGUCAACAAGUAUGGCAUUGGCGAACCUCUUGAAUCAGAACCAGUUAUUGCUCGCAACCCAUUCAGGACACCAGGUCCUCCUUCAACACCUGAAGCUAGUGCUAUCACCAGAGACUCUAUGGUACUCACCUGGGAGCGGCCAGAGGACAAUGGUGGAGCGGAAAUUGAUGGGUAUGUCCUUGAGAAACGUGAUAAAGAAGGUGUAAGAUGGACAAAAUGCAACAGGAAAAGACUGAAUGAUUUACGAUUCAGAGCCACUGGAUUAACAGAGGGACACUCUUAUGAGUUCAGAGUAGCUGCUGAGAAUGCUGCUGGAGUGGGAACACCAAGUGAACCAUCUGAGUAUUACAAAGCCUGUGAUGCAACCUAUCCACCUGGUCCACCAAACAAUCCCAAAGUAACAGAUCAUUCAAGCACUACUGUGUCCCUUGCAUGGAGUAGACCAAUUUAUGAUGGUGGUGCACCCAUCUCUGGAUAUGUUGUUGAAAUGAAGGAAGCAAGCGAUCAUGAAUGGACAGUCUGCACACCAUCCACUGGUGUACAAACAACACAUUUCACUGUGAAAAAACUAAAGGAAAAUGCUGAGUACAACUUCCGCAUAUAUGCCAUUAAUAUUGAGGGUGCUGGAGAGCAUAUUGAUUUGCCAGGCUCAGUUAUUGCUGCAGAAAAACUGGAGCCUCCUGAGGUAGAACUUGAUGCUGAUCUCAGAAAGGUUGUCUCUGUCCGUGCAAGUGCAACAUUACGCUUGUUUGUUACUAUCAGAGGAAGACCAGAGCCUGAGGUUAAGUGGACAAAAGCAGAUGGUCCCCUAACAGAGCGUGCUCAAAUUGAAGUGACAAGCUCAUACACUAUGCUUGUUAUUGACAAUGUUGACAGAUUCGAUACUGGAAAGUAUGUUCUGACUCUUGAAAAUAACAGUGGGACUAAAUCAGCCUUUGUUAAUGUCAGAGUAUUGGAUUCUCCAAGUGCACCAGUUAAUUUUGAGGUCAAAGAUGUCAAGAGAGAUUCAGUUCAGCUGUCUUGGGAGCCCCCUCUUAUUGAUGGUGGAGCCAAGGUAACACAUUACAUUGUGGAGAAACGUGAAUCUACAAGGAUGGCAUUUACAACUGUGACACACAACUGUGUCAGAAAUUCAUUCAAGAUUGAUGAUCUUAAAGAGGGAGGUAUUUACCACUUCCGUGUACUGGCUGUAAAUGAACUUGGUGUUGGGUUGCCAGCAGAAACUACUGAGCCUAUCAAAGUAUCUCAAGCUCCUUUACCACCUGGUAAAAUUACAUUAGUUGAUGUAACUCGCCACAGUGUAACUCUCUCCUGGGAAAAACCUGAUCAUGAUGGCGGCAGCAAAAUCACAGGAUACACAGUGGAGAUGCAACCCAAAGGAUCUGACAAAUGGACUGUGUGUGCCACUGUAAAAGCACUAGAAACCACAAUUGAAGGACUCACUGCAGGAGAGGAGUACUCCUUCAGAAUUAUUGCUGUCAAUGACAAAGGAAGCAGUGAUCCUAAACCACUUGCAACACCUGUUGUUGCAAAGGACAUUACCAAUGAACCAGUAAUAAAUUUGAUAUUCAACACUUAUAGUGUUAAGGCUGGAGACGAUCUCAAAAUUGACGUUCCAUUUAGGGGCAGACCUCAACCAGAGGUCUCAUGGAAAAAGGAUGGACACACUCUGAAGCAAACAACCAGAGUAAAUGUUGUAUCAUCUAAAACAUCAUCCAAAAUCGUUAUUAAAGAUGCAACACGAGAUGAUACUGGAAAAUAUGAAAUCACCUUGACUAAUACAGUUGGCACCAAAUCAGCUGAAAUUUCUGUUAUUGUUCUGGAUAAACCAGGUCCACCAAGUGCCAUCAGAGUAGAUGAAGUGAGUGCUGACAACAUAUCAUUAUCAUGGGACCCCCCAGUUUAUGAUGGUGGCUGUCAAAUCAACAACUACAUCGUAGAGAAGAGAGAUACAACUACAACUACAUGGCAAAUUGUUUCAGCCACAGUUGCAAGGACUUCAAUCAAAAUAUCCCGUUUGAAUCAAGGAACUGAAUAUCAGUUCAGAAUUGCAGCUGAAAAUCGCUAUGGCAAGAGUCAUGCUGUGGACUCUGCUCCAGUAGUUGCUCAAUAUCCUUUCUCACCCCCAGGUCCGCCAACCAAUCUCCAUGUCAGUCAUGCCACUAAAUCAAGUAUGUUGGUUGAAUGGAAUAGACCAGCUAGUGAUGGUGGCAGCGCAAUUAUUGGGUACCACCUGGAGUGCAAAGAUCAGAGUAGCAUUCUUUGGACAAAAUUAAGCAGAGGUCUCAUUCCUGAGACACAAUUCAAAGUAACUGGCAUUGAAGAAGGUUUGUCCUACCAAUACAGAGUUUAUGCAGAAAACAUAGCUGGCAUUGGACCCUGUACAAAACCCUCAGAAGCCGUAGCAGCAAGAGAUCCAUGUGAUCCUCCUGGUCAACCAACAGUUACAAAUAUCACAAGAACAUCUGUUUCUCUCUCUUGGACUAAACCUGAGUAUGAUGGUGGAGCCAUGGUUACUGGUUACAUUGUUGAGCGCAAGGAACUUCCAGGUGGUCGUUGGCUGAAAUGUAAUUUUACCAAUCUGCAAGAAACAUACUUUGAUAUUACAGGCUUAACAGAGGAUCUGAGUUAUGACUUCCAUGUCAUUGCCAAGAAUGCAGCUGGAUUAUUCAGUGAACCAUCACAGGGAACAGGACCUGUCACAGUGAAGGAUGAUGUUGAUCCACCACGAAUUACCAUUGAGGACAAACUGAGACAACUAGUUGUGGUGAAAGCCGGAGAAGAACUGAGGAUUGAUGCUGAGAUAUCCGGACGGCCAAUCCCGGUAAUUUCUUGGGCAAAGGACGGAAAAGAGAUUGAUGCUAAAGCCAGAGUUGAGAUUUCUUCAACGCUCACCACAACAACAUUAAUUGUGCGGGACAGCAUUAGAAAAGACUCCGGACAAUAUGUUUUGACCUUACAAAAUGUUGCUGGAACUAGAUCAUUGGCAGUAAAUUGUAAGGUUCUUGACCGCCCCGGACCAUCAGCAGGACCUUUGGAGGUAACUGGCUUGACAGCAGAAAAAUGUACGCUAAACUGGGGCCCGCCUCAGGAAAAUGGUGGUGCAGAAAUUCAGCACUACAUUGUGGAAAAACGUGAAACAAGCCGUCUGGCCUGGACCCUGGUUCAUGCAGACAUGAAAGCUACAACAUGCAAAGUCACCAAACUACUUAAAGGCAAUGAGUAUAUAUUUAGAGUUCGAGGGGUUAAUAAAUAUGGAGUAGGUGAAGCUUUAGAAAGUGACCCCAUUAAGGCUGCAGAUCCAUUCACAGUCCCAGCUGCACCAACAAAUGUUGAAGUUACCAGUGUGACCAGUGAAGCGAUGACAAUUUGCUGGGAAAGACCUGUCUCUGAUGGCGGCAGCAGUAUUAGUAGUUAUGUGAUAGAGAGGCGUGAAAAGUCUGGUCUUCGUUGGGUUCGUGUCAACAAAAAACCUGUGUAUGACUUGAGAGUUAAAGCAUCCAAUCUUCGUGAGGGAUGUGAAUAUGAGUACCGUGUCUAUGCAGAGAAUGCAGCUGGCUUGAGUGCCCCAAGUGUACCUUGCCCAUUAACAAAAGCAGAGGACCCCUUGUUCCUGCCAUCACCACCGGCUAAACCAAAGGUUAUUGAUUCAACUAAGAGCUCAAUAACAAUUUCCUGGAACAAGCCAUUGUUUGAUGGUGGUUCUCCAGUUACAGGAUAUUCUGUUGAAUACAAGAAGACAAAUGAUGAUGAAUGGAUUGUUGGUGUUCAAAACACCAAAAACACAGAAUUCACAGUAGUGGGGCUAACAUCAGGUGCAGAGUAUGUGUUGGCUGUCAGGUCUAUUAAUAAAAUUGGACCAAGUGACCUAAGCCCUCCUACUGAUCCACAAAUAGCAAAAGAGAGAGAAGAGGAGCCAGUUUUCCUUAUCAGCAAUGAAAUGCGCAAGACACUGACUGUCAAAGAUGGAAGUUCAUUUACCUUAAGAGUACCAUUUAAAGGCAAACCUGUGCCUAAUGUAAUGUGGAACAAAGCAGACGUUGAUCUUAGAGUAAGAGCAGCUAUUGAUACUUCUGAUACUUGCACAUCUAUUACUGUUGAACAAGCUACAAGAAAUGACUCAGGAAAAUACACUGUGACUCUGCAAAAUGUUGCUGGGAAAUCCACUUUGACACUGAAUGUGAAGGUGCUCGAUUCUCCUGGCCCACCAGCUCAUAUUGAAGUGAAAGAUGUUACAAAGAACUCUGCCACAGUUACAUGGGACACUCCAGAAAAUGAGGGUGGUGCUCCUGUUAAGAACUACCUUGUUGAUCUUCGUGAAGCUAGUAAAAAGGGAUGGACCAGAAUCACAGACAGCUGCCACCGCUUGACUUACAAAGUCACUGACCUUCAGGAGGGAGGUGUUUAUUACUUUAGAGUCACAGGUGAAAAUGAGUAUGGCAUUGGAGUGCCACUGGAAACUAAAGAAGGAACAAAGAUCACAGAAAAACCAAGUCCACCACCAAAGCUAGGAGUCACUGAUGUCACAAAAGACAGCGUCUCCCUUGCAUGGAGUAAACCAGAGCAUGAUGGAGGCAGCAGAAUCACCAGUUACCAUAUAGAUGCCCUUGAAAAGGGACAGCAGAAGUGGAUCAAGUGUGGUGUUAGCAAAACCACACACUUUGUUGUGUACGGCCUUAGGGAGAAUGCUGAAUACUUCUUCAGAGUUCGUGCUGAAAACCAUGCUGGACUGAGCGACCCUAAGGAUAUGGUAUUGCCUGUGCUUGUGAAAGACCAGCUAGAGUCACCUGAGAUAAACAUGAAGAACUUCCCUCACAAUACGGUCUAUGUCAGAGCUGGUUCAAAUCUUAAAGCUGAGAUUCCCCUUACUGGGAAGCCACUUCCAAAAGUAUCUCUUUCAAAGGAUGAUCAUGCUUUGAAGUCAACAAUGAGAUUCAACUCUGAAGUAACUCCAGACUGUCUCAUAAUUACUCUACGGGAAAGCGUUGCUCAGGAUGCUGGCAGAUAUGACAUCACUGCCUCCAACUCAAGUGGAACCACAAAAUCCUUCAUAAAUAUUGUUGUUCUGGAUAGACCGGGUCCUCCAGUUGGUCCAGUUGAAUUGAGUGAUGUCACAGAGGACAGUGUGAGUCUGAAGUGGCUUCCACCAUCUUAUGAUGGAGGAAGUCCAAUUACAAAUUACAUUGUUCUCAAACGUGAAACAACCACUGCAAACUGGGUUGAAGUUUCAUCUGCAGUUGCUAGAUGCACAAUUAAGAUCAUGAAGCUGAACACUGGCAUUGAGUAUCAGUUCAGAAUAAAAGCAGAAAAUCGUUAUGGCAUUAGUGACCACAUUGAUUCACCAGCUGUCCACGUGAGCCUGCCAUACACACUCCCUGAAGCACCUUCAACACCAUGGGUGUCAGCUGUUACAAGAGAGAGUAUCACUGUCAAUUGGAAGGAACCAGCAUCUGAUGGAGGAAGUCAUGUCUUUGGGUAUCACCUCCAGAUGAAAGACAAAAACAGCAUACUUUGGCAGAAAGUUAACAAAACAGUCAUCCGUGCCACCCAUUUCAAGGUUACAAACAUUAAUCCAGGCUUGAUCUAUGAGUUCAAAGUGGCAGCUGAAAACGCAGCUGGUGUCGGUGCUGUUAGCAAGAUCUCAGAUGCUGUACUGGCAAUUGAUGCCUGUGAACCUCCAACCAAUCUACGGAUCACAGAUAUCACAAAGAAUUCAAUAAGCCUUUCUUGGGAAAAGCCAUCUUAUGAUGGUGGAAGCAAAGUCACCGGAUACUUAAUAGAGAAAAGAGAUGGUCCAAAGGGCAGAUGGUCAAAAGCAAACUUAACAAAUGUAGCUGACACAAAAUUCACUGUCUCAGGCUUGACUCAGGAUGAGUCUUAUGAAUUCAGAGUCAUGGCAAAGAAUGCAGUUGGUUCCAUCAGCAACCCAUCAGUCACUGCAGGCCCAGCUACAUGUGUGGACACGUUUGGUGCCCCUGAGAUUGAACUGCCACAAGAGUACAUGGAGCUUGUGAAAUAUAAGGCAGGAGCAACAGUACAACUAAAAGUUGGAAUUAUUGCUAAGCCUCAGCCAACGAUUGAAUGGUACAAAGACGGAAAAGAGGUGGAGCCUGGCCCUCAGGUCUCCAUAACAAACACUUUUGAUUCUUCAUGCAUUUCUAUUAGGGAAGCAACUCGUUUGAACACUGGAACAUAUGAACUCAAAAUCAAGAAUUCUCUGGGCUCAGCAUACGCUUCCAUCAGGGUACUAGUUCAAGAUAAACCUGGACCCCCUGCUGGAGAGAUUCAGUUCAAGAAAAUCACUGCAGACAGUAUAACAAUUAUGUGGGAUCCUCCAGCUGAUGAGGGUGGAGCGAUGGUUACCCAUUACAUUGUUGAAAAGCGCGAGACCAGCAGAAUUAUGUGGUCCAUUGUAUCUGAGAAACUAGAGGAUUGUAUUGUCUCAGUCCAGAGACUUAUCAAAGGCAAUGAGUACAUUUUCCGCGUACGUGGUGUGAACAAAUACGGCAUUGGAGAUCCUCUGGAAUCUGAGCCAGUCAUUGCACAAAAUUCAUUCGUUCCUCCUAGUCAGCCCUCUAAACCUCAGGUCACCAUGAUUACCAAAUCAACCAUGACUGUGAUUUGGGAAAGACCUGGACUUGAUGGUGGAAGUGACAUUGAUGGCUAUUACCUGGAAAAACGAGAAAAGAAGAGCCUUCAGUGGUUCAAAGUUAUCAAAGACCCAAUUCGUGAUACCAGACAGAAAGUCAGCAACCUUACAGAGGGAAAUGAAUAUCAGUACCGUGUGUGUGCAAUCAAUAAAGCUGGUGCAGGACCAUAUUCUGAUGUGUCUAACCUCUACAGAGCAUAUGAUCCCAUUGACCCACCAAGUGAGCCAACCAAGCUUAAAGUUGUUGACUCAACCAAGACAUCCAUUACACUAGGAUGGGUCAAGCCUGUCUAUGAUGGUGGUAGUGAAAUCACUAGCUACAUUGUGGAGCAAAUGAUUUCUGAAGAAAGGGAAUGGGUUGUGAUAAGCUCUAAGGAUGAAGUGAGAACCACAGAAUAUGUUGUAUCUCACUUAAAACCUGGAGUAUACUACUUUUUCAGAGUCUCUGCUGUCAACUGUGUUGGAGCUGGACGACCAAUUGAGAUGGUUCAGCCAGUUCAAGCAAAGGAUAUUCUUGAGGAAGCUGAUGUUGAUCUAGAUAUUUCUAUGACAACUCAGUAUACAGCAAAGGCUGGAAGGGAUGUGGAAAUCAUGAUUCCACUCAAAGGCAGACCUGCGCCAAAUGUCACCUGGAGAAAGGGAGACAGGAACAUUGGUGGUGAUGCAAAGUAUACCAUCAGAAACACUGAAUAUUCAACCACGCUUAUCAUCCCAAAGGUCACACGUGAUGAUUCUGGCAAAUAUCUACUUGAGAUUGAAAAUGGAGUUGGGGAGCCCAAAACAAUAACUGUGUCAGUGAAAGUGUUAGACACUCCCUCAGCUUGUCAGAAGCUUAUGGUUAAAAAUGUUACCCGAGGCAAACUUACUUUGAGCUGGGAGCCUCCUCAAAUUGAUGGUGGAUCUCCUAUCACCAAUUACAUUGUUGAACAGAAAGAUGCAAAAAUGAAAGCAUACUCCAUUGUGACAACAGAGUGUUCCAACACAUCAUAUAAAAUUGAAGGUCUGUCUGAGGAUAUAGCCUACCUCUUCCGUGUUUCAGCCGAAAAUGAAAAUGGAACUGGUGAUACCUGUGAGACUACAGAGCCUGUAAAAGCUACUGAAACUCCUGGCCCUGUAAAAAAUCUUGUAAUGCUGGAUUCAACGAAAACAUCUGUAACUCUGUCAUGGACAAAGCCUGAUCAUGAUGGAGGCAGCCAUAUUUCUGAGUACAUUAUUGAGAAGAAAACAAGGGAUGAACAGACUUGGAGCAUAGGUGGUACUUGCAGACGUUGCAAGUAUGAAGUUACAAACCUGAAGGAACACUCUGUGAUGGACUUCAGAGUGUUUGCAAAGAAUGAGAAGGGUCGUAGUGACUUCUCACAAAUCGGUCCCAUAACUGUGAAGGACUUCCUUAUUCCACCAGAAGCCAACCUUAUAGAUUAUCCUAGUGGUGAACUAAGUGUUCGCAUUGGACAAAAUAUUAACAUUGAAUUACCAUUCAGGGGAAAACCAAAACCAACUAUUCAGUGGAUGAAAGAUGAUGUGCCUUUGAAGGAAAGUGAGAAGAUUCGCUUUAGGCACACAGAAAACAAAGCAACUUUGAUUGUAAGAAAUGCAAGAAAGGAAAAUGCAGGCAAAUAUACUCUGGUCCUUGACAACAAGCUUGUGAAAAAUUUCUUUGACAUCAAAGUAAUUACUCUUGGGCCUCCAUCUGCACCUGUCGGUCCCAUUCGAUUUGAUGAAAUAAAAGCUCAGAGCAUCAUUAUAUCAUGGAAUGAGCCUGAAGAAGAUGGUGGAGGAGAAAUUACCUGUUAUAGUGUGGAAAAACGAGAGACAUCACAUGCAGCUUGGAAAAUGGUUUGCUCAAGUGUGGUUAGGACAACUUUCAAGAUUCCUAACUUGGUCAAGGGUACAGAGUACCAAUUUAGAGUGCGUGCAGAGAACAAAUAUGGAGUUAGUGAGCCUCUAACUUCACAAGAUGUCAUUGCCCAGCACCAGUACUUACCGCCAGGUCCACCAGGGAAACCUGUGGUGUACAAUGUUACAAGUGAUGGAAUGACAGUGCAAUGGGAUGCACCCAGUUUUGAUGGUGGAUCCCCCAUUACUGGGUACCAUAUUGAGAAGAAAGACAGAAACAGUCUGCUGUGGACCAAAGUAAAUUCUUCUGUCAUCUCUGGAAGAGAGUACAGAGUCAUUGGUCUCAUUGAAGGGCUGGAAUAUUCAUUUAGAGUUUAUGCACAGAACAAUGCUGGAAUGAGUCCUGUCAGCGAACAGAGCAAGCACAAACUUGCAAUCUCCCCAGUUGAUCCUCCUGGCACUCCUAAUUGUAUUGAUGUUACAAGAGACACUGUGACACUCCAGUGGGAUCCACCUAAACGUGACGGUGGUAGUAAAAUUGUGGCAUACAGUGUGGAAAGGCGCCAAGGAAGAGCACGUUGGCUGAGAUGUAAUUUCAUCGACAUCAGUGAAUGUCAGUUCACAGUGACAGGACUUUCAGCUGGUGAUCGCUUUGAAUUCAGAGUAAUUGCCAGAAAUGCCGUUGGAACAGUUAGUCCACCAUCCCAGUCAUCUGGGUACAUCAUGACUAGGGAUGAAAGUGUCAUUCCUGAGAUUGUGUUCAGUGCUGAGAAAAGUCUCACCAUCAAGGCAGGGGAGAACAUUAAAUUGCACUGCAGCAUCAGUGGACGACCUUUGCCUCAAGUCACAUGGUAUAAGGAUGGAAAGGAAGUUGACAAAAUGUUGGUUGACAUCACAACUGCUAUUGGGUCAAGCACCCUCUUCAUCAGAGAUGCAGAUCGUAAUGACCGUGGAGUCUACACUGUGGAAGCUAAGAACAGCUCAGGCACAGCGAAGGAGGAUGUUCUUGUCAGAGUACAAGAUACUCCUGGACCACCUGAGGGCCCACUGCGUUUCACAAAUAUAUCAGCUGAGAAAGCUACUCUUUGGUGGAGCCCACCAGAAAAUGAUGGCUGUGCAGCUAUCACUCAUUAUGUAAUAGAGAAGCGAGAGACAUCCAGAAUUUCCUGGGCACUGGUUACAUCAAAGUGUGAAGCCUGCUCAUUCAAUGCCACCAAGCUGAUCAAGGGCAAUGAGUACCAGUUCCGUGUGUCUGCUGUCAAUAAGUUUGGUGUUGGCAAACCUUUGGAAUCUGAUCCAAUAAUUGCACAAAUGCAGUACACUGUUCCUGAUGCUCCUGGAACUCCUGAUUGUACUCAUGUGACAGGAAACAGCAUAACACUGUGCUGGACAAGACCAAGAUUUGAUGGUGGAAAUGAAAUCAAGCACUAUAUACUUGAAAGAAGAGAGAAGAAGAGCUUGCGAUGGGUGAAGGUAUCUUCAAAGAGGCCAAUUACUGAGCUUAGACACAGAGUAACAAACUUAACUGAAGGAAAUGAGUAUGAAUUCCGUGUAAUGGCUGAAAAUGGUGCUGGAAUAGGACCACCAAGCAGCACAUCAAGACUUUUCAAGUGCCGUGAGCCAACAAGCCCACCUAGUGCUCCAACUGUGGUCAAAGUCAUAGACUCCACAAAGACAUCCAUCACAUUAGAAUGGACAAAACCUGUUUUUGAUGGUGGCAUGGAAAUUAUUGGUUACAUUAUUGAAAUGUGCAAGGCAAGUCUUCAAGAGUGGCACAGAGUCAACAACCAAACUUGCAUUCACACCACGUACACAACAACUGAUUUAGAGCCUGGUGAAGAGUACAAGUUCCGUGUCUGUGCAGUCAAUGCAGCUGGAAAAGGGGAAACCUCUGAGAUUCCCAAUGCAGUGCAAACAGUUGACAGACUCACAUCUCCAGAAAUUGAUAUUGACGCAAACUUCAAACAAACACACAUUGUGAAGAAUGGUGGAACUGUCUGUCUUCACAUAAACUUCCGUGGAAAACCUGCCCCUCUUGCUACCUGGACAAAGGCAGAUGGAGAACUAGGUGUGAUGGUGGAUAUUAAUACCACUGAGACAUAUAGUACAUUGACAAUAGAGAAUUGCACCAGAUACGAUGCAGGCAAAUAUACACUGUCUCUUGAAAAUAACAGUGGUCACAAAUCUAUCACUUUAACGGUGAAAGUGUUAGAUACACCAGGACCACCUGGACCUAUCACCUUUAAGGAUGUGACAAGAGGAGCCUUGACACUCAUGUGGGAUGCCCCAGCCAAUGAUGGUGGUGCCCGUGUUCAACAUUACAUUAUUGAGAAGCGUGAGGCUAGUCGGCUGAGUUGGCAAGAGGUCCAUGAAAAGUGCUCUCGUCAGAUUCUCAGGGUGACCAACCUUGCAAUAGGUGUGGCUUACUUCUUCAGAGUCAUUGCUGAAAAUCAAUAUGGUAAGGGUGAGCCUUACGAGAUGUCAGAGCCUAUCAUUGCCACAGAAGAGCCUGCUCCUCCAAAGAGGCUGGAUGUCAUUGAUACAUCAUCUUCAACGGCUACCUUAGCUUGGAUGAAACCUGAACAUGAUGGUGGAAGUCGUAUUACUGGAUACAUCGUUGAAACAAGGGCAAAAGGUUCCGAUCGCUGGGUGUUUGGUGGUCAAACCAAAUCUUUGAAAAUGGUGAUUGAAGGCUUAGUGGAGAACACAGAAUAUGAAUUCCGUGUUAAGGCUCAAAACGAUGCUGGUAUCAGUUACCCAAGAGAUGCCCUUUCCCCUGUCAUUAUUAAAGAGCCUCGUAUUGAGCCAACAGCGGAUCUUAGUGGCAUAACCAACCAGCUCAUUACCUGCAAGACUGGCAACUCCUUCUCCAUUGAUAUUCCAAUCAGUGGAAGACCAGCCCCCAAAGUAACUUGGAAGCUUGAGGAGAUGAAACUUAAAGAAACUGACAGAGUCAUUAUCAAGACUUCUAAAGACAGAACAACUCUGCUGGUGAAGGACGCCAAGAGAGGCGACAGUGGAAAAUAUUAUCUCACUUUAGAGAAUGCUGCUGGAGUGAAGACAUUCACUGUUACUGUCGUUGUCGUCGGUAGGCCAAGUCCACCAACUGGACCUGUUGACAUUUCAUCAGUUUCAUCAGAGUCCUGUGUGCUUAACUGGGGAGAGCCAACAGAUGAUGGUGGAACAGACAUCACAAACUAUAUUGUCGAGAAACGAGAGUCUGGUUCAGCCACUUGGCAGGUUGUGAACUCCAGUGUGAAACGUACCACUAUUAAAGUAACACAUCUGACUAAAUACAUGGAAUACACCUUCCGUGUCUGUGCUGAGAACAAAUUUGGUGUGAGCAAGUCCAUUGAUUCUCAGGCUAUUGUUGCUGAACAUCCAUUUGUUCCACCAAGUCCACCAACACGACCAGACGUGGUGUCAGUAACUGCUAAUGCCAUUUCAAUCCGAUGGGAUGAGCCUUAUAAUGAUGGUGGAAGUAAGAUAAUUGGAUAUUGGAUUGAGAAGAAGGAGCGCAACACAAUCCUGUGGGUUCGGGAGAACAAGAUUCCUUGCCUUGAGCGCCACUGCAAAGUGUCAAAUCUUAUUGAAGGACUUGAGUAUCAGUUCAGAGUGUAUGCCAUGAAUAUUGCUGGCCUGAGCAAAGCCAGUGAAGCCUCAAGGCCUGUAGUAGCUCUGAAUCCAGUUGAUCCUCCUGGGAAACCAGAAGUUUAUGAUGUCUCAAGAUCCUCAGUUUCUAUUAAAUGGUCUGUACCAUUUAAUGAUGGUGGCAGCAAGAUUGUAGGAUAUGUGGUCGAACGAAAGACAUCUGAUGAUGAGGAUGCUCGCUGGUUGAAAUGCAAUUACACCACCAUCACGGACACUUUCUUCACAAUCACAUCACUUAAUGAGGGAGAGGCAUAUGAAUUCCGUGUCAUUGCUAGAAAUGGUGCUGGAGUUCACAGUAUGCCCUCUGAAUCGACGGGACCAGUGACAUGCAAGGAUGAAUACACUCCUCCAAAGGCUGAGUUAGACAGCAAACUUGGAGAGACCGUUACCAUUAGAGCUGGAUCAGACCUUGUUCUUGAUGCUGCUGUCGGAGGCAAACCUGAACCCAAGGUCUUCUGGGCAAAGGGAGAUAAAGAAUUGGAGCUUGGUGAAAAGUACUCCUUGACUUACACCAGCACACGUGCAAUGGCAAUAAUAAAGUCUUGUGACAGAAAUGACACUGGAAAGUAUGUCUUGACUGUGAAGAAUGCCAGUGGAAUCAAGACAGCUACUGUUAAUGUUAAAGUUCUAGACACGCCUGGACCACCUGCAGAUAAGAUCAUUAUCAGCAGGGUCACUGAGGAAAAAUGUACAAUAUCUUGGAAAAUACCUCUUGAGGAUGGUGGAGAUUCUGUCACUCACUAUAUUGUGGAGAGACGAGAAACUAGCAGACUGAACUGGGUAGUCGUUGAAACUGAGUGCAAGACCCUGUCUUGUGUCAGCACAAAACUGAUCAAGAAUAAUGAGUACAUCUUCCGUGUCAGGGGCGUAAACAAGUAUGGCCCUGGUGUGCCCUUGGAGUCUGAACCAAUAAUUGCAAGAAACGCAUAUACUAUUCCAACACCUCCUGGAGCUCCAGAAAUCACUGCUGUGGGCAAGGAACAUGUUAUCAUUGAAUGGAUGAAACCAGAGAGCGAUGGUGGUAGUGAAAUUAAAAAUUACCUUGUGGAUAAACGUGAGAAGAGCAGCGUCAGAUGGACAAGAGUGAACAAAACCUUCACAAUAUAUGACACAAGACUCAAGAUUACUGGUCUUUUGGAAGGUAGUGAUUACCAGUUCCGUGUAACAGCUGUCAAUGCUGCUGGUAACAGUCUACCAAGUGAAGCAUCGGAAUAUGCCUUCUGUAGAGAUCCAACAUAUACACCUGCUCCUCCAUCUGUUCCUCGAAUCACAGAUACUACCAAACAUAGCAUUAGUAUGACAUGGACUAGACCAAUGUAUGAUGGUGGUUCUGAUGUCACGGGCUAUGUUGUUGAGAUCCUUGAGGAGGGAACAGAGCAGUGGUAUAGAGCUCACCAAAAGACACUGAGUACCACAGAGUAUACUGCAGCUGGUCUUACAAGUAACAAGAAGUACCGCUUUAGAGUGGCUGCGGUCAAUGCAAAUGGCACAGGGGAAUUCAGUGAGGGCAGUGUGGAGACUGUGCCCUUAGAGAGAACUGAAAUUCCUGAUCUUGAACUUCCUGAUGACUUGAAGAAGACUGUUUGCCUGAGAGCGGGAAGUACUCUACGUCUGUUUGUGAACGUAAUUGGAAGACCUGCUCCAGUAGUUGCAUGGAGAAAACCUGGCAUAGACCUCCAAAGCCGCGGAUACAUUGAGACCACAGAAAGCAGCACAGUUUUGACUGUUGAGAAAGUUCAUCGUUACGAUGCUGGAAAAUACACCGUUGAAGCCGAGAAUCCUUCUGGCAAGAAGACAGCUACAAUUCUUGUCAAGAUUUAUGACACCCCUGGACCACCUGGUGCUGUCAAAGUCAAGGAUUACACCAAAGAGUCAGUGGUUAUUACAUGGGAUGUUCCAAGUGUUGAUGGUGGUGCACCCAUCAACAACUACAUAAUUGAAAAACGUGAAGCAUCCAUGAAGUCCUUCAAAACGGUCACAUCCAAGUGUAGUAAAACAUUAUUCAGAAUAACCGGGCUUGAGGAGGGUGUACGGUACUUCUUCAGAGUUUUGCCAGAAAACAUAUAUGGCAUUGGAGAACCCUGUGAAAUUAGUGAUGCAGUGUUGGUCUGUGAAGUUCCAUCUGUUCCUCAAGAUUUGCAGGUUAUUGAUGUAACCAAGUCCACAGUCAUUCUUGGAUGGGAAAAACCACUUCACGAUGGUGGUAGCAGACUUACUGGAUAUGUCAUAGAAGCCUGUAAGGCUGGAACAGAUAGGUGGAUGACUGUUGCCACUGUGAGAUCAUCAGUGUCCCAGCAGACCAUAUCCUCUCUGAAUGAGCACGAACAAUACUUCUUCAGGAUCAAAGCUGAAAAUAGCAGAGGACUCAGUGAAGCCAGGGAGAUCAUGACACCUGUAACAGUACAAGAACAGAAGGUUAUGCCCAAAAUUGAUUUGGCUGGCAUACCUCUGAAGAUUGUCCAUGUACCUGCUGGCAAGCCCAUUGAGAUCAACCUUCCAAUCAAAGGAAGACCUGCUCCAACUUGCUCGUGGUUCUUUGAAGGAGUUUUAAUGAAGGACAAGCUUGACCGCAUCAAGAUUGAGACCACCACUAAAUCCACCAAACUUACAGUCCGUGAAACUACAAUUGAUGACACUGGUGACUACACCCUGGAAGUAAAAAACAGCAUAGGAAUUGCAACCGAGAUCAUCAAAGUCGUGAUCCUUGAUAAACCUGGAAUACCUGUUGGGCCUCUUAAAAUUGAGGAGGUUGAUGCUACAUCUGUCACUGUCAGCUGGCAGCCACCCGAGAAGGAUGGUGGUGCCAAUGUCAGUGGCUAUGUUGUUGAGCAGCGUGAUGCUCAUCGUCCAGGAUGGUUACCUGUUUCUGAAUCUGUCACAAGACCCACAUUUAAGUUCACCAGGUUGACAGAGGGAACUGAAUAUGUAUUCCGUGUUGCUGCAACAAAUCGCUUUGGCGUCGGAGGAUUCUUGCAGUCUGAAGUUGUUGAGUGCAAGAGUGCCAAGACUGUUCCUGGAGCACCAAGUACACCUGAAAUAUUUGACGUGUCUCAUGAUGGUAUGACUCUGACCUGGCAACCACCAGAGGAUGAUGGUGGCUCACAUGUGGCUGGUUACAUCAUUGAGCGCAAGGAGGUCAGAUCUGACAGAUGGGUGCGCAUCAACAAGAAUCCAGUGACAAUGACUAGAUUCAGAUCCACAGGACUCAUUGAAGGUCUUGAAUAUGAACAUAGAGUAACAGCCAUCAACUCAAGAGGCACUGGCAAACCAAGUGCAAGUUCUAAACCCGCAAUUGCAAUGGAUCCCAUUGAGCCCCCAGGUGCACCGCAAAACCCAAGAGUCACAGAUACCACCAGGAGUUCUGUGUCCCUUGCAUGGUUACCACCUGAAGAAGAGGGAGGUUCCACUAUCACUGGUUAUCUCAUUGAGAUGCAGAAGGUUGACCAGGUUGAAUGGACAAAGUGUAACACAACACCUACAAAGAUCUGUGAAUACACAUUGACACAUAUGCCACAAGGUGCUGAGUACAAGUUCCGUGUGAUGGCAUGCAAUGCUGGCGGAGCUGGAGAACCUGCUGAGAUUCCAGGAAUAGUAAAAGUUACAGAAAUGCUUGUAUAUCCUGAUUAUGAACUUGAUAGCAUUUACCAGGAGGGCUAUAUUGUCAGGCAAGGUGGAGUCAUCAGAUUGUCUAUUCCCAUUAAGGGCAAGCCAUUCCCAACCUGCAAGUGGACAAAGGAGGGUCGUGACAUUUCUCACAGAGCCAUGAUUGCGACUAGUGAAGACCUCACUGAGUUAGUGAUCAAAGAGGCACACAGAGAUGACACUGGCACCUAUGAUCUUGUACUAGAGAACAAAUGUGGCAAGAAAGCUGUGUACAUUAAGGUUAAAGUCAUUGGACGCCCAGACCCACCUGAAGGUCCUCUAGAAUUUGAUGAUAUUCAAGCUCGUUCUGUAAGAGUGAGCUGGAGACCUCCUUCAGAUGAUGGCGGCUCUGAUAUCCUUGGUUAUAUUGUGGAGAGACGUGAAGUUCCAAAAGCGGCCUGGUACACUGUGGAUUCACGAGUAGUUGACACAUCCUUGGUGGUUAAAGGGCUGAAGGAAAAUGUGGAGUAUCACUUUAGGGUGACAGCUGAGAACCAGUUUGGUACAAGCAGAUCUCUGAAAUCAGAUGAAUCUGUCACCCCAAAGACUCCUCUCUGUCCACCAGAGCCUCCCAGCUUCCCUCCAGAAAUUAUGGAUGUCACAAAGAGCACUGUGGGUCUCUCUUGGUCAAGGCCAAAAGACGAUGGUGGCUCUCGUGUCACUGGAUACUAUGUGGAGAGAAGGGAAGUAUCAACAGAGAAGUGGGUGCGACACAACAAGACCCACAUCACCACAACCAUGUAUACACUCACUGGACUUAUCCCAGAUGCAGAAUACCAAUUCCGUGUGAUUGCACAAAAUGACAUUGGUCAGAGCGAACCAGGACCUGUAUCUGAAUCAGUUGUGUGCAAAGAUCCAUUCGACAAACCAAGCCAGCCAGGUGAGAUUGAUAUAAUCUCAGUUGCCAAAGACUGCAUCACCAUUCACUGGCAGCGCCCAGAAUAUGAUGGCAGAAAAGAGAUCUUGGGAUACUGGAUUGAGUUCAGACAAGCAGGCGAAAGUGCCUGGAAGAAGUGCAACAAGGAGCGUUCAAAGGACAGACAGUUUACCAUGGGAGGUCUGAUGGAAGCUACAGAAUAUGAAUUCAGAGUUUUUGCUGAAAACGAAGCUGGACUGAGCAGGCCACGAAGAACUGCCAUGGGCAUCAAAACUAAACUGAGUGUUGGAGAGGCUCCUAGUCUUAAAGAAGAGAUUAAAGAUGUCACUACGAAACUGGGUGAAUCAGGAACUUUGACAUGCCAGAUUAUCGGAAGACCUCUUCCAGAAAUUAAAUGGUACAGAUAUGGAAAAGAGCUCAUCCAAAGCCGAAAAUACAAGAUGAGCUCUGAUGGCCGUAACCACUCCUUGACAAUACUGACAGAUGAACAAGAAGAUGAAGGGCUUUACACUUGCCGAGCUAUCAAUGAAGCAGGUGAAAUUGAGACCAGUGGAAAGCUUUUCCUGCAGGCUGCGCCUCAGUUCCAUCCUGGAUUCCCACUGAAAGAGAAAUACUACGCAGGUUGUGGCACAAGCCUUCGUAUCCAUGUUGUCUACAUCGGUCGUCCAAUUCCACAAAUAAUGUGGUUCUACGGCAAGAAGCCACUCAAUGCAUCAGAAAAUGUUAUCAUUGAAAACACUGAGAAUUACACUCAUCUCGUUGUCCGGAAUGUCCAGCGCAAGAAAAAUGCUGGAAAGUACAAGGUACAGAUGAGCAACAAAUUUGGUACAGUGGACACAGUUCUCCGUGUUGAAAUACAAGAUAAACCUCUCAUGCCAGAGGGACCAAUUGUUGUUGAUGCUCUGUUGAAGAACUCGGUGAUCAUAAGCUGGAAACCACCUAAAGAUGAUGGUGGAUCAAUGAUUACAAACUAUGUUGUGGAGAAACGGGAAGCAAAGGAAGGCGAGCAGUGGCAUCUUGUCUCAUCUUCUGUCUCAGGAACAACUUGCAGAAUUCCAAACCUCGUUGAAAGUGCUGGAUAUUACUUCCGUGUUUCUGCUCAAAACCAGUAUGGAAUCAGUGAGCCACUAGAGAUUGCCUCUGUUCUCAUUAUCAAGAGUCCAUAUGAAAAACCUGGAAUUCCUCAACAGCCAGUUGUUACUUCUGUCACAAAGGAUUCAUGCGUUGUGUCUUGGAAACCACCAUCCAGUGAUGGAGGUGCCAAGGUUAAAAAUUAUUACCUUGAGAAGAGAGAGAAGAGACAGAAUAAAUGGAUUGCUGUAACAACUGCUGAAAUCCACGAGACUGUCUACAAUGUGACAGGCCUAAUUGAAGGCUUUGAGUAUGAAUUCCGUGUCAAAUGUGAGAACAUAGGAGGUGAGAGUGAUUGGAGUGAGGUGUCAGAACCAAUCAUUCCCAAGGCAGAUACAACACCUCGGGCUCCAGUAUUCAAAGAAGAACUACGAGACAUGUGUGUCAAAUACAAAGCCAAUGCUACUUUUGUUUGCAAAGUUGUUGGAAAUCCAAAACCAGUCAUUAAAUGGUAUAGAGGUGGCAAAGAAAUUCUGCCUGAUGGAGAGAAGAUCAAGGUACAAGAAUUCAAAGGAGGUUAUUAUCAACUUGUUAUCAGUAAUGCUGAUGAGAAUGAUGCUACUACCUAUCAAAUCAGGGCCACAAACCAAGAGGGAUCAAUCUCUACAACUGUCACUUUGGAAGUUGAAGUUCCGGCUAAGAUUCACUUGCCUAAACAUCUUCAAGGCUUUGGAGCUGUUCAUGCCAUUCGUGGUGAUAUGGUUACUAUCAAGAUUCCAAUCAGCGGCAAACCUGAUCCUGCAGUUACAUGGCAGAAGGGACAAGAGAUGAUUAGUACCAGUUCAUAUUAUCAAGUGAUAACCACAAGAUCCUUCACAUCUUUGAUAUUCCAAAAGGGAGUCCAAAGAAAGGAUGCUGGUUAUUACAUUAUCUGUGCCAAGAACAGAUUUGGUGUUGACAAGCAAACAGUUGAGCUUGAUGUUGCAGAUGUACCCGAUCCACCUAAAGAUCUUAAAGUAAGUGACAUAGCCAGAGAUUCUAUCACUCUUACUUGGAGUCCUCCUGCUAGUGAUGGUGGUAGCCCAAUCAUUAGCUACAUUGUAGAAAAAUGUCCCACCACUGGUGAGCGAUGGAUCCGUGUUGCCCAAACAGCAGAACCGCAGUAUACAGUGAUGAGCCUUUUCGGCAAGACCAAAUACCAGUUCCGUGUCGUAGCAGAAAACAGGUUUGGCUUGAGUUCCCCAUCAAAACCAACUGAUGCCGUAACAAUAAAGGAGGACACGUCGAUCAUUCGAAACUAUGAUGAAGAGGUCGAUGAAGAAAGAGCAGUCACAAAAGAGGAGGCUCCCCAUUCUAAAGUUAAGAAUGUCCCUGCACUCUACAGUAUCUCUGAAGAGCUUGCACGCAGCGGUCAUUUUGGCAUUGUUCAUCGCUGUGUUGAAAUUAGCUCAAAGAAAACAUUCAUGGCCAAAUUCAUCAAAGUGAAAGGUGCUGAUAGAGAGCUGGUUGCAAGAGAAAUUGAAACACUUAAUAUUGCAAGACACAAAAAUCUGUUACACCUUCACGAGUCCUUUGACAGUUUAGAGGAGUAUGUCCUGAUCUAUGAAUUUAUCUCUGGCAUGGACAUGUUUGAACGUCUUGGCACAAACUUUGAUCUUACAGAGCAAGAGAUUGUUCGGUAUUUGAGGCAGGUCUGUCAUGCUCUGAACUUCUUGCACAGCCUUAAUUAUGCUCACUUUGACAUUAGACCUGAUAACAUUGUCUAUUCCACAAGAAAGAGCAGCACUAUCAAGAUAAUUGAAAUGGGCCAGGCAAGGCUUCUGACACCUGGAGACAAUAUCAGAAUUCAGUUCACUGCUCCUGAGUACUGUGCACCCGAGAUACACACUAGUGAUCUGGUUUCCACUGCUACUGACAUGUGGUCAGUUGGAGUUCUUGCAUAUGUACUCCUCAGUGGACUCAAUCCAUUUGCAGCAGAAUCAAAAGAGAAAAUGAUUGAGCACAUCUCUAAUGUAGAGUAUGUAUUUGAUAGUGAUGCCUUCAAAGAGACCAGUAUUGAGGCAAUGGACUUCGUCGACAGAUUGCUGAUUAAAGAACGCAAACUGCGUAUGACAGCCUCUGAAGCUUUGGAACACCCUUGGCUCAAGAUGAAAAUUGAAAACGUCAGUUCCAAAGUCAUAAAAACACUGAGACACAGAAGGUAUUAUCAGUCAUUAGUGAAGAAAGAAUGGAGCACUGUUGUUUCAGCAGCUCGUGUUGCCUACGGUGGUGCCUUCAGAAACCAAAGAGGAAUUUCAAUAGGCAGAGUGAAAAUUGGACACCCAGAACAAGGGCUGAGAGCAGGUCCAGUCAUGCAUGGCUCUGCUGAGGAGGGUGGUCAUGUGCGAUUUGUGUGUAACAUUGAAAACUAUGACAGAAAUACCGAAGUGACCUGGUACUUUGGAUCUCGCAAGCUGACAGCAAGCCACAAAUAUGAAAUCAGUUAUGCUCACGGAGUGGCUAGCAUCUAUGUUAAAGACCUUGAGGAGUGUGAUGAUGGAACAUACAGGUGCAAGGUUGUUAAUGAAGAGAGAGAAGACAAUGCUUAUGCAGAGCUGUUUGUAGAAACUGUUAGAUCCUAUCGUGAGUACUACAUAGGACGCUCACUGAAGAAACCAAAACGCAGAAUUGAUAAAACAAAACUUCUUCAGAGACCACCUGAAUUUACACUGCCUUUGUACAACCGAACAGCAUACAUUGGUGAGGAUGUGCGCUUUGGUGUGACCAUAACAGUUCAUCCAGAGCCUCAUGUAACUUGGUUGAAAGCAGGGCACAGAAUCAAGCCAGAUGACAAGAAGUACACUUUCACAAGUGACAAAGGUCUGUAUCAGCUAUUGAUUCACAAUGUUGACCUUGAUGAUGAUGCUGAAUAUACUGUACAUGCACACAACAAGUUUGGUGAGGACAGCUGCAAAGCAAGGCUCACAGUGACUCAUCAUCCUGUUUCUGAAGACACGAUGAGACCGAUGUUUAAACGUCUCCUAGCCAAUGUGGAAUGUGUUGAAGGGCAGAGUGUCCGCUUUGAUUUGAGAGUAUCAGGUAUACCUGCACCCACCUUGAAGUGGGAGAAAAAUGGCAAACCUCUGGAGUUCAGACCACAAGUAGCAGUUGUCCAAGAGAGUGCGGACUACUAUGUCUUGCAUGUCAGAGAAACCCUUAUUGAGGAUUCUGGCACAUACAGAGUCACUGCCACAAAUUCAGCAGGCUCUGCAAGCUGCCAAGCCACUCUCAAGGUUGAACGCCUAACAUAUACAAGGAGAAAGUAUAAGAGUGAGGAAGAAAGACAAAAGUAUAUACAAACCCAGAUCGAAAAGACAUACAAAAUGGCUCAACGUUUCUCAAGUGAAGAGGUAAUCGCACUUAAUCCAGCGGCACAAGAGGCUCUGAAGGAAGCUGCCGAAUUGUAUAAGCCUGCUGUGAGCACAAAGAAUGUGCAGGGUGAAUUUGACAUUUCAGAGAAAGAGGAUGAAGAGAUAAAGAAAAUAAAAACAGAGGUCAAAAGAAUCCGAAUGCCUUAUGAAAUUCCAGAAUCUCGUGUACAUGACCCAGCAGCUCUUGAUGAAGACAGGAUGAUCAGACACUUUAUUCCCCUAUCUGAAAUGAAGUGGUACAAGAAACUACGUGAUCAGUAUGAAAUACCAGAGCGUAUGGAGAGAAUCGUACAGAAGAGACAAAGACGCAUCCGUCUUUCCAGAUGGGAACAAUUCUAUGUAAUGCCACUUCCAAGAAUCACUGACCAGUACCGGCCAAGGUGGCGCAUUCCAAAACUUACAUUAGAUGAUUUGGAAACUGUUAGACCAGGAAGGUAUCGUACACCUUCUCCUGAGUCAGAGGCUUCUGUUAGAACAAGGAGGAGGUCUUUGGGAGAUCUGUCAGAUGAGGAAGCUGCUGAGGAUUACCUGGCAAUGAGAAAAACUGAGGAGGAAAGACAACUAUUAGAGGAGGAACUUGAACUUGGCUUCUCUGCCUCUCCACCAAGUGGAAGUCCUGUUCGCUUUGAGUUGUCUGCUCUUCGUCAUCCAUCACCAAGGAUAACUCACAGAGCUGAAGUGAGACGAGUGGAACAUGAGGAGGCAAAGCAUGUAGCAACAACUGAACAGGCCCGGACUUCCCCUCGCCCCCUUUCACAUUUCAUGAGAAGGAGGAGAUCACUGUCACCAACAUACAUUGAGUUGAUGCGUCCUGUGUCUGAGUUGAUCAGACCACCACGGCCACGUGUCCCAUCAGAUGUAGAGGGAGAAGCUAUUGAGAGACGGUCACCUACCCCUGAGAGGACACGACCACGCUCUCCUAGUCCUGUGUCUACUGAGAGGUCAUCAAGAUCCUCUUCUAGAUUUGAAAGAUCUGCAAGAUUUGAUAUCAUGUCUAGAUAUGAAGCAAGAAAAGCAGCUCUUAAGUCUGAACGAAAAUAUCAGGUUGUGACUCAACAACCAUUCAGCCUUGAUCAUGUCCCACGCAUCACAGUGAGAAUGCGCUCUCACCGUGUGCCUUUUGGUCAGGACACUAAAUUUACGCUAAAUGUCCAAGCCAAGCCAGAGGCUGAAAUUCAGUGGUUCCACAACGGACAACAGAUACAAGAGAGCAGCAAAUAUAAGUUCACAAACAUGAGUGGAGUACUGUCUCUACAAGUUUUUGAUUGCAAGCAAGAGGACAGCGGUACCUAUCGGGUUGUCUGUACAAAUUCGAAAGGAGAGGCAUCUGACUAUGGUACUCUUGAUGUAUCUGGUGGAGAGUUCACUACAUAUUCUUCAAGACGCAGAGAUGAAGAAGCACCAACACCAUUCGUACCAGAUGUAACAAGAACUGAUUAUUACCAUACAUCUUCCAUCAAGGCAGCUGUAUCAUCAAAGACAUCCUUGGAAGUCAAGGAGACCAAGACAAAACUAACUGAGAGAAGUGAACGUUCUGCUUUUGAGAGGUAUGAAUCUGAAAGGUUGGCAUCUUCUCCUAUUAGAUAUGCCUCAGCUGAAUACCUGUCUUCAGCAUCAUAUUCCUCAUCUGAAAGAUAUGUAUCCUCAGAAAGAACUGAAAUAUCCGAAUCCAAAACAAAAGCUGUGAGCGUGGCAUCAGUGGAAGAAGUGACUGCUAAGAAACUUAAGGUUACUCUGCCAGCUAGAAUUUUAACAAAACCACAGUCUCUUACUGUAUCUGAAGGGGAGUCUGCAAGGUUUACCUGUGAUAUUGAUGGAGAACCAGCCCCGAGUGUUACGUGGAUGCAUGAAGGAAGAACCAUUGUAUCCACCCACCGUAUACAUGUGACUACAACACAGUACAAAUCUACAUUUGAAAUUUCCUCUGUUGAGUAUUCUGAUGAAGGCAGCUACAUUGUGGUGGUGGAGAAUUCAGAGGGAAGGCAAGAAGCGAGAUUUAGCUUGACCAUUCAUAAACCAGCACCAAGAGAAGAGGUUGUUUCCCCAGAGCCUGCGGUGAAGUCCCCUGAGCCUGCGGUGAAGUCCCCAGAGCCCGCGGUGAAGUCCCCUGAGCCUGCGGUGAAGUCCCCAGAGCCCACGGUGAAGUCCCCUGAGCCUGCGGUGAAGUCCCCUGAGCCUGCGGUGAAGUCCCCAGAGCCCACGGUGAAGUCCCCUGAGCCUGCGGUGAAGUCCCCAGCGCCUGCAGUGAAGUCCCCAGAGCCUGCUGGUGUAAAGUCUCCUGAACCACGAAUCAAAUCACCAGAGGGAAUUACAUCCCCUAAAAGACUUAAGUCUCCAGAACCAGUCACUUCACCUCUUAGGGUCAAAUCCCCACCCACAGUUAAAUCACCUGAACCAGUUACCUCUCCUCAAAGGGUUAAGUCACCACCCCCAUUGAAAUCUCCUGAGCCAAUAACCUCUCCCCAGAGAGUAAAGUCGCCUCCUCUAGUCAAGUCUCCGGAGCCACUUCAGAGAAUUAAAUCUCCAACAGGUCUUAAAUCACCUGAACCAAUUUCUUCUCCUUCAAGGGUGAAGUCUCCACCUGCAGUCAAGUCUCCAGAACCAGUUACUUCUCCUCAGAGAGUUAAAUCCCCACCUACAGUGAAGUCACCGUUGCCUUCAAAGGAAAUGCCUCCCAAAAUUGUCAACCAACUCAGAGCUGAAGCCUCUGAGGACAAAGUAAAGAUGUUCUGUGUUGCUGAGAGCUCUGUCAGUGAGGUGGUGUGGUACAAGGAUGGUAAAAAACUUAGCCAGAGCAGUCACUACCAAAUCCACACCUCUGUUGAUGGAACUUCCUGUCUCUAUAUUUCUGAUGUAUCUGAGAGUGAUCAAGGCGAAUACUCAUGUGAAAUCAUUGCAGAAGGAGGUGUCUCUAGAACAGCUUUCUCCUUUACUGGGCAAGUUUUUCAAGCCAUUUACACAAAAGUAACAACCUUUGUGGCGACGCACAGGGCUGCUCUAAAAAUGAUGCACGGAGAGGUCCACCAUGGCGCCGAGAUGUUUGCCAUGAAGGAGAGCAGUGCCCAUGCUGCCAUGCAUGAAAGCUUUUCCUCAAAAUCAGUUCAUAUGGAAAGCUCUAUGCACGAGGCAUCCUUCAGCAGUUCCAGCAUGGCUGAAGUUAAAUUUGAAACAAUGUCAAUGUCUAGUUUGUCUUCCAUGACAUCAGAGUCAGUGUAUGCCAUGAGCUCAAGCAGCAUAAUGUCAAGUCACUCACAUGCUGAGGGAACCUCCAUGAGAGCCAUUUCACAUAGUGCCCAAGGAUCUGCACCAAGGAUUGAGGCACUCCCUGAAGAUAUCAGUAUUGAAGCAGGAAAAGUUUUGACCGUAGCUUGUGCUUUCUCUGGGGAGCCUGCGCCUUCCAUUGAGUGGUCUCGCUCAGGAAGGACACUUCCCACUGAGGAAGAGAGUGGUAGGUUCCACAUUGACACCACAGAGGACCUGACGACUCUCAUCAUCACUGGUGUGAAAGAGAGUGAUGCUGGAGCGUACACCCUCAAACUUUCCAAUGAACAUGGAUCAGACAGUGCAACCGUCAACAUCAGUAUUAGAUUGAUGUAA